UUUAGGGCCCCUAUGAGGAGGACUAAAAGAUUUCAGGUCUCUUUUAUCCCCAGUGCAAUUUGUUUAUUGAAUAGCAGUUGACCCUCAGGCUGCUCAUGUUGUAUUGUGUUAUUGUGUUGUUUUUAAUUGUUCUGUUUUUUAAAUUUAUGUUGUCAUUGUGUACUUGUCUUUUGUGAGCCCUGCUGCAAAACUAAUUUCUCUUUACGGGACAACAAAGAGAUUUUGAUUCUGAUACAGGGCUUAAAUUAAAGGGUCCCAACUUUUUAAGAAUUGGGACUGUAAAAAAUAGUCUUUAAAAAUGAGCAAUCAGCACGCUAUAAACAUUACCACACUUGACCACCAGGUGGCAGCGUUCUACUAACAAUACCAGCAGCACUCCCACAUGUUCUGUAACACCUGCCUGACAGGUACAGCUUUUAAACGAACCAAGAGGGAAUAUAAUACUGGAAUAAUCUUAAAUUAUACUUUGAUAAAUAUUCCAGGAAACGGCAGUGGAAGUGGAGACAGUUCUGGUUGCUCUCUCAAGUGUGUUUACAUUGUAGGAUGUAUCUAUGGGUAGCUCCUCUCAAGUGCGUCGAGACCAUUAAUAGACAAAGACAAAUAUACCAGGAUGGAAACCCUUAAACUGCUUCUUUUCAGCUCCGUUUUGUAACUACAUUCAUACCUAUAGAGCAAAACUGUAAGGUUACAAAAGCAGCCUACCACAUCUCUGUCUCUUUAACCAGCAGGCUCACUGUCACUCUGGUCCCUCCCAUUCUCACAGCCCCUCCAGUGUUGCUGGCCUGAGAUGGGAGCACACACAGCAGCACCAUCACGGCCAAAGAAACGGGAUAAACCGAGGGGGGAAAAGAGCAGCAAAAACAUUACACUACUUCGUUCAAGCCGUGGAAUAAAAAUGGGAUAACGAGACGGUUUGUUUCCUCACACCGGAUCAUCGCAGCUUGAUCGCGCCCUCGAGAGAAACUCAGAUGUGGUCGUCGCUCGUAUUUUGCGCUUUUUAUCCAUUCUCCUUGAGCGCUGCUGGUACAAAGGCGAUCAGUCCGGAGCAGCAGCAGCAGCACCACCUGGGAUUACAGCCGUAUGAAUGGGUGAGAGUGAACAGAUUCAAGACGGUAAAGAGAAAGAGUGAGCUGCAGGAUUAAAACACUUUCCUUUUUUUUCUCUCUCUCUAUCCCUGGAGCCAGUGUCAUCCCGCCAGGACAGAUGCUGUCAUUGUGUUGAGGCUGAGAUUACAAAAAGAGAAACAGUCCACGGCUGAAAGUGGCCUUUUUGGGAAUAAUGCACGAGAAAAACGGGCUUUGUCACAGCUUUUUAUUCCUCUUUAUGCCUCUCACAUUCCCUUUGACUGAACAGCAGGGUUUUCUUGUUCAGAAUGGGAUGUAUUGUUGCGUCUGUGCAGCCCACGACAAGUGUCAGCAAUUAGACGGUGUGUUUCUACCUGCAGAACUGUUGUAAGCAUAGCCCAGCUCUCUAGUUAAAAGUGGCUAUUGCUGUCCUUGAGGAUUAUCUGGUGAAUAGGACUUAAAAAGACCCCCUUGGCAUCAUCAUCAUUCACCCAGCCUGUCUGAACCAGGGUCUGUCACACAAAUAAAUCAGGCACAACAUGGUGGAGCCGGUUGGCUUCAUUGAGGCGUGGAAAGCGCAAUUCCCAGAGUCUGAGCCCCCCAAGAUGGAGCUGCGAUCAGUAGGAGGAAUUGAGCAGGAGCUGGAAAAGUGCAAAGCGUCCAUCAGGCGCCUGGAGCAGGAGGUGAACAAGGAGCGCUUUCGCAUGAUCUACCUACAGACCCUCCUGGCCAAAGAGAGGAAGAGCUACGACAAGCAGCGUUGGGGGUUCAGAAAGACCCCGCUGAAUGAGGGGGUAGAUCCCGCAGCCUCACAAGGAGCAGAGUGCCAAUCUCAGCAGCCUCACAUGCAAGAGACUGGGGUAGUUGGUGUGGUAGUCGGAGGUGGAGGGUAUGGUGCAGGAAGUGGGGCUCCCGGGGACAGGAGCAGGUAUCAGCCUCUUGGGGAUGGAGCUGGCAGGUCCAAACCCAGACCUCCACCUGCCAGGAAGUCAGCCUCCCAUGGAGAUGGCCUGGAGUCAGCUUUUGAGGUACCCCAGCAGGCUGAGUCGACCUCUUGUGACAACCUUGACGGCCUCUCGCCAUCCAAGCAGAGAAGUGGUAUCACUGUGUCCCCACGCAGGCCCAACCUUCCACCCCCAGACAAGGAUCUGCCUUCUGAUCCCAAGGACAAGCUGGGGAUGGGACUUGGUGUGGCAGCUCUUAGGUCCAACUUUGAGAGGAUCAAGCGGGCCAACUCUCAUUCUGCAGGUGAUGUAGCAAAGGGCCAGGAGAAGCUGCCUCCGCCACCACCACCGUUCUAUACCAACAUGGAGUUUCAUCAUGAGAGGGGUCUGGUCAGGGUCAACGACCGUGAGGUCUCGGAUAAGAUCAGCUCUCUGGGCAGUCAGGCCAUGCAGAUGGAGCGAAAAAGAUCCCUUCACUCUCUUCCAGGUAACCUAGCAACGGUAGCAGGAGAGCUCCGUGCCAGACCAGUGUACAGAGGUCGAUCUACAGAGAGCACCUGCGGCUAUGACGCAGAAUAUGAAGAUGGAGAACCAAACCAACGGCAUUCAGGGAGGGCGAAUGGCGGCAAACCUCCCCCUCCUCCUUGGCAGCCCUCUGAGUUCCAGGCGUACUCCAGUGUCUAUGUCGGUGGCGUGAUGAUGGGCGAAGGUGGUGGAGGAGAUGGGAGAGGUAGUGGUGGUGUAGGUGGUAGUGGUGUCACAAUGAGAGACAUUGGGGGAGGUGAUGACCACCUCUUGACAUGGCCACGCCGUUCCUACUCCCCAGGCAGCUUUGAGGAUGUCGGCGGAGGUGGCGGUUACACGCCAGACUGCAGCUCCAAUGAGAACCUGACAUCCAGCGAGGAGGACUUCUCCUCAGGGCAGUCCAGCCAUGUGUCCCCCAGUCCCACCACUGCUUUCAGACGGCCUUUUAGGGAGAAGAGUCGCUCGCCAUCCCAAAACUCCCAGAACUCUCAGCACUCGUUCGACAGCAGCAGCCCUCCUACGCCACAGUCCCAGAAGCGUCACCACCGACAGCAGGGCGGCCACGUGGUCAUGUCUGAGGCCACUAUUGUGAGUGUUCGCAAGACUGGACAAAUCUGGCCACCUGCUGCCCACCAUGACCUCAUGCCACAUGGCAGAACAUCCCAUGACAACAGUUUCCAUGGAGACCAUCUAGGUAAGUGCUGGCUGCUCUUAAAUCUUUGUUGUGGCUGAGAGUAGGUGGGCAAAGGACUUCUCGGGGCCCAAACCAAAACAGAGUAUGUUGGUUUGGCUUGGAGGGGGGAAAUAUGAAUGAAGACCAGGGUGAGUGAGUGUAAUACAGUCAUGCUGAAAUUAUGUUGGCACCAAUUCUUUUACAUUUAGAGUCUCGUCUUUGACUAAUAAUCUUUCAAUCUGAAGACCGCAAAGCAUCCAGAUGUUCCAAUGAAUAAUAGUCUGUGUGUAAUUGCUUGUGAGUGUGUGUGAGUGUGUGUGUGCUCACCAACACUCAGAACUCUCUGUGUCCUCUCCGUGGCCUUGUGUGGGAGAUGGAUGAAAGAUCCACCUCUGCUUAUUCCUGGAAUGUCAGCCGGGUGGGUGAACAAUAAAUGUGGUCAGUCUGGGUUGAAACUGCAGGUCUAGUCUUACUCAGAUGACUCCUGCGGCUCGGAGUAUGGGAUUCCAAUCACAGCUGUCGAUCUGUCUGCCUGCUUUACUCUCUCUCUCUCUCUCUCUCUCGCUGCCAGACUAGAGACGUUACCACUGAACCUUGAGCUAGCACCAGGACAAAAGAAAUCCACUGUAAUCUUGACAAACCAUUAUCUGCAGUAUCCCUAACCACUAAAUUACAGCCUUGGAGCCAUGGCACCUGUAAUAGAGCUGCAGCUAGCAGAUGGAUGUGCAGCCUGGAGCUAAAAACACAAGAACUGGCUAACCGACUCAAGCCCAACAACCGAGGAGUGUUUGGUUCAAAGAGGCACAUUAGGAGGGCUUAGUUUGCUGUAAUUCCUCUGUAAAUUUCCCAUUGCAGACGCUGUGCCAACUCAUAAAACACUGCUCUGGUACUUUAAAUAUUUGACAUAAAAUUAAGAGUGCUGUUUAAAGUGCUGUGUUAGAACGAACAGAUAGCAGUGUAGUCUCUCUUUGAUUUCUACCGUUGAAGUGAGGAGUGUUUUGGCGCCAAUAUACAUUUUAACAGAUUUGGGACCAGUGCCUGGCUAGACCAGACAGGCUGCAGGGUGUAGGGAUCAGUGCCAGGAUGGACUGGAAGACAGGGUAGAAGUAGUCAGAUAUAAAGUAAAGGAGGCUAAACUGGAAUACAGGGUUUAAGAAAAUAAAAGAUAGAAAGAGGGAAACCAUGUGGGAUUAUAUUUGAUGCUAAUUUAAGUUUAAAAUGUCCUUUAUACCACAAUAUUUUACUGUUGAAACAUGUGGUUGUAGAGACAUUACUGCCUGAAAUCCUAUACAUCUCUUGCCUAAACAUACAAGCAGAGCAGAGGUAUCUGUGCAUCUAUAAUUCAUUUAUUUCAAUAGAGCCGCUGACGCAUUGGCCCUCAUGGGAUCAGCUAAAAUGUUUUUUCCAGACAGGAUUCAACCCUCAAAGUAUAGGAUCACAUCCUGUCCAUAACCACCUCAGACAUGUUUGCAGAAAAAACAAUCUCAACAAGCGAUAUGACAUGACUCUCAACAUAAAGAGCAAGUCUAGACAGUACUCUUUGUAACAUUAUUUACAGACACCUAACAUGUAUUGACCCAACAAGAGAGCUUUUCGCAAAAGUAACAAAAACAAAUGGGGAAAAAAAGCUUCUUUUAAACAGGAAGAAACCUCAAGCAGGACUAGACUCAUCAGGGGACAAUUGUACAUCGUAGCUGGGCGAAGAUUACAAGACAGGGAGAGACCCAAAGCUAUUUCCCCAAAGAUGUUUACCGAACAAUAAGUAUUUGGCAACAGUUGGAGGAAAAGUUGGUUUUAAAGGCAGAAAACUCAAAAAGGAAUAGACAUAGUAGUGGACAGCUAUCCACCACAACGACCAAACAAGCAAGUAUUUGAUAGCAGCGCAAAAACUUUUAGAAGGCACCAACUCUGAGCAGAAACAGAACAAAACAAACUUUUGACCGAGGUACUAAUACCAAGUUUAGCACAUCAGUAAUCAGAUGUUGAUAGAUCAGAUGGAUGUGUCUGGCUGUGUUCUCCAAAGCUACAUACCCACGUUAGAAGAUGUAGCAAGUAAUACUAGCUAGUAGCCUGAUGCUUUUUUUAGCUCAUUAUUCACUGUGAUAAGACCUCUAAAGAACUUUAGCUUAAGGGUACAAUGAGGCAGCCUUCUGUACUACUAUGAUCAUCAUGUGUAUUAUUAAUAAACAACUUACCAACAACCUUCUUGCUGAACGGCCAUGUUUUGUAGGCCAAGUAGCCGCACAUGAGAUUGUGAUAGCCAGUUUUGUCCGGCAACACCGGGUGAUUAUUUAGUAAGAUGACUCGCAGUUGUCAGUGAUAGUGGACGUGUUCAGACAGAGGCCUCAGUGGAAGCAGAGGCUGGAGCUGAUUAGACAUUAAAGACGGACAGGUGCUUCUUUUCCUGAGCGCUGACUGUUUGGCAUGCCUUCUUUAUCGGAGAUCUAGGUAAUAGUCUUUCAUCCUCUCUGUCCACAGAAUGCUGCUUUCUCAGUCAUUUACAUCACAGCCACAUUAAACUGUCUGAUCUGUGUGAGUCAAGAACUUUUAUUACUGUACUUCAAGAAAAAAAAGUGCAGCUCAAGCACCGAUAUUUCGGUAUAUCAUGCAGCAAUAUUGGAUAUAAUCUGCUGCAUCCGUAGAAAAAAAAAGUGAGAUAGAGAGAGAUGCAGAAAGACAUCUUUCCUAGCGACAUCUUGUGCACUAGUGGUGUUGAGAAACCUUUUACUAACAGACAGAAACCCCAAAGAUAACCAGAGAGCGUAGGUGUACAGCCAUCAGCUGGAACUGGACUGAAAAAGUGGGAUCAUUGGACAUACAUGAAGGCGUCUUCCCCUUAAGGUACCGUUCCCUUCUUGAUGGCAUGUACUAAGCAAACACCAUUAACAACAAACAAUGAGGUACAAUGCUAAUAGCUUCUCUUUAACAGCAAUUAAGACUGUGCAUAGCGAGCUGCUAAAGCCACAUACCAAGUCUUUAGCAAAUGGCUAGCUAAUUCCCCAGCUGCUAUGUUUAGGAUUAUCACUGCGCUGUCUGCUCUCUUUGUUUUAGCAUCUUUUCCACAAGAAUGAGCCCUGUGGGGAGGCAGGCAAGCCGGAAGAGCAGAGACAGAGUUAGAGAGUGGGGGGAUGUGUUGCAGACAGAGAUGCACUUAGUGGGAUAAUCUGGAAUUUGAGCAUAAGAAGUGAAAUGUUGGUUAGACACCCUGCAGAGUGCUCUUGUUUUCUGGUUGAGGUCUAAGCUGAGGGCAGACAGGCGUGAUGCUGAUAGUAAAGGUGAUGACAAAGAGAGAAAUUGCGUCAUUUCGCUGCCCCUGGUUGUGUAAAGUCUCGGCCAACUAGACCGGGGGAGAGAGGCUAGUAAGAGUAGAAGAGUUGGGAGUGUGUUUUUAGUGGGUGUCUGAUGAUAAUAAUGAAGAGUGGGAUGUGUUGUGAGGAAGACUGAGGGAGGCAGAGUGCAAGGCAGAGCUGUCGUUUCUCGCUUCAUUGGUCAGGGAUGCGGGGGCUGCAGAGAGGCACAGAUGGAAAGAACUCUCCCGUUGCGUAACAGAAACACACAGACUCUGACUUACACACAAAGACACACGCUUUGAUGUUUACGCUGUUACCUUGAGGCGGCUUCGCCCUCAGCAAUAGGUGCACACAUAUGCUCGAGAUAAUGGUCCAACUGGAGAAAGGAUGUUUCAUGCCAGUGGUCGACCCGGGUCUAAAGGAGUCACACCAUUUGCCACAAUGAAUCUGAUCUCCAGUGAUUCCUUCUCGCUUCUCUCCUCUUCUCUUUUUCUCUGUUUUUUUUUCUCUCCCAACAACAGUAGUAAAUCCUCAGUGGUGCCUUUUGUUCAUUCAAUGUAGGAGGUAGUGUUCAGGGAUGAAAUGUUCCCCAUGCUGAGCAGAGAUGAGCAGGUCUUUGUGACUGUGACAGAACACAGAACAGCAACACAAGCGAAAGAUCAGAAAUAAAGAAAUCUCCCUUGAGUGUCAUUCAGCGGGAAAGCAGAGAUGUCUGGCAAGUGAAAGCUCGGCUCAUGAAAAUAUUUUAAAAAUGUUUGGAGGCGCUACCGUCAGCUGCCAACUUUUCUUUUUGAACUCCUCUUUACAAGCGCGAGUGUGGCGGCGUUACAUCAUUUGUUUGAUCAUUUGUGCUGAGUUAGAUGACUGACAAGCCUCUUUCACGUCCCUGUGACUCAAAUUUUUUAUCCUAUCCCGCACGCAGAAGUGUAGCAAAUCUCAUUAAAUAAAAACAAGAGAACUACCGAAGAGCGCGUUGCCAGUUGUACGGUUGCAGAAACUGAAAAGGUGCAAAAGAAAUUUGGUGACGUCACUGAAUAAAAGGAGCUUUCAAAACCUUCCUGAAGUGGAAUGGGUGGUAACCAAAAACGGCGUUUUUCUUCCUAUGCUGUUUCCAUUUAUUCAUGUGGAGGGAACUCUGCCUCUAAACCAGGGAAUACCUGUGGGUUUGUGUCUGUGAGGGCGGGGAUGCCAAAGCAGGACAGACCUUAAAAAGCCUCAAUGGUUUUAUUGUCCACAGCCUCCAACUCCCUCAGCUGGGCCGUGUCACCGCUAUAAUUCAGGCUCUUAAAACCUGCUCAGUUCCCUCUGCUAUCUCUGUGUUUGUGGGCUUAUGAAAUGACUGUAGAUAAAUGACUGUAGAUAAUCUUCAUGUGUUUUACUCCAGACAGGUUUUGUUAGUUGAUCCAAAACUGCUCUGACUAUAACAGAGUACCACUUCAUUAAUAUUUUAGUUAAUUCUGAUCUGUAUCUACUAAACUUACAUGCAUGCGUAAUGAAAGUCUGCUCAUCUACAAACCUGAUCAGAAAACAAAAGAACAAGUUAAAUUCAGGUUCAGGGAACUAACUGUGUAGGUGCCAGGAAAUAAAUAACUCAUCACUGUCAAGCUCAGAGUAAAUAUCUGAGUGUUUGAUAGAUGACGUGGAGAAAAUCACGGAGCACUCAGGGGAUGCUUUACCAAUUUCUCCCAUUUAAUCAAAUGCUAAUUCCAUAGUGCCUUUAUUCUGAAAAUCAGUGUCAAGUUUAACACAUAACACAAACUAUUACUAGCCUCAGAUUUAAUGCUAGUUACGUUGUGCUGCAUGACCUCGUAGGCUAACUUCAGCGAGGUUAGCAACUAUAGAAAACUUAGCGUAGCGUCUGGUUCUAAGAGCGCACUCAGUGUAUCGAUAUACUGUUGUAUAUUGUAUAACAUAUGCAUAUUUCAACCAGUCUUUCAAAAGAGUGUGACAAUGUACUUCAUAUACUCAUGUGUAGUCACUAAGAACAUAACAUAUAUAGUGAUGUUUUCAGUGCUGCUGUGUGUGUGCAUUUUGUUAAAAAUAUGUGUUGCUUGGCAUGCUGAUGUCAAAUGUACACUCACGCUUACUUCCUGGGAAAUCAGAGUGGAGUGUGUUGCUCAUGUGUUUUGUGUGUGUGUGUCUGUGUGUGUGUGUGUGUGUGUAUUUGUCUGUCUGAGGGGAUUUUCAGUGCAAAUUUAAAUCCUGUAACAAGCAGGCGAUCAGCGGAGAUGACGGUCUGUAGCAGCAAAGCCAGAGAGGAUCUGAGCCUGUGUAUGUUUCUUCCUGUCUAAGCUUCUGUGUGUGUCUGUGUGUGUGUGUGUGUAGUUGAAGUUGUCACACCAUGUGAUUCAGCCUGUUUCCAUGUAUGUGUGUGUGCGUGUGUGUGUGUGCAGGGACUCAGGGCCAGAAGAGAAAAGGGAUGAUGGAUAGAGACAGCUCACGAGACACAGGGAGAGAUUUUGUCAGCAGUACCUCCGGCCAGCACCACAUGCUUUACUGUAGUCCGGUGUGGCACAAUGACCUUCUUUUCACACUGAAGGAGGGAAGAGGGUGGAGGGAAGAGGGUGGAGGGUGGGAGAAAGGGACUCUAGUUCUUCAGCUGGCUCGUUCAGGCUGUUGAGUGAGUUUGGCAGUGAAAGCCUUCGUUACCUCAGCCGACACACAGGAGCUGCAGGCUCACAGUCAGGCCCAGAGUGGGGUGAAGGAGAAAAAGGAGAGAAGCAUGUGAGGAUAGAAAGGAGAAGUAGAGGAGGAGGGGGGUGGAGGGUAGAAGCAGAUCUGUCUGUCUUUCAGCUGGAGUUUCAGCGAACUCCUUCACUGAGCUGGUGCAACCUGCUCUGCCCAGUUCUGCACUCAGAAAAAAGUCCCUUUGUUUCUGUCCUGGGGACAGAUAAAGAGGAAGAAAACUCGCUCUGAACAAAAGGUUGUUUUUAAAUGAAGAUUUAGUCUUUUUUUUCAGAAUUACUGCUUUUGAGUUACAUUUAUCUACUCAAUCAAUUUAGCAUCAUGUCCACUUAAAAUGACAGGUCAAGUGCUUGAAGAAUUACAUCACUAACCCAACCCAUGGUAAUCUGAUCUGUAUUAGCCUACUGCUGUAUAUCAGAUCAAGAAAUCAGUCAGUUUGUACUUGAAUCAUAUCAAAACUUGUGACGUGUCCGUAGUUUAUAGAGCGGCAGUCGUUUAUACUGUUUAUCAUAUUUUAAAAUCAACAUUUAUCCACCAGUGAGCAAGAACUCUGCCACAGUGGUAAAGAAAAACUCAGGAAUAGUCAUAUGCUUGAUUUGUGCGUUCAAAGGUCAUCAAAAUAUCCAGGUGGACUCUUAACCGGAUGUUGUGAAGGUUCUGGGUGUGAGUACACUACAGCUGAGCUCUGGAUGGACUGGAGUUUACUCAGGGCAUUAGAUGAUGGACCAUCUAGACAGUUUUUGCACGAGUUGAUUCUGAUGUAGCAAAUAAAAAAGAGAGGACCAAGUACUGAACUGUGGGGAACACCCCUGGAUGGAGGAGCAAAGAAGGAGCAGCAGCUGAUGAUGAUGAUGAUGAUGAGGAGGAGCUGGUGUCCUUUUAACAGACUGGUUAACCAUCAUAAUUCAAUUUAAUGACCCUGAGGGAAAUUUGUUUUGCAGCUAUAGGUAAAACAAUAAAACGUAGAGAUGUCAUAAACGGAUACAUAAAGAUCAGAGAAAUACAGGAAGAGGUUCACUGAAAGUCCAAACUGUCCUAAAAAACAUAAACCGAGAUCAGGAGUUAAAAUAAGAUGCUUCAUUUACCAUCUGAUCCAACAUGAGUGACAGUGGCAAGGAAAAACUUCCUUUUAACAGGCAGAAAUCUUGGGAAGGACCAGACUCAUGUUAGACAGCCACUCAGUCGCUGCUGGGUUGGGGUGAAAUACAGAGAGAGAUAGGGAGGGAGAGAGAGAGGAGGAGAAGGAAGGAUAGGGGGAGAGAAAGAGAACAUGGGAGAAGGAAGGAGAGAGGUUUUUUUUUUCCAGGCAGGAACUUUCAGGACAACUAGAUUCAGUUCUGGACAGCCAUCUGCCUCAAACAAGCCAAGAAAGCAGGAUGAGGUAGAGACAAAGAGAUAUCCUUCUUUUUAGUUACUGUUUUUUCCUGGAUGGGUCUUAUUAGCGAACACCGUCAACAAUUAAAUGACAACAGUUGGAACAGAAAAUGAGUUGAAAAAUUAGAUUUGACUGACAUGAUUCAGAUAUUGACACCCCGCACUCUUGAGUAUUUUACAGGAUGGGUUCCUUCCAGCCUCACAGGUCUAGUCUGGCAUUGAGGGUGGUGUCACAUUUCUAGGUUGGCAGUGGGUGGGAGGGUGGAGUAGCCCAGCAGCUUCCCAGGGAGAGUCAAACUGCCUGGCUUGGUUUGUUGGGCCUGAGCUGCCAUUUUCCACCCUAGCUUCAAACAUGGACCUGUUUAUGUGUGUAUGUGUGUUUGAGUGUUUGGCCACUGUCCAUUAGUUUGAGGCCCGGGGAGAGACACUAAAAGGACAUUAAAGCUAACCUUUGGGUGAAGGGGAGCGGAUUGGAUGAUCAUAACUAGACACUGCAGACAGGCAUGUAAAGACAAACACCCAUAAACACAAACUCACAGCCCUUCAAAGGAUAAUUACUCGUCUUUGUUUCUGUUUAUUUCUUCUGCUUUUUCUUUUUUUGUGUAUUUUUUUUUUGCCAAGCAUCCAGCCACAACCUCUCCUCUGCUGACCAACUUCUCCUCAAGUGAAAAAAGUUGGAAAAUCCCUGCCCUGACAUAAGUUCUAGUGACUUGUUUCUCCCUGUCUGUAACCGCCUGUCCUUUUGAACAGCAGCCAUCUUGGCUCUCUGUAAAAUGGCACGCACUGUCACAGUCACCAAACUUGUCAUUUGGAUUGGCCUAAGAGUAGGAAAACUGUGCUAGUUAGCGUCCGCUGCUAACCACUAACAGCUCACCACAGGCCUUUGGCCUUGUCAUGUUAGUGUUGAGCUGGUGUGUAUUUUCUGCUUUUCUAUGUUAGCUCUGUUAGCUGUGCAGGCCGUUAAUCACAGCCCUCAUAGGCACCAGGUUAGGGGUGGAAAGGGGGACCUGGUUUGUGGUCUUAGUAACUGAAAGAAGAAAACAACUUGGCUUCUAUGAAGAUGUGUCAGAAUGAAUUUUUCAUGUGACAAGAUAAAGUUUAGCUCAGCCAUUAGAUCACACACCCAUGUACAGGAGCUUUGGUCAGAUCCCCACUCACUUCCCACUUUCCUACUUUAUCCAGUUUUCUACUCCUUAGCAAGGGCUUACAACUCAAAAUUAAGCUUUAAAACGUCAGAUGUCAGAUACAGGAAAAGCAAAUCUACCUGUGAAAACAAUGUAUAGUUUUCUCUAUCUUUAUCUACAGUGUCUAUAUCAAAAUGUAAAAUCUGUGCACUAGAUUCUUAGCAUGUGAAAUGUUUAAUUUUCUGUUUGUAAGUAGUCUGAGUAGUAUUGACCAGUUAUGUAUGAGCAAGCUUUGUUGUAUGAAGUGAGAGCUGUCCUUCUUGAGAGCAAAAGCAGGUGUUUGUUACACUGCUACAAUGACACCCCAGCUCCCAACCUGACUUAGUCUUAGAAGUAAGACUGAGUGAAACGUCUCUGUGUCUGCUUUUGGACUGAGAUAUACCAGACCUUGAAACAGACUGAAAGGCACCAUACCUGGGUAUGAAGUGCACCAAGAGAUGACAGAGUUGACGCUGGAGACAUCAAUGCAGCACAGAAAAGGAAGAUAUGUUUCGAAGUUGUUUUCAUAAGUGCUGCUAGCUGCACUAGAAUCAUUAAAAAGUUUCAAUAGUCAAUGUAAAGAAAGCACCAUUUCUUGCAUAUACUCUGCAUUUUCAAGUGUACAGUGUGCAAAAGAGGAGGCUGACCAGCUCCCUCCAUAAAACUCACAGAGGUGAAUUCAGGUAAAUCUGUUGUGGCAUACAUGUUGCACACACAUACAGAAUCGAAAGAUGGAUUAGAGGGCAACACAAACCUGUCUAGUCAUGCAAACAUGUAAGCCUUAAUCUGCACUCUUUAUCUGGGAUUUAGAAACUGCUAACAAUCAGAUUACCAUUUUCCUCUCAUAUAACACAAUGUAGGUCGUCCUAUAUAUCACAGCUGGGAUUAUCAUCACCCACAAUAUAUUGCUUACAUGCUUGUGUCAAAGGUUAUACAUACAUACUAGUAGAAGGAGUAAUCGAAGGGUUAAAAACAGAAAUGUGAUGUUACAGCAGAAAGUGAUUUGUGGUUUGAAAGUUAGAUUUCGUCUCACCACCGUGUGCAGGUAUUCCAAACUCAAAUAAAGCUAAUGUAGCAUUUUUGAAUUAAUGAGGCAUUGUGGCUCUUUUUUCCGCCUCAUUUCUCCCCUAAAGUUCUCAUCUCUUCUCUUUCACUUAAUAAUCCUCUUUUCUUAAUUUCAUCCGACUGGUCCCAUUUUCCUUUUUUUCCUUCUCUCCCUCCAUUUAUGCUCCAUUCAUGCACAGCUGCUGCCAGUUUCCUUUUGCUCGGAGCCAAUUAGAGGUGCAUCACCUCUCUGUCUUUAUUUCCUUGGGUUUUCCAUCGAGCAAGGGGAAAAGCAGAGAGAGAUCAAAGUCAAGACCCCCCCGGCAGGACCGAGCAGGCUCUCCCUGUAAUUGUCCACCGGGGGUUUAACUGACGAAUGCCUAUAAACCAACACAAUCAAUGCCAAAUGUCAGCAGCUGGGCUCCUAGUUACAGCACAGUACAGAGAGCGGUCGAUUUCCCUGCAGCUUCAGGACUCUUUUUUUCCUCCUCUGUUCCUCCAGCUAUCUCUCUAUGUCUGCAGGUCUGUGUCUUUUCUCUGUCAGUCUGUCCAUCACACAAUCCUCACAUGAAUGUCUAAUUCAUGUAGUCUGUGUAUGUGUUCGGACAGGCUGCUUCAAUGCCAUGAUUUUUUUGUAAAACAGGGUUAACCUUGGCUUACUGUCAGUUUUUAGUGUCGUAGAUUAUUGUUGGGAGGAUGAGGUGUUACAAGCAGCUCUUGGGGUGGAUGAUGAACAGCUGUGAGUGAGAUCUUUUUGACCAUGGCUCUAUAACGAUUUUUAUCUAGAAAAGUAUUUUAGAAAAGUAGCAGAGAUCAUAGUAUUGUAGUAUAUUGUCUGCUAGAGCCUCACUUUCAGUGCGGUGUUGGGCAGCUUUGGUAGUUCAUCUACAGUCAUCUGUAGCUUGGUGGAAGCAUAGCUGUGUUUCAUUUUAGUGGGUCAGCAAAAGUAGUGUUCGCAGCCACAAGAGCUGACAUAUUUCAUCAUCAAAUCUUCAGGAAGAUGGUGCCAGCUGAUCUACUUUGGUCUGACGGUGACACACACGACAGGUACAAACACGCAGAUGCUCUUCUACAACAGGCAAACAUAACUCCUCCCUAUAAUGUCAACCAUGUGGACUCAAACGGUUUGCUUUCAUCAGACAGCUGACACCUGUUUAUUAGGCUGUUUGUAUAGUCAUGUUUGACAUAAAUGUAAUGAGCUACAGGUGAUGAGUCAGAGUUUGGCUCUAGCAUGAGUUUAUCCUGCAGUUUUUUUUUACCUUUUGAAGGGGCGACAACAGACUUUACAAUAACAUCAUUAACCUUGUAUAGCUGUGUGUUGUUACUUCAAACCACAUCUAAAAUGGAAGCACCGAUCCAAAACCCAAAUCCCAACACACACACACACAACAACAAAGUCAUUACAGGCAGCCAGACCCUCUUUCACCUCCACGGUUAGACUUUGGGCCCUCAGUUUCCUGUGGGGCCAACAACUCUCUCUCUAUUGCUAUUUCCCUCUCUCUCUUUCUCUUUCUUGCUCUCUCUUUAUAUAUUUCUGUGUGUGUGUGUGUGUGUUUGUCUCCUCCUUCAGGCUCUUUGUUAUUGGCUUGUAUUUGCAGUGGGCAGCUUGAUGGGUCGACUCAAUUAAUGGCACUCUGGUUUUGGGGAACCAGAGCUAUUAGGGAUGAAAGUGUGUGUGUGUGUGUAUAUGUGUGUGUGUGUGUGUAAGGUUGUUGGGGCUUAAACCCGCUGUGUAAGUGGGUUAGAGAGACACACAGGAGAAUGAGGUAGCCCUGCUGUAAAAUUUACACAUUAUCAAACUAAUGAGCGAAAGGAUCUGGCUGUUGAGAGUAAAGCAGCAGCUGGCUCCUUUUUUCUUUUAAGAGGCUGCAGAGAAGAGUGAAAACGGUGGAAGUUGGAGGGAUUUUUAGGUUAAUUGUUUGCACCUUUCAGUCUCUAAGCACUUUUACACUUCUUUUUCUGUGGUAUUUGUAGAGUUAGACUGCUGCAUAUCCACGUGUAUUUUUCAAGAUGCAUGAAUUUGUUGCCAAAUAACAAUUAGCAAGAGGAGUGGAGGAUAAUGAAGUUUAUUACAAUGAAGCAAAGAUGCGAAAUUAGUGAGAAAGUCUGACUUUCAGAAAAGAAGAUCUAAAAGGAACAAAGUCUUGUUAUAACGAGACUGAAGCCAUUAGAGAUUAAAGCUGAAAAAGUACGAUAACUAAAUUCACUAAUGAGUUCAUAAUGUCGUUUUAAUUACGACUAACUGGUUAGUCUAGAAGUAAGACAACACUUAAGAACAGUCCACAACUGAGCACAGUUAGCUUAACUUGGCUGAACGCAGGGUCACAGAGUCUGCAGAUUAACGAGGUCAAACUGGUUCGCCGAGUUAGUGAAUAUGAGCACAUCCAGCACCGCCAGCUACGAGGGGUUAGAACUCACAUGCCUGUACUGGUUACGUGUUGCGACAGUCAAGUCAUUAUAUUCUAGUUUAACCAGACUCAGCUGACAUAGAGCUAAAUCUGGUGCUGGCUGAAAAGAUGGAGAUGUUUCACUGUUUAAUGUAAACACUGAGAAAUUUGACAUUAUAGUCAUGAUAAAAUAAAGACUGAAAACGAAUUGAAUUGAGUUGCAGCAUCACAAGAAUAAGAAACCUGCAGUUUUUAUACUCAGGUGUCGUCUCAUUAAUGGUCCUCAUUUCAAUGCCAGCUGUUAGCUGCUCCUCUGAGACGCCCCUAAAAAAUCAUGUAAUAGCAUAAUGCUACUCUGUCAGUGUUCAGACCUGUUCCCUUUCUGUUCUCUGAAACUCAUCUUGUGUUUUUCUUUUAGUGUGGGCCUGAUACUACAGCAUAUCUGAGUGAUAGAAAAGGAUUGAUCACAAAAGCCAUUGAUACAAAUAUUUCACUUCAAAGUUCUCCUUCAUUUCUAAAGAUCAUUAAAAUGUCACUUCUCGUCUUACUGUCAGGAUUUCCACUCGGAGUGACUUGAAAAAGACGUUUGUUUGUUAUUCAGGUGGAUUCUCCAAGUAAACAUGUUGAACACGACUUCAUACCCAGAGCUUUUUGCAGUACAGGUGCACAGAUGGAGAGAGGAGACAUCUGUGCUCCAAUCAGAUCUGAAUUGAUCUUUUCUAAACAAUAAAACAUUUUUUUUCCUUCAGAUUUAGAGAUAAGUUAGAUUUCCAUGAGUCGUCCUGUGACUCUGCACUCUCUCAUUGUCUGUUAUUUGUUGAACCCUCUGUCGCAGAGGGACGGGAUAAAUGCAGGCUUCAGGGAAAGAUCAGAUUUCAUGUUGCAACCCCCCCUCCUCCAUCUUUUCUGUGAAUGCCCUUCGGUUACAUCCCUCCUUCUGUGAUAUCUCUUUUAUGUCACUUAAUAUCCCUUUCUCCAUCCCCCUGACCAUUCCUCUCCAUCUCUGCCUCUUUCGCUCAGACUACUGUUCAGCCUGGAGCACACUUUGCAGUAUAAAGGCUGAUUUUAAGCCCAAUUUGGCCACAACAAGUGAUUUCAGAGGUUUUUGAGGGACUGCACUUGUCUGUGGUGAAGGACAUGCUUGUUAAAAUUUAUUUUUUAUGUUUUUUUACACUGUUGUUGGCUCAAUUCUUUCAUAAAAAUGGACUUUCAUAUCAAUUUAGAUCGGCAAAUGAGGGGGAACAACUCAUUAGCAAGGACUCUUGUGAUCAUGAGUUUUAAAGCUUGUUUUUCUCCACUUCAUUGUGUCCUCCUGUCGUUUUGUUUCAGUCACCCUAAUUUUCCCAGCAUGCAGCAAAAAAUGGAAGCAAGAAAUACAACUUUGUCACCUAAUCUGUGCCCCUAGCAAAACAUUUCUAACAUACUUUCAGGUUAAAGAUGAGCAAAAUUCACCCUGGCUUAUAAAGACAAGCAUGCUUGUUUUUGGUCUCAGGGUUAAGUAGGCUAAGAACCCGCAAAUAUCUCUGACGGGACGGUUACACGACCGUACUGAAGGCGUGUUUGCUUUGAGGCGUUCUGAGAUGAGCACAGCUGAUUUGACUCAAAUAAAAGGAGGUUAUUUAGCAGUCAAGCAUGACACCAGGACCAAAUCCCUGAGCCCUCUGGUGUGCGAAAUGUGAAAGAUGAAAUACUAAUUGAGCGUGUUUCUUUGUGUUAAAGGCUCAUUAUUGAGUGACAGAGAUGUUUGUGGAUGUAGGAGGAAGAAAAGAAGAAGUGAUUCGGCAUGUGCUGCUUUGUUGUGGGAUCCGGAGCUUCCUCUGUAGCCUCCACAUGGUGUCCACAUGCUCUGAAGAGUCACAUGGAGCCUUCCCCUUCUCCUGCCUCACAUUCUCUCUCAGCUCCUCCUUUUCUGUCUUUUUGGGUUCCAGUUUUUCCUCCCAGAGUGCUCCAGUUUUACACGUCUCCUUGUGUCUUCCUGUGUCAUUGUCACUGCUCUCUCUUUCUCUCUCGCUCUCUUUCUCUCUUUCUUUCUCUCCUUCUCUCUGUCUUGUUUGGCCCACUUUAAGGACCUAUAAAUGGCAGAGCACGCUUAGGGCAAAGUGGUUGUGAUCAGCUCCCAGUGACAACUCAAUAAGUGUUUUCUCCGUCACAUCUGUGGGGAGGAUGUACAGUUGCUUGAUUUUGUUCAAUCUGCGCCCUGUGUGAACCUGAUAAAGCCCGAGGAAGGUGUUUGAGGCACUCAACUAACGGGGUGUCCCGAUCCGUUUUUUUGACUUUCGAUACAAUACCGAUAUUGUAGCCUUCAAUAUUGACUGAUACUGAUAUUAAUCCGAUAUUGGCACAAACUUGUACUAGACAAGCUCUCAGCUGCAGUGUCUUUUUCAGACUUAAACAAAAAGUGCUGCCACACGGCCGACAUCACUCCUACUCCUUGCUACUUUGUUAGUAUCUUAGUUCGAUCUUAGUUAGUUAGAUCUGGGUGCUGCUAGAUAGAGGUGCUGGAGUGGAGUCUGGAAUGGACUGCUUGUAUCGGAGAUUUUAGAUGCAGGCUGAUAUAAUCUGAUAUUUGUUUUUUUGCUGAUAGAAGACUGAUCAUCUCGGAACAUCCCUACAUCCAACUCUGGAAUCUUAAGUCAAUGUAGACAAACACACCUGCUGUGGAUCACUUUUCUUGUUUCCUAUAAAGGUCUUAAAACUCAAACCAACAUCCUUUUGAAAUUUUUAGAGGCUGUUUUUGCUCACAUGCAUGCUCUCUGACUCCUCUCUCUUUGUCUCUGUCUCUGUCAUCCAUUAUUGAUGCUGUAGCCCACUUGUUGCAAAAAUGAGACGCAGGGUGUCAUAUUCCACACACCCCACCCUGCGCACAAGCUUGCUAUCUCCACACACAGGCUGGUGUCCGGGUUGAAGAUGUAAAUGCACAUCACCGUCUCCACUUGUAAUCUAGUUACAAAAUUAUCUAUGGUACAUUGAAUGCUGUUAAGCAGAGAAUUGCUGGCUCCAGCAGAAAAAAAAAAAUAGCCAAGUAAUUUUAAGCCAAGUAACUAAAUAAGUGCUUGAGUUCAUUAAGAGAGAUGAAGAGAAAGAGAUACUUAAACCUGACAUUAUGUGCUUUAGGCCGUAUAAACAGGCAUUAAAUCUACAAGCUUAUCAUAUAAUGGGACGUGUGUUAUCCAGUCAGAGCGUCCUGUUCUCCUGGUGUUGUCUUAAGAGUUUGACAUUUACUGAAGGGCAGGACGAACUGGGACAUUCAAGGGAAUAACUAGCCUUAAAGAAAAGUCCUCCUACUACUUUUAUGAUUCACUAAAUAUCAUCGUGAUCACUACUGUAGUUACUCCUUAGUUUUACCUCUGAAGUGGCCAUUUUCUUUGAUCAACCACUAGUGUUUGAUGUUGGAUUUGGCUACAGGAAAGAGCGGUCUGCUCCAAAUUUGACUUUAAUAUACUACCCUUAAAUAAUCACCUACAGGUAGUGUUGUGGCGGCGGCUGAUGAGCAGUAUACACUGCGGUGUAAAUGACUGUGCAGAAGGCUUUGCUAAAGGCUCAGCCAUGUGGAUCCUUCUGCCAGAGCUAAUUUAGGUUCUCAUGGAAAAGAGGCAAACAACCAAUCGGCUGUAAACUAGAAAAAAAUUACUCUUCUGCUUCGCAAAGUGGAAUAAGGAUAGAUCCAAACUGUUUGAUUCAGUUGUUUGUCCAUAAAAGUUACUGUAAGGCUACUAUCUGGUUUACUAUAAUGUUGUCAGAAGUUUCUGGUUGGACAAGCUCAAAGAAAGAAUUCGACAUAAGAUCGAACACGUAAAAACUAAAGCCUAAUUUCAAUCUAGUCAGGGAGCUUACCGGCAGCCGCAGCACUGUGACAAAUGAUUGACAGACGCUCUUCCCCGCCCCGGCUCUGCGGUGGAUUGGAGAGAGGCCAGAGGACAGAGCAGCUCAAGAAAUCCCAGUGUGGAAGGAGAAGCUUUGGCGUAAACACACUUAAAGCUAGCAGGAAACCUCACACCUGAAACUGUUUAUUUAAUACAUGCAGUAGACCUUGUUGUAAGUCCCGUUAUGUGAUAUAUACCUGAGCAAAAGCUCUGUAGUUACACUAGGUAGUAGUGCAAACACACUUUAUAUUGCACACUCUCACACAUACUGACACAAAAGAUAAACGCGAUGCAGAAAAAACCUCACACCCACCACUAUUUACUCUGAACACACCCUGCCUCCCACUUUAGGUCUUGUCUGAGGUGUAGCGGAGGACUUAAUUUUCAGCUGUGUUCCCUGGUAGAGUAAACAAAUGCCGUGUAAACAGCAGUACAGUCACUCAGAGUAAACUUCUGAGUGUGUCUUUUCUCUUCGUCCACGGAGCGAUGCCACUCCCACAAACGUGUGUCUGUGUCAGUCUUUUUCUGCCGGUCUGCCUUGAGCGUGACCUUGUAUUGAAAGCGGAGAGUGUUGAUCGAUAUGAGGACCUGCAGUGCCCACAAUCUGCUCCCCGUGUCUGAAGAAAGUGGAAUAAUUUUAUUACUGUUGUACCACGCCGAGAGAUAUUCAUAACACUAUUGAUCGCUUAAGUGAAUCCAUGGUGAAGGCACCCAUCAGAGGACCUCAAUAAAUCUUCUAGCAGAGGAGGGCUGAGCUCUUGUCUGAGCGAUACGUCUGUACUCUGGAUCUAUAUCAGUGCACCCUGAGCAACAAUUAACUCACACACGCUUUGCUCUGAAUUUGAUUUAUGCUGUCUAAAAGUUUAGAAAUAGAUCCCCAGGUUUCUUCCCUAUUAAAAGCCUCAAUGUGCAUUCAAUAAGUUUCAAAACAAGCACGUAAAAAGCAUCCUGCCACCUGCCAUCUUUGCCCUCUCUGCAGAGGAGAGGAGGCUAACAGAUGGCUUUGACUGUGUGGAGAGAUGUAGGACUCUGUGGUAUCUUCCAGUGUUUUACACCGACACAAUUAGCUGUAAUGAAUUGAGCUGGCCUGCUAAAGCUAUCGCUGGUGGCUCCAGCAGAAAGAAGGAAAAAAACACAGCAGGUUCUCCUCUGGCAGACAUGUCGUCUUACUUGCUUCCAGGCUUUCUCUCAUGCGGGGAAACAGAUGUGUUAGUUUUAACGAAGUGGGUCUCACUCGAGUGUUUGGGUGAGAGCUCAAGUGAGAUUUUGGAUUAGAAGGUGUCUGUGUGUGCAUGUUAGCGUGUGUUAGCCUCUGUGAGUGAGUGUGUGUGGAUAAGUGUGGUGGGUACUGUAAGUUUAAAUGUUACCAUGGUUGCAAACAGAACUUAAAGUCAAUUUCUUGUCUUUGAAGCUACAGCAACUCUUCAGUUCUAGUCUUUAGCUCUUGUAAUGUGAAAUUUCCUUGUUGUUUCAUCAGGAACAUGAGAUUUUAUCGAUACUGAUGCUUUUAUCGAUUCCUAUGCUGAAAAAGAAGUAUGCCUACACAGAUUUUCUAACCUAAAACUGCUCUGUAUGAUGAUAUUAGAUCUUUAUUUUGUGCAACAUAAGCAAUUCUCGUAAAGAAAAAUGACCAUAUCUGCUUUUGCGAGGAGUAUCCUGGAUCUCUCCAGGAUUGUUGCGUCUCCAGCAGUGGAGAACAGAACUCCAGAACUCAGUCCAGCACCGUUAUCACCUAGAUGGACCAAAUAAGGACAUUUUUGCAAAGUCGUCCUUCACAUUUAGGUCUUAAAUCAAAUAGUUAACCUGUUCUUAAGUCAGGUCUUCAUACUUUGUGCUAAUGUUAACACAGGAUAGGCGUAGCUACCUUACCGCUCCGCUGAGAAGCUCUCUGUCAGCAUAGAUCAUCAAACAUGCGGUACUGUUGAUAUUUAAGGCUGCGCUGUAUUGACAAAUGUGAAAGCAUGUUGCUGGUAUCUUCACAGUUACAGCCAUAGAGUUUGCACUUGCGCCUCUGUCUACUCUUCUUCAUGAUGUCCACCUCCUCGACUCCUGUGUGUUGACGCCAAAAGCUUCUCAUGAGGCAGGACGGCAUUGUUUUGCAAGACAGGAGGAGCUAAAACACGGAUAAAGGAACCGUUAAGCAGAAAGGCAAAUGUUGUUGAUGGCUCAAAAUAGUAGGAACCAGUUUUAAUUCCCAUCCCAUCCACAUCCUUUUCAUACUGGCGCUUUAGCUACUAUGCACAUGCUAGUGCUAAGUGCUAUUGCAUCUGUAGCUGGGUUAAACCAAUCUUUGAAAAUCAAGAGGUAAAGUAGACACAAGCUCUCAAUGCAAGCACUUAAUGAUUCUCAAGCUAACCAGCCUGAGAAAUACAAUGCUGAACACAAAGUGGAGGAGAGCCAGCUACUGGAACAACUGCUUUGUUGCUUGUGCAUGUCAGGGGAAAGGAGCGCUUCUUGUUAGCUUAGAUUAGCAUCUUUUGUCCUCCAGUCGAUGCUCCUUGGCCUGCUGUCGGUCGGCCUGUCAGACAGUGCGGUAAUAAGGUACUCACAGAAAGCAACUCAAGUGUAUGUACAGUCAGCUGCAUGUGAAGGCAACAGCUGAAGGGAAUUACAGAGACUGAGAUUACCAGAGACGAGAUAUUAGCAUGUUUCCACAGCGCACACUGGAACUGCACGUGAAGAGGAAGUGCAAGGCCUGCAGAUCAAAACUAAAGUGGCACGUUUCCAGAAAUACUUCAGGAGAAUUACAUCCUUACUCCGUCAGCCGAGUGUUGAUCAUAGUUCGUAAAUCUGAGAGUGUGUCUGUGUGUGUUUAAGACUACAAGAUGAUGUGUGGGAGCAGAAAACUUCACGGGGAGUCUGAGAAAUCCACUGUGAUAUAAUGACUAGCCUCAGCUUGGAGUACUCAUUGUAUAAUAAUAGUUGCGGUGUAGUGUUUUAGGCCGUUUUAAUGUAUUGUCUUGUCAUUGGCUGAAACACAAAGGCUGAGUCAGGAUGCACGGGCUUGUAAUAGAAAAUAAAAUAUGUACAUUUUAAAUUUGCUUUCCCUGCGCCCGCCUCGAUGCCUCUCUGUGUUUAUUCAUGGCAUUUCUCUGUAAUUUUAAAUUCAUGUCUCAGUUGAGGCUCUUAUGUAAGUGAAUUAGCCGGCGAUGUAGCGUUUCAUUUUUUAUGUGCUGUGUUGGCAAUCAGAGACAAGCUGGCUUAUGUCAUCCUUCCUCCAGCAGAGGAGAAAGAUUAAAGUUAAACUUACAUCGAGCCGUCCUUUCCAUCACACUUUUUUGCUCUGCUCUAUUUUUUAAAGGACUACAGAUAAAACUAUUUUCAAAUAUAUUGCAAAUGCAUCCAUCAGCUGUAACUUUAUAAAUGCUCUGAGGUCAAACAGAAUGUAAUAGAGUCUGCAUCCAGGUUAAACAGCGUUAUCCUAUUCAGGUAGAAGGAUUGAUAUUGACUCUGGGCCACUUUCUGUUGCCGUUUUAGUCUCAAGGCCAGACCUCUGGAGGAAGAAGAGAGGUCUGCCAGUAAAAAGCCAUUAUCUUCCUUCCCCUUUGUAAAAUAGAAAGUGCAGUCUCACCCAGUUGGCUUAUUUUUAACAUAGUUUACGGUGGAAGAAGGAGAGGAUUUAAGAGGGGAUAAUAAGAUGAAUUUUGACUUUGGUUAGAGAGGAUUUAUGUGAGGGUAAACUUAUUUAGAAAGGAAUGUGCUUCAUGUUUUUAAAAGCUGACAGAGAUGCACAAAGUUUGUCAUUUCAACCCUGCAGUAGUUGGUGGAAGCCGAAACAGUGUAAACACUAGGGGUGGGAGAAAAAUCGAUACAGCGUAGUAUCAUGACAUUUUGUCUGGUUAUAUAUCAUAUCGUCUCAUUCUCAGAGGUGACAUUAUAGAGCAGGAGAAAGUUAGUACAACAAAUUAUGUACAAGGUUUGCAAGAUGUGCUACAUGAAAAUAUAAUACUGUGUAAAUAAGACAAACAUAAAGGAAAGACAAAUGCUAAAUUAGCUAAACAGUUGAAAAAAUUGUAUAAAUCGCAAUAUAUUGUAUCGCAAUACUCACUGUAUUUCAAAAUGUUAUAAGUUGCAAUAAUAUCAUAUCGUGGCCCAAGUAUCGUGAUAAUAUCGUAUCGUGGGUAAACACAACUAUUGCAUACCUAUUAACUGUGGUAGCUAAAAUGCAGCAGCAGCACUCGCAGCAUACGAUUAUUUCUGAAAGUUGAACCUGCUGCAGUUUUUUCAAGGACUCUGCACAUGAGGCAUGUCCACAGUAGACAUAUCCAGCAAACAGCUCCCUCAGUCCUGGUUUUGUGUCUCCACUUGCCCCCGAACUUCUUCAAAUGAUGUGCAGCAGGGAUGUGCAAACUGUGCAAAUAAACACUGUCACCCGAGCUACCCAUGGUUUAGCGAGUUAUUGACACUUUUACUGCUGUAGAACCUAAAUGCUGAUCACGUUGUGUUUCUUAGUGUUUCUUAUUUUCAAACUAGCUGGUUAGAUAAUAGAUAUUCUGAUGACUAGGAAUUUAACCUCUUUGGGACAUCCUGAGUGUGUUAUGCUUCUACAGUAAAGUUCUCAUGUUUUAUAGAUGAGCUGUAUUCUGCUUGACUAACCACACAGACUGCUUAUAGUUAGGUUCCGUCACUACUGCAGUGAGCUGCUUUUCUGUGUUUGAACUCAGACAAAAUUUGAUGAAAUGUUUUAUUUAAGAUUUUAAAUGGGUUUUUUUAAAGGCCCAAACUUUGCCCAAGAUAUAUUUUAAGCUGAGUCAGGUUUACCGAAUGUUUACAACAGAGCCGGCUAAUUCAAAGUUAGCACAUGUGGUUAAAACCCUGUUUUAAAUACCAGGUUUCCUCCUGUACGUCUCAUUUACACUACAUGACUGUAUGUUUGAAAAACUUGAGGUUAAAUAAGGUCACUCUGACUAGUUUGUGGAUUGACUUGAAAUAAGGACUGAUGCAGAAAACUCAAAGCAUGACUGAAAUGUUUUUCCAGUUUGCUUUGUUUCAUUUCAGUCAGUUUUCAAGAGUGUCAGCUGGUAAACGGCAUCAGAAGUGCCUCUUUUUUAAAUGUAGGCAGGGUUGCUGUGUUUUGACUGAUUCAUUACGUUGAUUCAUAAGGAACAUAUGAGUGAAGGGACGACCUGGGUUAGACACUCAUGUUGGGUGUAUGUCCAUCUUUGUCUUUGCCUACUUGAAGGAGACCGAGCCUAUAUAACUAAGCUGUUAGGGUCAUUUUUAGGCGUGGAACAACAACUAACAGAGGAAAAAUAAAGUCACAGGAUGAGUAAUGAAGAAGCAAUAAAGCUAUUAAAGUCAAAAGAGCAGCAGACAUGGCUGUGAGGUAUUUUCGGACAGAGUUAAUUUUGCUCUAGAGGCAGAAAGCCUUCUUAAACAUAUUUAAGAUGUGCUGUCCGGUGACUCAGAAACAAAAACAAGCCUGGGUCCCAUAUGGCUGUUACAGAAAUAACCUGGGUCAUGCAGGUACUAAUGUGGAGUACUGUGGUAGAAGUCUGAGAGUUUUCAAACAGCUAAAUAAUACUACAUGUUUUCAAUCUAAACUCACAAAACACGAAAGCUUUAAUAAAUUAUUUAACUACUUUAAAAAGGUGUGAAUCUAGAGGAUAUUUUGACUUAAUGUGGAGAAAAUAAUGAGUCAUCCUGAGGCUGUCAAUUAGUCCUCUGUGAGUCAUUUUUAGCUGGUUUUGAAAUGGACUUCACUCAAGACUAUAAUAGAGAAUAUUAGUGUGGUUUAAUGUCUGCAACUGCAGGUGGGAUCUCAACCUAUUCUCAAACUUUAAAUGUGUAAGAAGCCAUGGUUUCUGGCUUGGAGCUGGACGUCGAAUGCGACCUGCCCAUUGGGACAUUUUUGGUAAGCAGAAUUGGCACAGCGGUAUAAACCAAACGCCGGGUUGAGGUGCUCGAUGCUAACGCUAAUCAGACCCCGCAAAGGUGUUGGUCAAUAUAUAAAGUGAUUAGCAUGCCACAGAAACAGACUUUGUUGUCAUUUUCCACAGUAAAAUUCCUUCAGAGGUGGAACUAUUGACUGUCAGAAUGAACAUGCGUGCAGUAGGGAUGGGUGAUGUGGGCUAAAAAAUGUAUCACAAUAAGUCUGAUGUCAGGCAAACCUGGUUGCACUCAUCUAAACCCCAAUCUUGAAGGAAAUCCCGUAUGUGGAGUCUUGAGCUGCUCAGAAACAUCUUCUUCAUUACCUUCAUUACGGCCAUGUUUGUUUGUUAUUCUGCUCUGUGUGGACUUUGGCUGAGAGUUCGUCGCUCAUGCUUAUGUCCUCAACUUGUAUUUAUCGUAUUUAUUAUGAGAUGGCAAAUAUUUAUCAUGGAGGAUUUUUCUGACGACAUAUCGUGAACGAUAAUUUAUCGCCCAUUCCUAGCGUGCAAUUUCUCAUCAAGAAAUAAUGUGUGCCGGUUUAUCUAUAGGGGGCGCCGACAUUUGCACAAACACCAAACUCCUCCAGGAUCCUUUUUAGCCUGUGUUGAUAAAUUAGGAUAAUAACCCACGUGCUUCUUUUAUUAUGGCUAUCUGAACUGGACCCAGUGAGGACCAAAUGGAUCUGAAAAUAGAUGUCUGAUGUCAACAAGGUUAUCAACGGUUGACAAAGUUGUACAUUUAACAGGCCUGCAGAGAGACUGUGUGUGUGUGUGAUAAAAGUGAGCUGUAUCACACACACACACACACACACACAUCUGGUGACAUAUAGCCGUAUUAUUGAUGGCUACAAUUACAGACUGAAUCCCCCCUCUCACACACAGCCUUACCUGUUUAUUAGUUCUCCACACCUUUUUCUCUCCUGGGUGAUGGAGUUCUGAGGUUAUACUCUGAGUGCUGAGCAGACAAGAAAUUAACAGGACUGGAUUUAGCUGCCUGUAUUAUAAUGUUCGGUUCUUUGUUUGGAUAUUUCCCGUCCUUUUGAUCAUACGCACCGCCCUUUUCUUCUGAAUGCAAUAUCUGUAGGUCAUGAAACAGAGCACAGAUUUAUCUGAGCGGGGUUAUCAGAUAAAAUGAACUGGAGCUGAAGCUGUGGUGUUAAAGAGAGCAGAGAAAUAUAAAAGGGGAGAGAGCACGGCAGAGUGAAAUCCAGAGAGCGGAAGAGAGGUGAGGAUGAGCUGAAGCACAUGCAGCUUUCCCACGCCCCUCCCUAUCUGUACGCCGACACACAUCCUUCGCUCCUCUCUCUCUCUCUUUUUUCGCACUAACGCACACACCUUCAGCCUCACACAGCUCUGGGUGACUGGCUGAUCAUUGGAGUUGGAGUAUCAGUGGUGCGCUAACGUUGAAAAAGUGGGUCACUCAAGGGUCUUGUCCCAUUUUUUGGGGGAAGCUAUUAUGUAUUGUCACUCGAGUGUGGCGAGGCCCCCGCUGUGCUUUGUGUCACUUGUCAAUGGAUAAAGGUUUUCCCUCCUCUCUCUCUCUCUCUCUCUCUCUCUCUUUUCCUCUCUCUCCUCCUCCUCUCUCUCUUUCUCUAUGUUUGUCCUUGACCACUGGUUGACUCAGUAUUGCCUCAGGCUCAUUGCCAAGAGCUCACGACUCUGUGCUAAAAGGUUACUCCUACCUUAUUGCCACUUCUUCUGCAGAGGGUGUGAGAUUGUUGGAACGGUUUGCUGAGUGCACUGACGACAGUGUGCGGGUUUCUUUGUGUUGACUUACACGUGUUUCCUCUCCAAUUUCAACACCCUUUAAAGGUCGUGAAAGAACUGGAAGUUUCCAUUAUAUAGAUUAAAACUUAUUCAUGGUACUUUUUUCACCAAUAAAACAAAAAAGAAAAAAGAUACAUGUUUUUUUCCAAAUAAGACUAAAGGCACUGUUCAGGUGUUUUGAGUAUGACAAACUUAGCAGUAGUAUACACAAAAUUUUACACUCAUCAUGGAACCUGCUUGCAAGGGUAUGACAAGUGCACAAAAACACAAGCUGUAGUGACUAAAAAAAGUCCAGUGAUAUAAUACAACAUCUAAAAGCAGUAAUUUUAGUGUACAAUAUAAUUUUUUGGAUGUCUCCCCGCCACAUUUUUCCUUAAACUUUUCAGUUUCCCACAAGUCUGUAGUGUCAGGGCGUAGUUUUGAGGAAUUUUGAUGGACCAAAAUUAAGGAUAAUCUUAAACUGUGAUUGUAAAUAUAGUGCGAUGUUUCAAAUCUGAGUUCUCAGGUUUAAGUACACUAAAAAAUGUAAAUGAUUAGCUCCAGCUCAGCAUUAUUCAAAUGGUAAAUAUUGCAUCUGCGACAGUUAUUGAAGUAUGUUGUGCACAUAUUAGACUCUACGAGAAGCUACUCGACCCUUUUAUCCAUAAUUGAAAUCUGGUGCUUGUCUUUUCAAAAUAAAUACAACAAUAUAUCUGGAAUGGAGGUUUUUUAAAUUUUGGAGAAACUUUCUGAGAAAUUUCAAUGUUUUUUCUGCCUCGAGGUCUUAGACCAUCUGUCUAAUACCAAAGCAGUAAAUACUCUGUAUGUGGCAGUAGCUCAGGAGGUAGAGCGGUCAUCCAACAACCGGGUGGUUGGUGGUUCGAUUCCCCCCCUAUCCUGAGUCAGUCUGUUGUGACCUCGGGCAAGACACUUAACCCACCUUGCUUCCAGUGUGUGUCCUCCACUGGUGUAUGAUUGUGAGUGUUGUGUGGUUGUGGUCAGAGAGGCUGUAGUUGCAAACCGGCAGCCAUGUUUAUGUCAGUCUGCCCCAGGGCAGCUGUGACUACUAAGGUAGUUUACCACCACUAGGGUGUGACUGUGUGAGCGAGUGAAUGAUGUAUCCGAUGUAAAGCGCUUUGAGGGUCUCUGAUAAAGCGCUAAUAUGAAAUCUGAUGCAUUAUUAUGCAAUUGACUGCAUACCACAGCGUUAGUGAGACACUGAUGUUGCUGCUUAGUUUGCACUAAGGCUGUUAGAAUACUCUGGAAAAUACAGAAAUACAACUCUGCAACAGUUCCUGCAAUGCAAAUCCAGUUUACAUCAGUAUGACUUUUAUGGCUGCGCAUCACUGAAUUACAAUACAUAUAAAAUUAUAUAUUAUUUACUGUUCGGCUGUAAGUGCUAAAAUAAAACUGUAGUCUGCUGCAGAGACUAAUGGAGGCCAUUACGCGGCCUGGUGAUGAUUUGUUACAUUUUUAACUUUAUUUUCCUGCUGUGUAGCUGCGCUGUAGUGGAAACUGUUGUGUUAUGUCUCUUUGUGGCGCUCUGGAGCAGACAUGUGGCUCACAAAACCACAAGGUAUAAAUACUGCAUGUCCUUACACUCCUGUCACUAAUUUGGGUUAAUUGUUUCCAUCCACACACUUGAACUGGUGCUUCCCUGCAUUUAUCCUGAGACAGCCCGCCUGACACUAAUGACACACACACACAUACAAACACACACACACAUACUUAGUUUUUAACCCUCCUAGAGCAGGAUUUGGGUCAGACGCCUCCUCUCACACUGACUUAUGUGUGUAAAUGUGUGUGUGAGAGGAGGGUUUAGAGGCUCUGGCCUGUGUAUCCCACUGAUAUCCCCUCAGUAGCUUACUGCUAUCUGUUUCUGCUUAUUGUCAGUGAGACAGCUCUCCUGUAGUGCUCCGCAGAGGGCGCUUUAGUAGGGAGAUAGGGGUUAAUAGGAGCACAUGCACAGAUAGCAUGCUGAGUUAUCUGCCUUUUAGCAGAUUUAGGCACACGGGCUGAAAAAAAGAAAAAAAACUUUGCAGACUUACAAUGCUUGGCAGUAGUUUCUGUAUGGUUUACACUGACUGAUGUUUGAGACUGAUACUAAUAAGUGUAUCUGAAUUAUAUAGUAGGUGCUCAGUCAGAGAUUUACAUGCAGGCAGUGAAGAGAACAGGCCUGUGUACCCGAUGAUAACAUAAAUUAGGGCUGGGCGAUAUGGCCUCAAAUCAAUAUCAGGAUAUAUUGAUCAGUUCACCCCGAUAACGAUAAAUGGACGAUAACUACUCCACAAGCUUCUGACACAGGCAAAAUAACAUCGGUUAUUAUUGUAAAUUUCGCUAUCGGUAAAUUUUGGGUUUAUCGCCCAGCCCUAACUUAAACGAUCGCAUCAGUUAGGCUCUAUUAUCCUCGGUCAUAUGAUCAUGUAGUCCGUAUAGAUAUUUGCAUUUGUAGAGCAUACCGGUGUCAGAGAAAUCUCUUCUCACACUCAAAUUCAUUUACAGGAGAAAAUGUUUAUACUCUUCAGUAAUAACAGAGACUUCUUCAGUUCUUUAUCACUAUACCAGACAAAGACAGAAAGUCAGUGAGAGCUUUACGAAACAUGAAAAUAAUCCUCCCCAACUAAACAUCUCAACACGCAGAGAGUGAGCAGACAGUAUCAACUCGAGUCUGUUUCUGUGUUGUUGUAAUUGUGGUUCUUGUUUUCUUUUCUGUGCGUGUGUGUGUAGGAGUAAUAUUAGCUCAGACACUGUACAUCUUAUGACUCAUUAUAUCAGCCGGCUGAAGGUUUAUUUUUUUCACUCCGGCAGAGAUUAGCAGCAUGGGUGGAAGCGUGGGGCUUCUUUAUGUCUCGGUUAUUUCAAAGGCAAAGUCCUCUCUCUCUUUCUCUCUCUCUCUCUCUUUCUUUCUCUCUCUCUCUCUCUCUCUCUCUCUCUCUCUCUCUCUCUCUCUCUCUCUCUCUCUCUCUAUCUCUGCCUCAUAUUUCUUUUCUGAAUGAUUGAUGAGAUGAGUAGAUUAUUGCGCUAAAACGGAUCAGUUCAUUCUACUUAACUUUAUUUAUCGAGGUAUCUUUUCGUGCUUCAUAGAGGAAUAGACAUAAAAUAACCACAGAAGUUAAAUUAAUAAAGCCUGAAGAAAAAUAGGUUUUAAAAGUUUAAAAACACAGUAAAAGCAAAAAGAAAUUUAAGAGUAAAAAACAAAAUUAAAUUCAAAAUAUGUUUUAAAAAAAAAGUUCAAAAGCAACAAUCUUAAAAAGCAACAACUAGCGGUAGUUUUUUAAUAGACUUUUUGGUAAAAGCCAGUGAGUUAUGACUGCUGAUGAAAGCCUGGAUUAAAGUUUCAGCAUGUCUGGGCCAAAAAGGUCUCACUUGUGCAUUUUUCUGAGAUGAUAAGAUGAAACACUCAUGACCUUGUUAAAAUAAGAAUCAAAAUUUUGAUCGGAAUUCAGAAUCACUCCCAGAUUUGUGAAACUUCAUUUAAUUUUCCAGUUAAAGUCGUGACUGACGUGGAUGAAGCAUGAAUGAAACUGAUUUAUACUUCUAUAUGACAUCUCCUGUAAUCCAAACCACACAAGGUUUUAAUGUGUCACCUGUCCAAGUACACCCUCGUAUUACCAGCUGAUGUCUGGCCUACUUCAUCAUUUCAAACACGAUAAGCAGUCAGCUGUUCAGUUUGACACCGAUAAAGAUCAUAAAUGUGAUUUAUGAGGAAGGAUUUUCUGCGCCAUGUUUUCUCCACUUGCACGUGUUUCAAUGUUGGCAUUUCUAUGUUCCUUGACAAAGUUCAUAAUGUGGUUUAUUACAUCAGGCGCUCUGCACGGCAUAGAGACACUCUGCUGCUCUGCUUACCACCCACCGAGCCUCAUCUGAGCGUGUGUGCAUGUAUGCUGAGUGUGCGUGCUGACAGGGUUUUUUCCAGCAGCGUGCUGAUGUGAACAUUCAUAUGAAAACAACAACAAGGCCGAGAACAGGCCUAUUAAAUCCAAAGGACGGAUUUGUAUAAACAAACACAUGCACACAGAAUAAUCCGAACAGACAGGAGGUAGUUUUAAUAUACAUAGAAAAAUAUUUAAACAUGCACUCAUGAUGUCUUGUCAUCUACCUUCCUUUCCUAUUUGUCUCCUUUUUCUUAGUUACACACACAGUGCAGACGCAGAUUAGAGGAGCGCAUAACACAACACCCACAAGUGCAGCGCUGCAUUUGUGGCUCUGCAGAGUGAGAACCUUGUGGGAGACCCACACUUUAAUUUGAUUUUUGCUCUAGAGGUCACAGCUCUAUUUCAAGCCACUGCACAAUUCAUUUUUAUUGACUACACCCUCCCUCUCCAGUUUCUGGAUAUACUUUUCAGCCUUUUGUCUGCCUUACAGCCCCGGCCCAAAACCAAUUACAACAACUUAAAAAAAAAAAAUGACGACAUGGCUGCAAGCGUGUCAGUUUUUUAGUUUAUGAUGCACUUUCCUGUUUUUAAGGUUGUUCAGCCUGUGUGACCCUCUCCGUCUCUCUCUGAGUGAGCUCAAAAGGCCAAAAAAACACUGAUGAUGAGCAACAACACAAGGACUCUUAUUUGUGAUCAUUCUCUGUUUUAAGAUAAGCUAAGAAAAACUUUAUUCAUCCCUGAGGGGAAAUCCGAUCUUAUUAGAUUUUACGUCUGAAUUUACUUGAAUGAAACAGCGGAUAUUAUGGAAUUUUCAUUCAUUCAUACUUCCUUAAGCCAAGCUAACUCACAAACUGUGAUGGUUGACCACAGUGUCAAAAUGUUUCUCCUUUCUUUACGUCAAAUCUAUUUUCCUGUAGAGACGACGUUGUGUCCUCGAUCCUCUCCUGACGCUCUGCUCUGUUCCUGAGUGAGUUUUUGAAUCUAGUUUGUUUACAUCUGUGCAUCAGUGCGUGCUGAUGUGUGACUGCUGUAUGUUCACCUCCAUGUUCAUGUUUGCUUUAGGCUCAGAUGUGGGCCUCUGGGUUUAGGUCACAUCAUGCCCUGAGUGACGGGUCAUGUGAAAUGUCCUGUGCGCAGAAAUGUGUGAAAGUCUAAUCCUGUUAGCAGCGGCUUGAUAAUGGGGCUAUUUUUUCUCACAUUCAGUAAAUCUUGAUUGAAUGAAUUUGAUGUACAACCUAAAAAAAAAAGGAGGUGAGUGAACGCCCAACAUAGAGAGAGAGGGGGGGUUAAUAUCAGCAUGUUUAAAGCUUGUUAACAGAGGAGCACAGAACUAAGCUCGGUGGAUAACAUAGACUAUGUUCACACUGCAGGUCAAUUUCCGAUUUUUAACCAUAUGUGACACAUAUCUGAUUUUUUAUGUAAGUGUGAACAAUGCAGUUCUGAUUUUAUCUAAUCUGACCCAGGCCUCCAUUGUUCGACAACACAAACAGGCGCAGAAAGCAAUUUGUGCUUUUAGCGCAUGUGGGUCACUUCACGGACGCAUUCCAUUCACAUUAGAUGCCGCAUUUUUUGUUGUAAUGUGAACAAAAAGAUCGGAUUUAACAAAAAAUCCAAAUUGUGCGUCAUAACCUGCAGUGUGAACGUAGCCACUGACUGUGCACUUUUGUUGUGACCAGGGAUGUUUGUGCAUGCAGGAAGUUUGCCAAUCUAAAAUAACCUCAACUAUAAAACAGUUAAGUAGGGCUGCAGCUAUUGAAUAUUUUAGUAAUCGAGUAUUGUAUCGAAUAUUCCAUCGAUUAAUCGAGUGAUUGGAUAAAACAUCUUCUUUUUUUAGUGAUUUUUUAUGAUAUUAAUUUUUAUCAUGUCCCUAAAGACAUUAGUGUCCAAGAGCUAAGUAGCUCACAUGUUACCUGCUACUUCUACUACACUGGCAAUGUUAGGCUACAAGCUAGUGUGAAGAGGAGUGUGAAGAGGAGUGUGCAGAGCAGCGCUGUCUCUGCAUAAGACUCAGAGGUGAAGUGCUAAUGAGCUACUGGAGCUCUGCAGAAGUAAAGCCCGUCUCGUCAUUCAUUUUUUCCACGCCGCAUAACCAAAACUGCGUUUAAUCCUCCCUCUACCAUGGUGACAUAAGCGCGUUGUGUCGCCUUGAAAAUAAUCCGUGUGAAACAGUGACGAUUAGAAGUUACAAACUUGAGGCAGAGAAAAUUCCUCGAUCAAAAUUUGUAAUCGAGGUACUCAAGGAAUUUCAGCCCUGCAGUUAAAUUACCAGCUAAAGAUUUAAAGCGCUGAUUUAUGUGAGCGCUGCUUUCUUCUGUGACCAGGCUGACUGGAAAAAAACGAAACACCCCCAUCACUUAGGCUGGCAUUGUUUUAUUCCUAAAUUGUAUACAAGGCCAACUUCAUCACCAUCCAUCCGUCCAUCCAUCCAUCUGUCCAUCCAAGCAUAUGGUAAUCUGUCCAUUCAUCCAUCCCCCCAUCUGUAAACCAGUAAUUUUCCUCUCUGUGCUCUCUCGCUCCACUGCUGCUGAAACUGAACUGAGUCCAGUUUCUCUUUCAUUAACAGCUGGCUGGUCUAAUCAUAGUGAUGUGUUUCUGUGAUUCGGUUGCAUAAUCAUUUUCCCAUCAUCAACCUCAUUAUCAUUCACUGUCAUCUGAGUCCUCACACGCUCAGAAAACUUGCAGGUCUGUCAGAAAAUUCUGUACGAGGAAGACGUCUUCUGCUUUUCCCAUCUUCGUCUUUGUCCUACCUCUCUUUCUCUCUCAUUUCCUCUGUUACCCUAAUUCUGUCAUUUUCCGAGGCAGCUCUUUUUGAUGCUCAUGGGAACAGAUGGUUCAGCUAUGAUCAAGAGGUUUUGCUAGAAAUUAAGUGUUUACCUACUUUCAGGAACUGACAGAAAGGAAACAGUGUUCUUGUGAGACAAAAACAAACUGAUGUGAUAACUAAAAGGGAUUUUUGCCUAGAAAGACAGAAGCUGGUGUUAAAAUAUGUCGAACUAGAGAGGGAGAAUAAGGUGUGUCUGUUAGAGCGGGAACUUUUUAGGUAUUAUACUGGUAAAAAUGACCAAAUAAUUCAGUGUGAGGGACACAGAGAUGGAUGCAGAGAAGAGGGGAAUCACAAAAGAAGAUAUUUUUCCUGUAGGCUGAUGUCAGUGGAUAAAAACAUGGCUUACUCGCUGCCAACAUGGUUUAAUAUAGUUUUUUUCCCCCCAACAAAAUUACCACACGCUCAGUUAUAGAGCUGUGCAAGUAAAUCCUGGGCACACCUUCAAAAUAAAAGCAUUGUGUGAAAACAGGAGGAGUCACUCCACAGAAAGAAUAGAUUAGGCUUUUGUUUUGAAAAGUGCAGAAGAAGUGUUUGAUAAUAUAUAGAUAAGCCGUUUGUUUUAAGAUUUUCAGCUUUGAGACGAAUGUGAGACAGCAAAUACGCCUCCUGUGUGAAACACUGAGGUACAUUUGGCUGUGUAAGUCCAAGCAAUGUCAGGAAUCACCAUGUGAAAGCAUACCAAAGUGAAAGUGCACCAUCAAGUGAAGGCUAGAGUGCUUGGUUGCUUGAUUACAACCAAGCACUCUGAUUGGACAAGAGGAAUUGUGUCACUGUGUUUGCGUCAAAAUGAAAAACACAUAUUAGUACAUGCAGCGCACAGUUGCUGGUCUGAGUUGAUUAAUGAUAAGAAAUAAAUAUUUAAAAUGUUGUUCAUUUCUGUUUCCUACAGAUCUGCCUUACAGCUGCUCUACAAAGGUGAUAUCACAAUCUAAGUCGUGCUGUUGUGCUGAAUUUUAUCUUGGGUGUGAUUACUUCUAGGGGGCGGAGAUCACGAUUGGUCCUGCGAUACGAUAUUAUCACGACACUUCGGCCACAAUUCAGUAUUAUUGCAGUUUUAGACAUUUUGCAAUACAGGGAGUAUUGCGUUACCAUAUAUUGCGAUUUGUACACUUUUUUCAACUGCUUUGCUGAUUUAGCAUUUGCCUUUCCCUAACGUUUGUCUUAUUGAUGCAAUAUUCUAUUUUUAUGUUGCACGUCUUACAAACCUCAUAUGUCAGGUCCAUCUCAUUUGUGCCCUGCUUGUGUUCCUCAUGUCUUGUUGAUGUUGCUGGUAGAGUAAUGUUUGACUCUGAAUCAUAGGUUGUUUUACCUUAUGCUGUAGUUUGGGAGGGCUUUAAAGUUCAGUCAAAACUUAAUGGUAAAAAAAAUGUGUUUUGAUUGGACGGCAGCACUAGGACAUUGGUCUCCCAGUUGUCUCAGCUUUACUGCAUUACUCCUCUUAACAAAACGGGUAAAUAUUUGAACAUCACAUAUUUCACACAGACAUUUAGUGGUGAGACACGCCUGAUUCAUCGUCACACACUGGCCUCGCUGAGACGAUGACAAAAAUGACUUCUUUGUUCUUCCGCACGGUCUGAGCGUCUUUGUCUGUGUUCUUCAUUUGGUGACAUGGAGUCGAAUGUGUCUGUAUGUCUGUGUUUUAAUGAGGAAGUUGCCGUGUGAAAUCAGGCUGGUACCUCACAAGCACAUCUGGAAUAAGUGUGUGUUUGUGCGUGCCUCCAGGAGACAAAACACUCAUCAGUGUUGAUAGAUGGCAUUCAGGUGUCCUUGUGGUGCAUUCUGCUCCAUAUGAGGUCAUGUUUGCAUGCGUGUGCGCCUGUAUGUGUGCGUGGCCCCCCUGCCUUGUCCUUGGCGUGUAAUAAGCAUGUGGGACUGCGGCUCUUUGCACAUCUGUCUGGGAGUUCAGAAACGGUGCAGUGUCGCUGCGGCGGCUGUGCACCAUUUCUAACAGCAGCUGCCCCACCCCCCACCUGCUCGGCCCUCCCAGUGAGUUUGUACCAGCUCUUACAUAUGCUCAUGCACACACACACAGUCACAUACACACCAAAGGGAGAUGUUUUCAGAGUCUGAGGACAUCCACCUCCCACUGAGAAAUCUGCCUUUGUUUGGACGAGUUUAUGAACCUACUGAGCUUUCAUCAUGUUUCGUCUUAGUCGGUCAUACACUCCUCACAUAUGUUAAAGCUUAGUUCAGAUUCCAGUUCAGUCUAUCAGAAAUGUGUAUCCAAAGAUUCAGACACCGUCACUGCAUAGGAACGUAGCAUAUUAAGGAUAGGCUUAUACAAGUUCAUCAGGCAGAAAAACUGAAAAUGUUGUUCGGUUCGAUUGUCUUUUAAUUUCUUGCUUCCACAUUUAGCAGGUCAAUGAACAAUCAGAUUAACUAUUUGCAGCCUUGAAAGUUUUGUUUGACCUUCUCUUUUAUUUAGUCACAUAUGAUCAAAAACAUGAUUAUUUAGCUCAACAUAAAGUCAUGUUUUGAAUUUCCAUGCCUUCACUACAUGUUGCACUUUUGACACAUUUGAGAUGUCAAAACACUUCGUCACACUGAUGUUACUAGCAGCGGGUUGGCCAGGCAUGGGAAACAUCAGGGGUUUACCAUGAAUCAGGGAGGGUGAUAUACUUCAAUAAUCAAAUCUACAGUGGCUAAAUUUGCUGGGCUUAAUUCUUAAAGGGCUCAAAAAGAUGUUUGUCCAAAGUCACCUCGUAGAGCACCAACAAAAUAAAAUGAAAGGUCAAACACAGGCCAGAUAGUUGAUUUAAAUGGAAGUGUCAUCUCUGUUUGUCAACCCUUGAUGGAUCCAUCUUUCAGGGUUCAUCUCCACCAGCUCCACACUUCUAAAGACUUCAAUUUUUGUCCCUUCUUCAUGGUGAAAUAGUGCUAAGGCAGUCAGAUUGGACCAGGACUGUCUGGGAACAGUAAUUUUCAUGUCUCACCGCAGAUUCUUAAUUGGAUUGUGGUCUGAGAAUUGAACAGCCUGUUCCCAGACUUUGACGUUCUUGACCUUUAACCGCUCUGAUGUUGUUUUGGUUGUUUCCUUGAGGUCGUUGUCUUGCUUGAGUAAUCUCCAAACUUUUGCUGACUAAAAUGGGUUUUCUUGUUUUGCAUCCGGCUCCAUCUAUCUCGUGAUUUGCAGCACAUUUGCUGUGUCUCUUAAACUGUUUCUGUGACUAUCUUGAUAGUUAUUUUAUACUGUAAAUGUUCUCUAAUGUGGAUUUGAUAGCGCUCUGUCCAAAGCUUAUAAUAAUAUUUCAGAGUCCUCCUUUAUACUUUUCCAUAAGUCUAUCCAUCGCUGGUUUAUUUCAGGUUGUUGCCACUACUAAAUCAAGCCAAUGGCAGUUGAUUUCUGUGAAAAAUACUGUAUUUGAGUCGAAUCGAGACGGUCAGAGCAAGCAAAACAGAUAAUAGCUUUGUGACUGCCUGUAGGAAUUGAGGCUUUGAAAGUGCUUAUGUGCUCUGCUGCUCUCUCAUAGUGCUCCAUAGUUAAAUGACACCCGUGGGCGUACACCCAUGCAUACAUAUGAGCUGCACUACAACCCCGCUGUGCCAUGCACUCUCCUGCUUGUAGUAUCUCGUUGCAUAAGCAGGUUAAUGUUACCCUGGCAGGCCGUGUAACUGGCACCUCAAUAUCAGACCUCCAGAGAAACAGGGAGGGAGAUGUAAGUGGAGAAGAGGAAAAGAGCGAUGAAAUGAUUAGUAGAAAGUUUAGGAUGAGAGGGAAAGAAGUUCAAGAAAUAAAGGGAUGUGAUUGAAAACUGAAGCAGAAAAAGGGAAAGGUUUUUAAAGCUGCCCUCAUAACUCUAUUAUUAUGUCAGUGACCUCUUUGACCCUGUUCAGGAAAAGCUCCACACCUGAAUCUCUCAAUUACCAGCCAGCAGAGAAACACAGAGGAAGACUUAAUCCUCCAUCCAUGUCUUGCAUGAACUCAUGGAGCCCGUUGCAGUGUUUCAUUUCUAAACGCAUUCUUUUAACCCAAAUUGAAUAUAUCAUUCCUCCCCAGAGGCGCCAGAGAAGAAAGGCUCUAAUUCACACUGCCUCCUUCAUCGUCUCUCUCUAAGUAGUUAAUGUUUGUGAGAGGCUGCUAUCUCAUUUCAUCUCUCCCCUCUCUGUUUUUCUCCCUCUAGAUUUCUCUCAACCUCUGACACUUUUUUGUCUCCACUUGUGUACACAGCGUACAGCAUGAUGGAUUUUUCUUAGCGAAUAUUCAGCUGAUUUCUAGAGAGUUCAUUUGUGCUUUUCCUCAGUGAUGAAAAGCACUUCCAAAGUGGUCAUCAGGAGAAGGAUGCUGCAAAUGCAGAGACAAUGCACAUUCACAAAGACAUACAAAAUGAAAAUAGCUGCUUUAUUGGCCGUAGUAUUUUAAAUAUACUAACCUUACCUGGACACAUGUUCUCUUUCUCUGAUUAAACACACAUUUCCAGUGAUGUAGUGUGAAUUGAUAUUGUAAGGCAGCUACAAAUACUGCUAAAGAAAAACCCUCACGUCCAGUAUGUCCAAACACUUGUACUACAACAGUCUCCUUUCCACCUACAGAAGGGAUUAAUCUGCCUCAGGAAACUUCUUUAUCCCUAAAAAAAACAUGCAAAGGUCAUGAGAGUGAUUUCUCCAGCCCUAAGUAGAGGCAUCAUGUCCUCAUCUUGGGCUGUAUAUGACCCUAGAAACCUCUGUAUUGAGAUUGUACAGCCUGAAUACUUCACAGUAUAUAUUUCACUGAAUAUACAGUAUGUUGACCUUUAUUCUCUGGAACAUUAAGUACUAAUACUAAGUGACAUGUGAGAUUUUUUUACUUUAAAUAUCUAACCUCUAUUUUAAAUGUUCUUGUUAAUUUAUUCAGUUAUCUCUUUGCAAAAUAACAUUUUUGGAUUUCUGUUUUCUUGCUUUUUUCCUGUUUUUUUAAACACUUUUCCAUCGUCAGCUUGUGUGUCUGUAUAGGUGCUAACAGUCAGUGUCACAUUGGGUUAUUAUGAGUCGUGUCCUUGCGGCAGAGCUGUAGAGGACAGUGUGUGUUUCCAGAGGAAGGCACAUACAUAACACACACACACACACACACACAUUUGAGCACACACUUACACAGGUCUACCUAGAGCUUCCAGUGUCUCUUGCUAGGUCCUGUUGCCACGGAGACCAGGUCCUGGGUUGAACAUAUUGAAUAAAUACCUGUGAGGGUUUAGGGAGUGGGAGUGAAGGGUGAGGGCUUUGCUGUUUCUCAUAUCACAUUGUUGACGUAAAGGGACCACAAAUUGCGUGCAGCUGGCCGCUCAGUGCUGCUAGUAUCUACUUGACAUCACACGCUUGGAAUCAGUCUAAAAAAAAUGCCCAUUAGAAUUAAUUUGUACAGUGCAAACUGUUCUGCAGAGUCCCAAAAGCUUGCAGGAAAGUGAUCGCACCUAUCAUGGGAGAAGAAUCAAUACAAAGUGGCUCCUCAUGACUAAAUCCCAGCAGACUGUGGUGAGCUGAGCCCAUCACCUUCAAGAGACAGCAGCCAGACAGCCAGAGGAAUCAAGAUAAUUGAAAUGACUGUCUGUGUAGGCAUUGACUCCUUUUUUUUUUCAUGCCACUAAUUAUUCAGUGUCCUCAUUUUGUGAAAACGUGCAUGUGUGCACACAUGAGAGGAGAGUAUAGGAUUUUCAUUCAUUUCUAGUGUUUUCCUGUGUGAGUGUGUGUUUGAUCAGGAGUUGUGUGGGGGCGAUGGAUGUAGGUUGUAAGUGUGGGUGUGCAGGUUUUAGAGCUGUUAUGGGAAUAUGUGAGUGCUGCUGCGUUUAGGUAAUUGAUGCUGGGACGAUGAAACUGGCAGACAGUCAGAGUGUCUCUGCGCCAGUGAAAAGAGGGGGAGGAGGAGAAGAUUAGAGAAGGAGAGAUGGAGGCUGCAUAAAUUCCAUGGCAGCUAUAGGAUCAAGUGAAACAUGCAUUUCAUGGAUGUUAAAGCGACAGUGAUGUGAUGGAAGGUAAUCUGUAUUUACGGAGUCAAAAAAGGGUUGAAUCUGUAAUGGAGGUUUCAGAUUUUGUAUGGGGAGCAUUUUGGUGAUUAUAGUGUUUGUAGACUAAUGUAGACCACUAUGUGGACUAGUCAUAGACCAGCAGACUUUGGUCAGUGCAGCAGAAACAAUCUGCAUGAUGAGCAAAGCUCUUGUGGGCUAUAAGUUGUAUAUGUACAGUAUACUGUUGUUACUAUGUAAUUACCUAGUAACAACAUGAAAUUAUCUGGUAAUUACAUGAUAACUACUAAGUCAAUACUGUCCAGCUACCAGGUAGGUAACCUUCCAUCAUCAUACAAAUUUGAAGCCGAGUUGCUCUAGUAUUUCCAGGAUUUUUUCCACUUCCUGGAACCACCUCUUAUCAUGUAAUUACCAGAUAAUUUCAUGUUGUUACUAGGUAAUUACCUGUUAAUUACCUGGUAAUAAGUGUACCUGGUGUAACUCAUCAUUUACUGUAAAACUGAGACCUGCCACAAACAGAUGCAUGGGUGCUAUUCGGGAUAUAAUCAAAAAGAUAAGACAGAUAUAUAGGACAAAUUUCACUUCACUUUACUGUAAAUAAUACUCACUGAUAACAUUAUCAAGAAAGUCUGUAAGCUGCAUGUCAUUUAUUAUUUAUACAAAUUGCCAGUUCAACUACACGGUUUGUAGUUCUAUACUAUCCCAUAAACUGCUUAGGUAUUUUGCACCAGUGUGCUUUUGAAGUGCAAGGAACCAAACAUCUGCUAAGUCAGUACACCUGUGCCCAGAAGAGUAAUUUGAAACAGAACCAAAUAAUCUUAAGAUAUUCACCUGGGAUCCUUCUGGUUAUUUUUCCUAAGUACCAUGAAUAAAAGCCUCUUCUGCAUCCUGACAGGUUACCUAAUUAGAACUGAAAUGCUCUUCCUGUUGGCUGUGGUAACCCAGGCAACAGUUCCCCUGGAGACAGGCUUCGGCAAAUCUCUCUGGUCUGUUGAGCAAAGUCGUAACGCGUGUCCCCUGAACAGCUCCGGCAUAAAGCAGCAGUUUAUUGCCCUGAGCAGCGAUGAUGCUGCGACUUGUGUUUGACCAGAGAUUAGGCAGAUUGGGGCCUUUUGUGUCCGUUCUGCUGUUUGCUGAUGAUAAGCAGUGCUGCAGGCCCUGGUGUCUGAGCUGGCAGUUGUGGGAGAGGGGAGAGAGUGGAGGUAAAGUGAGUGGGUUUUUUUUUCAGUGUGUUGCCUCAAAGUAUUAUAGUAUUGCAUUUUCCAAAGAGGGCGGUUAUUGCAUACAGAUAUUUUUGAGGAAAACAAAUUACUUUUUAUAGCAUGCUAGCUAACUACAUGUUGGACACAGGGCUCCCACACACGUUAAUAGAUUUUUUUUUUGUAUUAUUUUACUUUUAGUCUUGGCAAGUAUUGGAAAAAAAGAAUAUGAAUAUUUACCUAUUUAUUGUUGGCCCAAUUUUUCCAUGGAAAAUACAUGGAAGGGUUUGAUGGCUUAAGCCCAAAUUAUAACUUCUGUUUUUGUCAUAUUUGUUAUGUUUGUUGAUAUAUUGAUUUCAUUCAAAAGUCAUAAAGAGAUACUCAUUGUAACAGACAAACAUAUGUGGCAAGUUUUCUUAGGUGCAAGUUUUUCAUCCUGCGUGUUUAUUUGAUCAAAGUAAAAGCGAGGAAGACUGAAAUAGUCACUUAAUAUUCCUUUCAGCCUGUGUCCGUGCCUUAUGUCUACCUAGCUAGAAUGCUAAAAAACUCAGAGUUAGUUAAAUAUUAAACAUAAACAUUUUACGCAAUUUAUGAAAGUUACCACCAAUAAUUUUAUGGUUUUAGAUGGUCCCUAAUCCCCCCUUCAUACUGCCCAACAGGUUUGAAUAAUCUAACCAUCAUGACCCAGCUAAACAGGAAAUCCAUCAACCCAAAACACCUUCUUAUCCAGACUGUGUAAGCAUCACUUAUGUCAGAUUCUCCAUGUUUACUCUCCCUGCCAUUCUCACAGUGACAGUGACCUAAUGUCCUAAUAAAUUAAAUAUAACAACUGCGUUAUCAGGCUGUAAACCAGUUGUGUUUUAUAUGAAGCUAACUAUUGCAGUGUAUUAUAAAGAGGUAAAUCUACGGUUGUGUGUCAGUCAGGGCUCUUCAUUGUUUGAUUUGGUUUCUUGGAGACAAUCUGAGCAGCUUCAGCAGUGGGAGUGCAACAUUACCUGUGUUAGAGGACCCUCGGGAGAGCAAUGGCGGUGAUGUGAUGCGCCCUUGAGACGCUAUAAUGCCGAGAACGCUCACUCAUUGGAUUUCAGCCUAACUGCAUGAAGUACAUCAAAAGAUUGGAUGCAGUUUCAAGCAGCAUGGUUGGAAGAACAUGUGAGCCAUUUACUUCAUUACAUCUUUGCCACAGAUUUUAUAGCUGGAGAGAAAGAAGCUGCUCUUUAUUUGUGCUUAUCUACCACUGAAGUUACUAUGACAGCCCACUCCUUCAUACAUUUACAUGGUUUUAGAUUCAAACAAUCGCCUCUCAUGGUGCUUGGAUGUUGCCACAGCCUCCGUCUGGUUGAUGGUAGUUUGGUGUCUAAUGUGCUGCCAGACUGUAUUUUUCAUUAUGCAGGACUCUUACAGAAGCUAAAAAGUAAAAAUAAUCCCAUAAUCAUAAAACUCACAACCACAGCACUUUAAAGGAGGUGUAACUGUGAGCAUGAGCACACAAAAACCAACACAUCUUUUGUAGAAAAGCUUCUCCUGGGGAGCUAACAAAGCGCUUUAAUUACUCGGUGCCUCGUAUGUUGUUUCUCAGGGAAACCGUUUUCCAGUCCUGGAAAAACAACACGUACUCAUACGAAAGUUAAGUAGUUAAAGUCUUUUAUUAUAAUGAUGAAAAUAUCAGUAAAAGUGUUAAAGUAUGUGGAUUAAACUGCUGAUUUUAUGGUCCAUUUAAGUCCGGAGUUUUUUAAAUGAUGUACUAGUAUGAUGGGAUACUAAUAAAGCUAAUCAAUAAUUGAUCCUUAAAGGCAUGUCACCACAUUUGACUGAAAAAUAUCACAGCCUUUCAUGGAUUCUUUUUCAAUCAUCUGUCUUUGCUAACUCAGCAUGGUUUCUUAAAUCUGGUCCAGACACAGAAGGGAAUCCUGCGCUCAUCACACUCUUUGUCGUGUACACAGAUCACUCUUCGAUAGGGAAUGAUUGUUUGGUUCUGUCUGAUUGGAUUAAACAGGAGCAGGAACAAAACCUCUCUGUCAGUCCUCGCUGUGCGGGGCUAAAACAAAAGCCGAAUGAAAUGUGGGUAAGAUUCAUCCUAAUGUCUGGAAGCACUUAUGGAAAACAAAUAAAAAGCCAGCCCACAGACCCACCCUCUUCAUUUCAUGUUGUGUAUUAUAAUACCUUCGCAGCAGCCUGACCUACAUUUGACUGCUCUUUCCUGAUUUCAGAACUGAAACAGACAGAUUAAGCCUUUUGUUUCUCUUCUUUAUCAUUUUGGGGAUGAUUUUGAUCCUCGAGCCUCUGACGCUUCCUGAUAUCCAGUCUUGUCAGUAUUUUAGGAGGUCGCAUGUGUCUGUUCUAUCUGAUAGGAGCUGGUGUGCAUUUCCCAGGUAGUGAUUUUAUUGAUUAUGGUUGUAAUUCUGUUUGUUAAGUGGAUUUUAGCCGAGGCAAACAGACACACAAACACACACAUAAAGAGACACAUGGUAACUCAAAACCUUUAUGACCUCUGUCCUCACUCUACCAAUACGUUAACCUCUUACCCUCUGACCUUUGCUCGGUUUGUGGUCUUGAGUGCUUCCACCCUCCAGCAACAGACAUAUGAAAACACUUAACACCUGUGAUUGGGAGAUAAUAAUUAUCACUCUUUGUAUCCUACUGCUAUCUAAACGUGAAGAGCUAACAGGCUAAACCAAGAUUGUCUCCAUGAGUAACACAAUCUUUGUCCAACUGUACAGACAGUAUAACAGACAGACGGGUGGACUCCAAUCAUUGUUCACUUUUUAGUGUUUAUGAGAGAGGGGGAAAUUAUGAAGCAUCUAGACUAAUGCGCACACUGCUCUUAAUAGCUCAAGCUCUUUGUAACACAUGUCCAUAAAGCAAAGUCAUCAAAAUGUGGAAUAAACUCAAGAACGAAUACUCAAGAAACAGCAAAUCAAACUCAAUAAACAAUAAAACAAUUAAGGAUUAAGAUCAUGUAACAAAAAUAAAGCUUUGAGUUUAUGUUAAUGAGUGUUUUACAAAUGGGUUAUUAUAAUAAGAAGAAGCUGCUAUUAUGGCUGUAAUCAACCAAAGAAGUUGUUGGUCAACUAAAACCUUGAAAUUUUCGACCAAAAAUCGACUAAUCAGGGUGGGGGAUUUUUCCGACAACGCGGCUUGGCGGGGUGCGGGGUGAAAAUAUUCUGAUAUUAGCACAAGAAGUUAAAUUAAACACAAAUAUCAAAUUCAGCAAACCACCAGACACUGAUUAACGUGGACGCUAUUCGAUCUUCCUGUCUCCAGCCGGUCACCAGUGGGUUGGGUGAAUCCAAAAUGGUGAAAACAAGGGGGGGUGUUCUGAGACAGGCUCUAAAAAAAACACCCACAUUAGCACUUGGUACAUUCCUCCUGAUGAAAUUAACCAUAGACUGUAAACUGACACAGAGAAAAAUUAAGUCGACCUAUCAGAAUUUUGGUUGACUCAGCACGUACGUAUGACAGCCCUACAACAAACCUUAAUGUGCUCAUAGUUUAGCAGCUGUGGUAACUCCCUUUACAGCUGUCUUUUAUUCUAUCCUCCAAUAUCAAUGUGUAACUAAGGUGUUAAAUCCCCAUCAAAACUACAAAUAUUGAGCUAUUUAGCAUCACGCUCUUUUAAGACUUUUUCCUAAGAACACAUGCACUCAGCUUUGGAGUGAAAUCUAUGAAAUAUGUCACCAACUAUUCAAAUCUGAACUCAUCUUGCGAAAUAUGUUGCAAACACAACAAAAUAACAGGCCUCUGAUUCUAUUUUUACCGAGGACAUGAGAGCGUUUCAGUCCCACACAUUACUUACGGGGGCAGCAGAGUGUUUUGCAGAUAGCCAUGGAGAUCUAAGUGCCAGCUCCAGAGUAGAUAAAUUAAUGAAGCCGCUCUCCGCCCACACAGAAACACACGCCAUUGCUGCGGUGCUCAGGAUGCAUUAAAGAGAGUGUCAGAAGGCCGAGGUCUGCCCUCAAGAUUUACCACCGCGGUGAGAUCGCAGACUCGCUCCCACAGAGGCCGGCGUGGACAGGAAAUGAGGAGAAGGGAUGCAAAGAAGGGCGAAUAAACGCCCCCAGAGAGGAGAAGGACAGAGGAAGAAAUAUGGUUCAGUUUUUUAUGAAUGAAAACAAAAGGAAAAGAAAUACAAUGCAUUACUUUACAGCCAUUAUCACCCCUUCACCGUAAAAGCUCACAGUCUAGCAUUUGCUGACCUAACCAAAAGCCAAGCGUCUUCUAUUUUUCAUCAAACAUAACCAUCUCUCCCCAUAGAAAGCCCAAGUCUAAUGAGCGUCCUCCAUGUUCCAGAGCGGAGCUGAUAAUUUAGCAUGCUGUAUUAUUAAUCAGAGUCUCUGUGUGAUUUUGCAGCAAUUUGAACGCUUAUUUCCCCCAUAAUGCUUCGGGGGUCUGGGUAAUGAGUCUCUUUCCUAAUGACUUUAGCAGUUGACGAAGAAGACACGACAGACGCUUCUGGAAUCAAAGGUUUGUGCGGCGGGAUGAUGGUAGUAGAGCAGGGUGUGUGUUCAUGUGAGUGUGUGUGUGUUCGGUGAGUGUGUGUCCACAGAGACAGAAGAGCAAUCAGCUUGAAAGUCUGGUGUGAUCAAAGGAGGCGGCGUCAGGACGAAGAGAGAAGAAGUACAAAAGAUGUAGACUGAAACAGAGAGAGCGAGCGAAGGAUGUAAAACACACAGCAUGGAAAGAAGUUGACAAAACACACAAGAUCUGACAACCGCCUGGUUUUCAUUCACGUCAAUCUGCAUGACUGUAAUAGUCUUUGUGUCCGCGGUUCUGCUGUAAUCAUGUUUAUUUUUGUGUCUGGGUCAUUUCUCCUCAGUGUCUCUGCCAACUUUUUUUCUUCGCUUCUGUUUUCAUUUGGCCGACUCUUCAUCAUUUCUAUUGCUCUACUUUUUGUCUGUUUUCAAACUUAUUGUGGCAGUAAAGCAGCAAACUGAUAUUCUGUUUAUCCUGUCGCAAACCUUUGCUGUAAUUCAGCUGAUGAAAUACAAGAUUCAACUCAAACUGUUAUCCCAACUGUCACAUAUUUUUCCCUGUAUCCCGUCAUUGUGAAUGAACUUUAGUUUUGGACUGAGGGACAAACUCAUGUUGUCGAAUAGUGAGUUCACUUUAAAAAAAAAGUUGAAUUUAAUGAGAGAAAGUCACCUUUUCUGGUAAAACUCAACUUGUACUGCAUUUUCUAGUUGAUUUAAAGUUACCGUGGCACUUUAUCUGCACUCAUUCUGGCAGUUGUCAUUUUUCUGAUGCUCCCCUGAGGAUAAACGGCCAUAAGAGACUAAUGAUGCAUCAUGCUCUGCACUGCUGUUGAGAUAACAUAAUGUCAGCAUUCUGCAGAGUUUCUCAAUGUGAAGCGUAGCAAUGAUAUAACCGUGCCGAACUCACAGCUGAAGAUCUCUGCAUUCGCUUUUGACUGUGGCGCAAUAUCUCUUUAUCUUUUCGCUGAAAUUCUCCUGUACGUGUGUCAGCCGAGUUUACUUACCAAAAUAAUCUCAUCCUGUUUCCUUUUAAAGGUCAAAUGUGUCACUCGAUGUAAAUGCUUGCUGUGGAGAAAGGUGAAAACUCAUCUAACAUUUAUCUCCUUGUAGCAGUUAAAGAAAUUACAUUAUCGAAAUGGUCUUGUUUGCUUAAGUAGGUCGGACAUAGACUUUAUUGUUAAUUUCAGAACUGCACACAGACUCCUCACAGGAGUUUGUGUAGGUUCACGUGCGUUCCGGGUUCUGAAUUAAGGGGGUUAAGUUGCUCUCCCUAACAUCAAGUAUUUUCAGCAGUUGUCUCUUAAGUUUAAGAUUAUGGUGGCCAACAAAGCUAACCUGUGUGCAGUUACUCCGACAGUCUCAUCUAGGGAAACAUGUUAGAGAUUAAGGGGGCAGUGCAAAGUUAUAUUUCCACCAAGCAUCCAAAGAGACGUAUUUCUGUUGUCAUGUCUCAGUUUGUAGCUUUUCUUUGCAGCAUUCUUGGUGUUAUUACAAUUUUCAUUUGUUUUGCAUUAUUAUUUGACAAAGCAGAUUCUAAUUUUAAAGUUCUGCCCUCCUUCACUAAGGUUUUGAUCUGUGAAAGCCUUGCAUUAUGGUGUCUUUAAUCCAAAAUAAACUGUUUUUUCUGACUUAAUUCGACUUCUGUGCCACCUGCAGGCAAGUUGUUCAUUACCCUCAGACAGACAGAGAGCAUUCUAGACGAAACUGAUCUGUCGGUAUGAUAGGAAAACCCAACUGCUGUAGAUUUUAAUUCUGAAGGAGUCGUUCUUUUAGAUCACAGCGAGCGGCGAAUCAAGCAGCCACAGGCGAUGCUUCAGGUGGAACUAACUCAUCUGUAAGGCUGUCAAAUCUGACAGUUUCCCCCUCUCUGCAGCAGGAAUUUACCACCUGAAGAGUCAGAGUAAAAUUGUUUGAAUUCCUCCCCCCGUUUACAAAAUCACACCAAAUUUCAGGCGUAUGAGAACGUCUCACUUAUCUGCCAGUAUGAUAUGCUCGUGUAGCCUUCUGUCACAUCCCUCCAUCCUGAGACGAAGAGGAUAUUGCGUCACUGCAGGGGGCGCUGUUUUAAUUUAAAGGGGUAGCGUCCCUGACUUGAUGAUCUUCCCGGCUUGAUAACUGAAACUGGCUGCUGCUGCUACUGAGUUGUUUCCACAGAGAUUAUCAACGCAGAGAUUACCUCCAGGAAACAAACUGGUUUAUUGUCAUCUCUCGACUGGAAUCAAUUUUAUAAGAUCAGGAAGCAGAAACGAGGAGUUCUCCAUCAAGGAGACAUCAGGCAGCAUGAUUUAAUAAAUUGACUUCUGUUGGAAAAAAACCUGCAGAUUUGAUGCCUUAAUAUUGAGAUUAUGUCGUCCUCUGUGGUCUGAGAGGUUAUAAAAAUACAAAACUAAAUUGAUAAAUGAAACACACUGCCUCUGCAGACCCAAAACAGACUCUUCUCGUUUCAAUGACUCAAAGGUGGCUGUGUGUUUCGUUAUCUUGGGAUAGUCAUUUUCCUUUCCAAUCUUGUUACUCUGAAUUGUUUCUGUGUGCAGAAUGAAAGGCCACCAAUGAUUCAGAUUGAAAGCCAACAAUUCUCCCACAGACCAUCGCCUCUGUCCGGUUUUUGAGCAGAUGAAAGCAGUGCCAUCUUUACAUUUCCAUGCUUUAAAUGCAUACACUGAGCCCGUAUAUUUAAUUUACAGCACCACGUCUGCCCUUUAAUGACAAGAUAGCGACAUUUAUCAAAUUAACUGCUGUCAAGUGCCUGUGCAGUCGCCGGAGGAUUACUGAAGAAGUUCAUUUGACGGCACGUCUGUCCCCUCCGGCGUUUCUCUAGCCGGGGUUUCACUUUAAUUUCCACAGCUUUCUCUUUCUCCACACCCGCACGCCCCCUCUCUUCUGUGUCACUUUGUCUUUAGAUUGAAUAUUUGGAGGAAGGACUAACUCCAGGGAAGGGGUGCCCUUGUCUUCCUGUUCCAUCACAGUGCACAUACACGGCUCUGUGGUUAUAUUUGAUGCCACUUUUGAUUUGUAGUAAUGAAAAUUUCAGUGUUAUUGAGAGGCAGCCGUCCCUUCAUUUAUCUUAACUUUCCAGACCUGUCCUCUUAAUUCCACUGUGGCCCGCUGGCACACUGAACAUGAGCCUGAUUUAGCAGAAGGAAUAGGAGGAGGCCAUUAAAACGCCGUUUUUGAUCUCUGAUUACACCGGCUGGAUUAGGGGCGAGAGCUGGAGCGCUGAGUGUUGUGGUGCAACAUUAGCAUCCUCUGGGUCUGGGUGGGGUCGCGUGGGGCUGUAAGGUAAAUGUGCAGCAUUAGUUUGUGUGUGUGUGUGAGGACGAAAACGAGGCAGACGUGGGGUUGUAUAGGCAGUGUUAGUAUGACAGGCCUCCUCCUCCCAGAGUCCAAUAAAUGCAGGGCAGAUUUAUGACAGCCGGGCCGAGUGAAAAGCAUGAUGGGGGAUGGAGAGGCAGCUCUCACUAUCGAGGAUAUCUUGUGCCUCCUCUGAGAGUCCCUCUCUCUCUCUCUCUGUGGUGUCCUGCCUCUCAGAGCGUGGCUUUGUCCUUGUCUGCUCUCAUGAUUUUUCUGUCUUUCCUUUUAUUUUAGUUUCUAAAAUAAUUUCCACCUUAACAGUGGCUUCACACACUCACCCCCUUUUUUAGGUUCACCUCUGCCUUAGAGCAGCACCACACACACACAGCAUUGCAGGUGUUUGGGCAACAAAGGUUUCUCUUCUCAAUCGGCGACAACCCUCUCUACUCCAGUCUAACUGGGACGGGUCUUUGGACACCUGCAGACAUCCUUUAAACCUUUGAGAUACUGUCAAAGAAAACAGCAGAGAGGAGCAAGCACAGAUCACUGAUAACAUGCAACAGCAGUUUGGCAGUAUUGUGAUCUAUAAAAAAAGAGAGAGAAGAGAAGUUGUAUUAAAUCUGUGUGUGGUUAAUUUGGCCUAUAACUGUUCAUAUGGAGUGACACUUUUAUUAUCGAAUUCCCCUUCAGGGAUUGAUAAAGUUCUUCUUCUUCUUCUUCCACAUAUAAUAUUCACAUUAAAUGAUGCAUUUGACUGCAAAAACCAGCCAAAUUAGAUUUGUUGUAAUAAAUUACUACUCAAACAUGUAGUGGAUAGGAUAAGCAAAGACUGCCUUGUCCACAGGGGGCGCCAAAAUUUAAACAAACCUAAAGUUCCUCACAGGAGCUUUAAACUUAAAGGCCUGCAUUUCUAAUCAGUAUAAAAACAGAGGUAUAAAAAUUACAAGCUGCAGUUUAUUGUUUUAUUCUGGAGUAAGCUCUGAGUUGCAAGUAAGUCCAGUUCUGGCCAGGUUAGCUGUCUCCUCCCAAACUUACAAAAUGUGGUAAACCACCUCUAAAAGAAAAAAAAGACUGAAAUGAUUCAAUGAAUGUCGGGUCUUUAUGAUCACGUUCAUUUAGGUUCUAGUGAAGAGAACGUGAAGUCCAAUUCUUUAACUAUAUAGGAUAUCCAAUUUACAGACUUAAGUCACAUGACACCCCGAUACCCUGAUACCCCUGCCCUACCUGCUGCAUCGUUUUGGAAAAACCCACAUGUCGCCAUGGCAACAGAGCAAAAGCUAUUCCCUGUGUGACCGUAGUUUUCCACCUGCAGCAGGAAAAAGACCUGUUCUCCUCCCAAACACUGUUUCCAUGUAAACAUGUUACAGCUGUGUGUGUGUGUGUGUGUGUGUGUGUGUGUGUGUGUUAUCUGUGGUUCGAGGCAGUUUGGAUGUUUCAUGUUGCCAAUAGCUGCAGGAAGGAAUCAAUAGGUGGGCUGUUUUCUGGAGAAUAAUGUAAGGCAAAUAUCUAUCGUCUGAAUGUGUGCUUGUUUGUUUAUUUUCCCCCGCUAUACGGACACAUGCGCUGAGUUUUUAUGUCAGAUUUGCUUCUUAUUCUUCUCUUGAGGGGGAUCACGUGGAACACAAGCUCAGAGAGGAAUGCAAGGCAGCUUAGGGCAGGAAGAAGAGGAAGAUGCUGAUCUGUGAGCAGCAUGAGGAUGAAGAGGCCAGCUGUGGAGGCCACAUAUCAGCGGGAACACAGAUGAUCUGUUCACAAGAAAAGAGAGAAAGAAGGGACAGCCUAUAAAGAUAAAGAAAGAGGCAGUUAACUAUGCAGAGAGACAAAGAGCGUGAGAGACAGAUGGAGAGAAAGUGACUCAAGGCAGCGUUUGAAGCGGCGUCUGAGCCCAGAUGAGGUCAGACGUGGAGAGACUGAAGCCUGGUGUUUGAUGACCACAGGCUGUAGUGACCCAUUAACCGACUUGUAAAGCUCGGCUCUUCACUCUGUGGAAACUGCUGCUCAUGCGUACACACAUUUCUACCACUAUACAAAGCAAAGACACAGGAAAUCUUGAGGAUUCCUAUGUUUCAUUUGUAAAAGCGGAUAAAUUGGAGCUAUUUACCUCAGAGUUUCUGUUUGCUUUUGCACCACAGAGACACAAAUUUCCCAGGAGACUUUGAGUUUAUUCAGAGAUGUGGUGGUUUAUUUGGCUUCUCAUUUUAUCUGCAGUUUGUCAUUAUUAUUCAUGAUUGUGGUUAUAUGUGUGUGGCUGUUCCCCCUUCCCUAAACCAAGAGGUGGUUAUGGACUAAAAAUGGUUGUUUGGGAACUCAAUAUGUUUGGCCUCAGGACUGUGUGGGCACUAGAGGGAUCUCACACCCACAAACACACACACACACACACACACACAGUUUCAGUUUGCUUCGAGGGAUAACUAAGGUGUUGGGGCGUAAGAAGAGAACAUGAGAUGUUGUGCUUUCCAGCCUGAAUACAUAAAGGUGUGGUUGGGAAACUGAAAGAUAGGAAAACAAUCCAGGAUGGCAUCACUUCCCACUGUGUAUUUUUCACAUGAAAUCUUUUUUUCUUCACACAAGCAGUAGAUCAGUCUUUAGAGUUACCUUUGUCACUUCAUUGACGUUUUGUUUGAGCUGCGUUUAUUUGAUCUCAGGUUUGUUUGUCUCUCAGGUUAUACGUCUAAAUUCCACAGGAUACAGAACGGCUGCACUUCACUUUGGAACGGCAGCCUGAUCAAAUAUGCAAGCAUUAUAAUCAAUGUGCAUGAUUGCACACAAUCCGUCCGGCUCUGGUGUGGAUCCACUCCAGCGGUCGGAUCAGAUACACAAGGCUUCUAUUUUUGCCGGAUGCAGCAGCACAAGCAGCAGCGGAGGUUGUAUGCGGCUACAAAGUAAAAUACCCGGUUAAUUUUCAAAAUAAAAUAAAGUCAAUACGUUGAACUGUUCUUCACGUGAUAAUGGGAGGAGCCAGGGUUGUGGGAUGUGGGUGUUUAUAUACACUGCAGAUCUCAUUCAGUGUCUCAUGGUGAAACAUGAGAGAUCUCAUGAGAUCACGUCCAGUCCCGCGUGAAAUAUCGGUAAUAGCACAAGCGCUUCUCCUCUGCUUGUGGUGGCGGAUCGGGUCCGGUGGGCGCGGUAUGCUUGCGUUUAUGGAUCUGCAUGCGGUGGAAUCCCGGCGUUAUCCACAAGCAGUACAAACCAUCAACUAUACAGAAAGAUAUAUGACACAAUAACUGCCCCAAAAUGAAGCCCAAACUAUUGGAGCUCCCCCUACUGGCUGGCUACAGUAAAGGCCAUGUAGUAAUGCUGUAAAUGAAAGCAGAAGUGUUGCAGGCUUUUUACUCUGGUUCGUUGUGAGGGUUGGCAUGCUGGAAGGAGGCUCUUUGCUCAUAAACAUAAACACAAACAAUCAUACACACACACAGACACACAGAGCCUCUAUGUUCCCUGGCUGGCAGGGUGCCGUUGAUCCAAACAGGCACAGUGGGCAGCACCCACCCACGCCCUGCAGCGAGUACAAGGAGCGAGCCGUGGGUGGGCUGAAGGUCAGACGAGCCCUGCACACUCUGGCAUUGUUUCUUCCCAUCUCUUCCUCUUCUUGUUUCUCACUCUGCUAACUGUUUCUUUAAGACCGUAUGUCCGUUCAUGCGCCUCGUAAGCCAAGAAAACAUAAAACACAAUGAAAGAAAGACUAUAGAUGCAACAGAGGCUCAGAGAAAGCAGUUAAGUAAAUGUUUAUAAUCGAUGUGGACUGUCGUCGUGUGUUUGUGUGGCGUGUUAUUGGUCUGAGUCAGCACGGCGGAGAAGUGUGGCCCUGUUGAAUGCUGGAGUGGGAGGAGGUGAGCAAAAGGUCUUCAGUGGCUUUCAGAGAUGCAUGAUGUCUUCCCCUCAGCCGUUACACACUCAGAUUCCCUGAAGCGCUGACUGUACUCUCUCCCACGGGAAUUUGUAACAGUUUUCAUGCACCAAAACAUGUUUGUAAAAGGCCAGAAUUUUAACCAAAAUGAAAUGCAACUAUUUGAGUGAGUCAUCAUAGUCAAACUUGAGUUUCAGACCUUUUAUUUUUCUACCCUUUCUUAUUGUAAAGGACAGCGCAGAAUCAUCACAGGCACGUCUGCUUUGUUUCAGCUGAGGUGCUAUUCUCUAUCAGAAACAGUCAUAUUGGCCCUCACAGAAGAAGCACAAAGGGAGGUUGAGGAGAAAUUUCCCCGGAGAUGCAGCAGAACUCAAAUUAUUUGAACCUUGACCCACUUUUUAUUUGGCCUUUUUUUUUAAGUACCUCCUCUCUCCGCUUUAUGUUUUUUUGUACGAAUGCAUGAACAAGGAUGCAAGAGGGAACUCAUUUCGUGUGCCCUACUUUCCGGAACUUGCAUUAAUUAGUGUUGAAAAUUAACUCUGCAGCACACAUGACAACCUUCUGUGAGCAUGAGGCUGGGUAAUACAAGACACCAAUCUACCCUCUGUGCAUGUUAAAGGCACAGGGAACAUGAAUUUAAACAGAUUGUUAUUAAUAUUUGUAAUUCACAUCAGUUGGCCGCACUGCUUUUAUUUUUUCAAUGCCUGUUUUCAUGAACUAAAAGAUUCUUACAAUAAGCUAACACAAGUGUAGCAGUAGCUAAGCGUGCAGCAUAGUGUGGAUUAUCUGUGUAUCAUUCAUUCAUUCAAUUUUCAAAAUAAAACCAAAACUGAAAUAACAAUUUUUUUCUAAAUAUUUGUCUCUAAAACGAAUGUAAAAAACGGAUAACGGCUCAUUUUCCAAUUUCCGUUUUCUUCAGCUCAAAUGAAAAUGGGAUAAAUGGAUAACGACAGUUUUAUCUGAUUUAGACUUUUUCGUCUGUAGAAAAUUUCAUGACCUGGAAGUGAACCCCAUCAGACGCCAUGAGAACAAGAAACAGACUUUGGCGUUAUGGACUCAAGAAUUAUUCAGGGCUCAUACGGCACCUAUCAGACCCUGUCGGAUACAUGUCCUUUUCUCUCCUGGUUGUUUUGGGGACAGAACCUUCUAAUGGACAUUUCAGAGCUCCUUGGUACUUCUGCAGGUACCUCCUGCACUACGAUGGAAAUCUCUGCAUGAGUUUUGCCAUCCUGAAAAGAAGUGCCGUAUGAGCACUGAAUAAUUCUCAAGUCCAGCACAAACGCCAUUUUAGAGACGAAUGAAUGAGUUAGAUGAAGUAGACGGAUUAGAAAACAAUUAGUUUCCUCAUUUUUUCAUUGUUGGUUUUGUUUUGAAAAUUGAAUGAAUGAGCGAUACACGGAUUCUGUAUGUCUGCAUUUAUUUGUUUAUCAUUUUUGAGUUUUAGGCAGACAGGUGCAACAAAGACAGAUGAAUAUUAAGAGGUAGAAAUGUGACUGCUAAUGAGCAGCAUAAGCUCAGGGUAGAAGAUCCUCAAUGUUUAAAAAAGUCAAGAAUUUGAAUUUGGUGGUUUCCAGAUCAAAAAUGGGCAGAAAUUCAGCACGAUAUGUUUGAUUUCCUUGACACCAUUUUGACAACAGCAUCAGAUCCAGACACCUUUUCACAUGCAAAUCAGAGCUGGUCUCUAAACUAGUGCACAUGUUUGUUCGGUGCUCUUACUCUCAGCCACAAAAUGUCUGUAAAAACUCCUAAAAAAGUGAAAGAAGUUGAACUGACUGAAGCUUUUGUUUUCUCUUGUCACAGAUGGUCAUUACACAAGUACUCCUCCCUCAUAUCAUUACGAUGCAGACCGCGCAGAGGAGCAGCGGAGGCAUCACGACAUCCUGCCGUACAUUGAUGACUCCCCGUCGUCUUCACCACACCUCAGCUCCAAGAGCCGCAGCAGCAGGGACACCCUCUCCUCUGGAUCUUUGGAGUCCUCCAAGUCGGUCAGUACACUACCAGACCUGCUGUUCUACAGUUUUUAAUCAAAACCUCAUACCAUAUAAAUGUAAACGAUUGGACCGUAAUACAAUACAGAUGUGGGCUAGUUCAGUCUUCAAGCAGUCCCACCCUGUCAAAAAUCUGUCAGUGGAUUUGAAAUCAGAUCAGUCGUUUGAGAGGAUUGAUUGAGGACGAUAUCACUUGCCCCCGUAACCCCAGCAGCUGUGAUCCAGGGGAGAAACUCAUCCCCUUUAAGAGCCCGGCUUUUUUCUCAUCCCGGGGUAUUAGACAGAAUUACCUUUCGCCCCCAUCGCUGCCUUCAUCCUCUUUCACUCCCUCUUUUGCUUUUACUUCUCUGCUGGGGAAAAACCAGUGAUCUAUGACGUCUAGAGCUCUUCAAAGGUUACCAUGGGGAGGACACACACACACACACACACACACAUACUCACACACACACAAUCUCAGUGUCGGCAGAGAUGAAAACAUGGGGUCUCUAUCCAAAACGUAUUUUCUAAUUUUCUUGUGCUUCAAAAUAUUCCCAGGUAGAAGACAGGUAUGAUACAAUCAUGUGUUGCCUUUGACUGAAAGGCAUUGUGGGUGAUAAAAUAGCAUAAUUCUGCCCCUCUUUCUACUCCACCCUUGAAGGAAAUGAUCGCAUCAGUGGUCAUGAAGCCAUAUCAGUUACUCCACCCCCUCACUCCUCACUCACUCACUCUCUCUCUCUCUCUCUGUAUGUAUCUGAGCUGGUGAGCGAGCGACUGUUAAUCUGAUUGAUGGCUUGAAUCUGCCAAUAAAUGACGAGUCCUGUGACUCAAUGUGACCUUUGACCCAUGACCUUGAAAGUCUAACUGAUUUAAUUAAAACACAUGCACACACAUUAAGUGUUUUCUGUUCUGUAGGCGACACCAACCAAUGCCUUUUUGCUUGUUUCGCACACAGACUGGGGCUUUUAUUGUGGAAGAAAUUGAGGAAAAGUUGCUGAGUAAACUCCUGUAUUGAGGGAGAGUUGUGUGUGUCUGUGUGUGUGUGUGUAGCAGAGGCGGCAAAAAUGGAUUAUGGAUCAUAAAAAGAGACAAACAGGCGUUCAGUUACUGAACUCAAGUUACAAUAGUCCCCCAUUCGCCCUUGGACAGCCUCCCUUUAAACAUUAUCCCAGACUGCAUCCUCGCUAAUUGAUGAGUCAGAGCUUUGGAGAGCUCUCAUUGGCUCAGUGGGAGCUGAUGGUAUGAUGAUGUCACAUUGAUGAGUCAUCACUGUCAGAAAUACCGCUGAUUUGAUUAUAACAGCGGCGGCUCUUUUUUUCCCAUAAUCCAGCUGUGUCCCGCACUGCAGAGGGGGGGUCACUGAUCAGAAGUCAGCCAGCAUGAGGACGUCUCUGCAGAGUUUGAACAUUUCUGCUAAAAUACUGUCCAAGAAGGUUUUAUCUUUCAAUCUGAGUAGACAGUGAAAACCAGGGUCUGCUUUGUUUUCUAAGACAAGGUCAUCAAAACGUCUGGGUUUUCCACAGAGAGAUGAGAGGAAAUGAUGGAGAGACAAACUGAGGGACAUGAAAGCUUAGAUGUUGUAGGUUUGUGAUGAUCCCUCUGACUCUCAGCUCUCGAGUCUUUUGACUCAGUGAGCGCAGACUAAAAGCCAGUGAGAAGAUGAGUUUAUGCCUGUUUGGUACGCUUCCUGGAGAUUUAUGAAAAUGUGAAAGUGAAACAUUUUAUCAAUGAGAAUACCAACUUAUUAUGUCCAAAAAUCACAGUAUUCUCAGAUAAUUGGUAAACAAAUGAUACAGAAACCCAUCCAGACAUAGGCAAACACGUAAGCUUUGUUUAGUCUGGGCCUGUACCCUCAUGAACUCCUGAUAUUUUCAGGAAACACAUAAUCCGUGUAGGAUGCUCAGAGCUUAAUGUACUCUGUUUUUGAAGGAGCGAAAGGUGAAGGAGGAGGCGUGUUCAGUUAUGUUUACUGCAUUAUAACAAGAUCACUGCGACAUGAAUACAAAUAUUUCACAGCUGAAAACACAACACAUACAGCUGAGGUGAGAAAUAAAGAGUGACUCUGCUGAAUUUAAAUCUACUCAGCAAAGUUUAUCAUCUUCUCAAAGCUCAUGUGCAGCUUUUCUAGCUAUAAUACUUCUGGUGUGAUGCAAAAUUGUGAUGAUUUUUAACAGACACCGUCUCCUUUAACAUUUCUCACAUCUGGCCGCCAUGCAGUCUAUAAAAUCGGGCACUUAGCUGUAUUUCUCCUGCAACUCUGAAUAAUAUCUCAGCUCUAGUAUAUUGCAGACAUACAGUUUGAAGUAGGGAGCGAUCACAUCAGGCAUUUCAGAAAACAAGGUCUGUCAGAAAAGAUUAGAUAAGGACUGAAAAGGACUCUGUUUCAAUAAGACGUAGAGGAAAAUGUUAUUACAGUCGGUUCUGCUUCAUUUCUGCGUCUCUUAAGUUACAAACAUCGACUUGUCAAGUAAACAGUGUUUAUGAUGAAGCUUGUGUAUCUCUUACAAGCGCAUGAAGGAAUCAGAAAUCAAUCAGAAUGGGUCAACAGUGUUAGCUAAGGGGCGAGCUGAAGGUUCUGUUUCAUCUGAAGGGGUGCGAGUUUUUGGUUUGUGUGUUAAAAAUUAACUUUUAUCGACUCAUGCAGAAAAAAAAACACACAGCCAAACUUACUCCAGGCAGGGAGACUGAGUCUUAUUUUUAGUUCUUUGAUUACUUGAAAAAAUUCAGUGAGACCCCCUUUUAGUCUGAACUGAAAGAUGGUCUCAUUAGUUGCCAUGGUGAUGAAUAAAAGAUGAUACGUCUGGAGAUGAGGGUACAUCCUCGGGAGUCUUCUGGGGUCUGAAACUAUGAAUAAACACUUUACAGCUCCUGUCUUCUCCGUUCACGAACAUGUGGCUGAAUUUUUGAGGUUUUCUUUUUUAUUAAAUGUUCUUCAUGCUGUAAAUGAAGCCUCAUGUUUCUUAAGUUCUUUCAGCAGCAGACAUAUCUUAUGAUUGUAAAGUCAUAAAGCUAAUGCUGAUACUUGUAGCCCAGCUAGGAUUCAUUCAUAUUUCAUCAAUUUUAGGAACUUUGCGGGGCUCCGUUUCUGCCUGAGGCAAACCUCUGUAAUCCAGAGGAGACAGACAGAUUUAAAGCCACUUGAAGGAAAUGUAAUCCAUUCGAGAGCAUCAUAACUCAUAGUUACAUUACUUAUUUAUCUUCAGGACCCUUUUAUUUGCGCUCUAAAUCUGAUAGGGCUCUAACUUUUUUGUCUGAGUUUGAAUAAAAUGCACAAUUAAAGUGUUUUUUUUUUUUGUGAAACUGAUAUUAUUGUACUCUGCACAGAUCCUAGACAGCUCUGUGUCAUGCAUAAUACAUGUCUGUCAGAAUCAUUUCCUUCAACCUUCGCACAAGAAGGAGACACAAAGAGAGAGAAUAAAGAGAGAGAGAGAGAAAACAUACAGGAGACACAGUAACAAUUGAAGAUGGGAAAAUAGUCUGACGAGGGGAGAACGCAAAGUCAACAGAAUAUCCCAAAAUGCUCUUUUUCUUUCAAGCAAACAUAAAAAUAAAGAACAAUUGAAAGAUCAUGACAAAAAAGUUUGAAUAAUCCAAGUUUACAGGCAAAAACUCCUGUAUCAUUCUUUGGUGUGUAUUUCUGCUCUUUAUCUUUGGGCAUUUUAUGUCACCAACACAUUUUGUCAGUACAGAGGCGUAUUUUGGAUUCACCUUUUUACAAAAGAGGAGACAAAAGCACAUUGCCCACAUGAGUAUAUUCGCUCAUAAGUUAACUGCCAGAAUACCAAGAAGAGAGCCUCUGUCUAUUUAAAGCUGGGUGUUACAGGAUGAAUGAUUAUUGAUUUUAGAUCGCACUAUAACUGGAAACACUGAUGUGAAAGUCUUAAGUACAAUCCUGUCUUCAUUAUAUUAUGUUUAUUUGUAAUACCUUCAGCUGUACUGAUAAAAUUGGAUUUCAUCAUGUGCAGGAUGUGUUAGCUGAUUUUAGCUCAGGCUCAUUUAGCUAACAGUCUAAUCAAUUGUCCAGUCUGGCAGCAAAAAUGCUGAUUACUGACUCCUGCAAUGUAGUGGAGUCUAAAAUAAUCCUGAUUUGUUCUAAAAUGGUCUGAGCUUUUUAUUUUACCGCAGGGAUGUGCAAACAUCUGCAGCCAUGGAAACAGCAGGUUUACCUUCUCGUCUAAAUAAAUGCAUGUACACCCACAGACAUCCAGGUACUCAAAGUGCACACUCAAAAACACCUCAGGAAUAUUUUUUAAAGCUUUUCUUCACACAUCAUUUUGAAUUGGCUUAAUAUGGCGACAAAAUGACGUGUAUAUUUUAUCUGUCUUCUGUCAACAUUAAGAAAGAAACUGUGCGUUAAAUAUAAUAGCGAUAAAGUCUCUGUAUUGUCAUCUAUUCGUUUAAGUUUGGAAGUUUAUAAGUCCAACAAAGGCAGGUGGUGUUUUAAAAUAUUGACUCAACCUAACCUUCCAUCAGGUAAAAGUGGAGUUGAAACUAGCUUUAAUGGCUUCAACCUUAUAACUUGUUCUUUAACUUCGUUCUGCCCCUAGUUAUGCAAAGUUAUGUCUUACUUUUGGCCUCAUUUAAAACAUUGCAAAACAUUAUGGCAGAAUUCAACCCUUGUUAGUUUAGUAAAAUGAGCUACACACCAGAAGCUGUUGUCAUGUCAUGUUAUCUUAUAACACAUUUCCCUUUGGGGAUCAAUAAAGUUCUUGUAUUGUUAUCAUGCUAUGUCAUAACAUGUAAUGAAAUGUUAUGAUGUGUCAUGCUUCACAAUAUCAUAUUAUAUCAUGCUAUGAAAUGUUAUGUCAUAUAGUUUUGACAUCUCACGUCACAUCAGGUCGUCUCAUCUUAUUGUAUUACGUUGUCAUGACGUGCGUAAAUGGGGAUUAUUUGGCUUUUGCAGCCAUCCCCCAAAGAGUCACUUGGAAACUGGAGGUUUUUUUGUUCUUUUGAAGUUGAUUCAUCUUAAUUUUACAUUAUUGAAGGUUGCAGCUUGAAGAGAGUUCACUCCAAAGUAAACACAGUUUCUUUCACCAGUUUUUGUAACUGUGGGCACAGGCACGUACCUGUUGGAAUACCAUUUUCUUGAAAUGUGAACUUUCAUCUUUACUAGGGAGAAAAAAAUAAACACAAGAUAUUCAUAUUAACAAAGUUGUCUGUAAAACUCUUUUCACUUAACCUAUCUAAAUCUAACAAAGAUUUUUCUGCUCCCUCCCUAUGUAACUAUCCAGUGCUCUAACACACACAUUUAUCCCCACACUCCGAUUGUAUCUAAAUGAGCCAGUUGAAAACACAGUGUUGAUAUCUCUAUGCCCAUCUUAGUCUGACCUCCAGCUGCUUCCUGAUGCAGAGCCAUGUGAUGUGAUUUCUGCGUAAACACAUGGCAGCUUUAAGGUGUUAUGUAUAUAGGAUGUUCAUGUUUACUUCACAACACAGCUCCUGAUGGGCAGGGAGAGGACAGACCCCGUUAACUCAGUUAUUUUUUUACUUUUUACUUUUACUUUUACCUCUGUCAUCCUCUUUGUUAUUGCUCCUCCCUUCAUCUGUUUAUUUUCAUCUUUUUUACUGCAUCCCUUUUUAUCACUCAAAGCUCAAGAGGCAAAGAAAUAGAUGUGUGCUUGCUAUUUCUCUUUGUGCCCCAUACUACCACAAGCUACAGCUCAUUUUUAAGUCUUACUGUCUUUCCUCUUUGUAAAUUUUCAGAUAUAUUGUGUACAGAAAAACAUGUAGCUACCAUUACCUUUUACUUUCAUCAUGUCAGACGUUUCGCCCUCUUUCCCCUUUCUCUCUGCUCUUCUAAUUAAUCUGAAUCUGCACUGUCUCUCCAUCCCUUCUUCUCAUCUUCUUCCCUUUUCAUUCCCUCCUACUCUUCCUCACUGUAGCCUCGGGGACAGGAUGCUUCCAUACCCCAACCUGGGCUCUUUCUAUGUGUGUGUGUGUGUGUAUGAGUGUGCCCUUGCAUUCUCUCAUAGACACGUAUUUAUACGCCAACCUCGCUCCCAUGGGAGACUCUGCCUGUUUGAGUUAUUUCAGAGUUCACGGUUAAACAAGACAGCCCGAGGAAUCUGUCUGUCUCUCUGUUUUCUUUCAUGUCCGUGCAGCUCGGUGAGCUCUGACUGGGCUGAGGGGAACACAGAGGCAGCCAGGGAGGAUUUGUAGACUGAGCAGUUGUUGCUGUUUGAUUUUCUAGACUUUGGCUCUCACAGAAAUAAGAUCCUGCAGGAGUCCCAAACUCAAACCGAGAUCAUUCAAUUUCCCAUUUCCAACAAGCUGUAUUAGAAGGGCUUUUGCCAGCAGAUGAAGAACUUUAUGAUGCUUUGAAUGUGUGACACAUCAAUUUGAUAAAUUUGUGUGUAAAGUGUUUUAUUAUCAGACUUUGUUUCAACAUUAAUUUUGUGCAUGUAUGUGUUUGUUGCAGACUGAAUGUGACCUGGAAAAAGGUUUGGAGAUGAGAAAGUGGGUCCUGUCGGGGAUCUUAGCCACAGAGGAAACAUACCUCAGUCACCUGGAGGCCCUGUUGCUGGUGAGAAAACACACACAUGUACACAAACACACAAACACACUCUUAACUUGACUGAAAUUUCCAGGGUGAAAGUGGUUACUGGUUACAUUUUGUGAAAAGUAAGAUCUUCUGUUUGUUCCUCCCAGCCCAUGAAGCCGCUGAAGGCUGCAGCCACAACGUCACAGCCUGUGCUCACUGUGGCCCAGAUAGAAACCAUCUUCUUCAAAGUGCCUGAGCUCUACGAGAUCCACAGAGAGUUUUAUGAUGGACUUUUACCCCGUGUUCAACAGUGGAGCCACCAUCAGAGAGUCGGGGACCUCUUCCAGAAACUGGUAAGGAUGAAAUCAAGAAACUAGUCAUGAGUUCUGUAGCUGCAUGAAAUGACUCCUUAUAAAACCCACAGCAGCACAGACAGAACCAGAACACGUGGACCUAUUUUCUGACCUUUUGUUUGCAGACCUGCAGAAAACGUUGUGCUAGAGUGACUUCACUCGCAGAAAUGUUAUUAUUUGGAUUUGGAGGCUUUCAGAGUCAGAGUCUGUUCCUCCUAAUGAAAUAAAGCAGUAAAAAGAAAACACAGACUUGAUUUAUGUAGCGAUGCUCUUCCUUAUCAUUCUAAUUUUAAACUAAUCCAAUCUGAUUUGUCCUUUUCUUCCCGUUUCCUCCUCAACAGCUGCUCGCUCUUCCUCUCUGCUCUCUAGUAGUUUCUGCCAAGGAUGUCGGGGCCGAAUAUACACUGGCUCUUUUUAAUCAUUUUCACAAUGGGUCAAUUAACCCACAAUGAAUCAUUUGUUAAUUCUCUGCCAAAUACUGCUCGAGUGUCUCCCCCAACCUCCCUGUCUCUCUCCCUCUAUCUGUCUGUCUUUCUCUCUCCCUCCCUCAAACUCACUCACACUCUAACACACUGUGCACACACUCACUCACACACAGAGGGAGGUGCAGCCACAUUUCACAAUGCAGUCUUUCUGCCUGAGGCAGCUGAGGCCAUCACUGCACCGUGUGCUUUGUGUCUCCAAGAAGCUGCUAUAAAUAGGAGCCUCUUUCUCCCCUUUUUUUCCCCUCACUCUUUCACACAAACACUCUCAGAUACACACAUUCCCACACUCUUAUUAACUUGAUCCAGGAGGCUCCCCUCAGGACCCAGCCAAGAAAUUAGGAUUUAAUAUGUAUCUUUUGGCACACCAAAUUGAUUUUUUCUAAACUUCUUUCUUUAAAAGCUUGUCUGCAUUUUUUUUCUUUUCUGAAAGCUGCUUCACAUUUGGUCUUUGAUUCAUUCAAACGGAUCUCAUCUUGGCCUUGAGAAAAGAUGUAAUGUAAAGAUUUUUGUGUGGGUGGAAAACUGAUAAUUGGGCGGCGUGAUUUUAAGGCUGUUUACAGUGUUAGAGAGAAAUACGCCAGCUAUUGACGAAAGUUUCUCUGUCGUAUUUUCUUCAACUGUAAAAUGAAGCAGGUAAUAAAACCGUAGCGUGGUUGUCGAGGUGUGACCGUCACUUUACCUGUUUUCUUUGUCUUACUUUAGUGAUUACGUCAACCUGCCAUGGAGAGUUUUUUCACGUUGUUUUUAUCAACUUUAAUAUCCCAGAGUUGUCUUCAGAGUCUGCCUGUCUUUGUUGUACUCACACACACACUGUUAUACUAAUAAAUACAAGCUGACGCCCUCACACACACAAGCGCACACACUCCUCUCACUCAUCACAGACAGUAGUUCAUAGAAGGAGAAGACGCUGAGACUACAAGAAGAGGAAAGAAGGAAAAAUGCUUCAUGACAGCCGUUCUGUUAGGAGCUGGAAAAGGAGGGAGGAAGAGAUUAGAUGAAAGAAGAAAAAGGGUGAUACAGGCGAGGUAAAGGAGGAUAAAGAUGAGAUUCGGCAAGGCGGGUAGGUUUAGGAUGCUGUGACUCUGAUAGAGCUGUCUCACCGUGCCUGUGAAACCUGUGAGGGGAGCAGACGGGCUUAGGAAUCAUAAAACAUCAGAACAAGGAAGAGCAGAAAGAGAGAGGAGAGAGGGAGAGGCAAAGCGUCACUGACAGCUUAUGAGUAUGAGUGUCAGGAAGAAGUGUUUGAAGGCUGAGAAGAAGGCUAAAUCAUACCGAUACACCGCUGUAAAGCGAAAGAUUUACACCGUAUAGACAGGUACACGAGCUCUCAGCGUUGCUCCUCUGAAACAGCCCGAUUCAGGCAACGUACAAAAGAACAAGAGCAACUCUUGAUCCUUCAUUUGGCCUCACACAUCCACCCAACAAAAUGUGCUUCACCCUGCGGAGGAUUUCUUUAGCAAAGUCUCACUGAAGUGGCAGCUGUAAGACUAUUCAGUGUGAUUUGAAAAAUAGUUAUGCCCUGUGUUUGGAUAGAAAAGAGAUGAAGACUGUAACAGACCGGUGUGUGGUUCAAAAGAAUCGUAGGAUCUUUGAGAGUAUCAACAAAAACGCAAAAUACAUCAAAAAAAGGCAGAGUAGAAGAAGAAUUUCAUGCAAUUUUACUUCUUAAAUUCCUGAUUUGAGAGUGAAAUUAUGAACCGUGCCCUUCAGUGUUGCUUCAGUUAUUGAUGUCACUAACCAUGUUUAGCUUAAAUGCUAUCGUUAUCCCACUGUGUUCAUAGUCUAAGUUGAGAUUUUUUACAGGUUAGUGCACUGAAAAGAGAAAAAUAGUCAGAAUCUAGAAAAAAAUAAAAUUUAAAAUCAUCUUUUGCCAUAAACUGUUAGCUGAUGUUAGCAUUCAAGAAAGUCCUAGCUAACAUUAAGCUUUGUCAUCAGGCUUAAGCAUUGGCAAAACCCACCGGUUUAAGAGGCUAAAUGCUAACAUUAGCAGUCAUUUAAUAGCUAAUUAGUCAUGUGGGUUAUGUUUAAAGUGCUGCUUUGAUUAUGACCAGUAGCGUCACUUAUCAGACUAAAUUAUAUGUUGAUGUUACGGAUAUUCUAAGUUAAAAAAAAUGUUUUAGCCUUGCUAGCUGCCUAGCUAAUGAGCCGUUACAACUUCUUUUACUGAAUAUUUAGUUAAAGAAGAAGUUGCAAGAGACAAACGUUCCAAAUUACAUGAGUAAAUUUGUAAAUGAGCUCCAUUAAUCAGUAAGUCUUCUGCCUGUGAUCCUGAGUGUGGAUCAUCAUAACUUUUUUCUUGUGAUGUAAUGACUUAACUCUCAUAAAUGUGUGACUUUUUCCCAUAUACUUAGAUUUUUCGGUGUAAAUUUGUGGCUUUGGUCCUAAAGUUUAGAUUCCUCAUCACAUUCAGAUUAUCUGACACUGAAUAAGUCCUUUAGCUUUAGUUAAUUAAUGCUCUGAAAUGAUUAAUACAAAGCUUUUACAUAGAAACAUGUUAAACUGGCUAGUUUGCAGACUUUGCCUGUUAAAGUUUAGUAUGUUGUUGAUAUUGUUUGAACAUGUUUGUUUCAGCACUGAGCUCAAAGCCCUGUAGUACAACUCCAAGCAUGGCAUGACUCUGAUGGCAGAUAAAGGAUUACUCCUUUCUAGCUUUGCUUAUCCCAAUCUUAAUAUCAUCACAGACUGAGCAUGUAUCUUCCCUCCUCGUGAAGAAAUUUCUCAGCCUGUAAGAACUCCCAAGUGGCUAAAUCCAGCGCUCUUGAAUAAUGGCCGUAGACUGUCAUGAGGCUGUUUUCCUAAUGUUGUUUUCCGCUGUGGAUUACACACAGACUCUCACGCAGGACAAAUCCUGAACUGAGAAAUCCAAACACCCCAGCAGUUUCUUUCAUCACCAAAAGCCAUUUUCUGCUCUGAUACUGUAGCAGACGAACACUCGGUAAGCCUUCGCGACAGCCUUGUGGAUGUGUCUGGCAGACAUCCGGGCUCUCUGUUCUCUGCACAGUCAAACUGUCACGCUCUGAAUGGCCUACGCUGUAGUGGAGAUUGUGUGGCCCAGGGCAGGACACAGGAUUUUAGGAUUGUGAAAAUUGCUUUACUUCUUGCCUUCCUCCAUUUUCCUUCUUUACAAGUGUGCAGAUGUAGCUGAAUGUGUUCAGCAGCAAAGGUCUAACACCUGAAAUGCAGCAGUUGUCGUUCAACCUCUGGUGAACAAGAGAGGCAGAGUUCAGUCAUUUGAGGAAGAUUUCAAGCAGCUUUUUUUGACCCUGUCGAGGAUCUACACAUAAUUAGUGCAAACAAUUUUGAAAAAAACUCAUGACUUCACAUUCCUGCCUAAAUUAAAUCUCACACCCUCCUUUGACCACAGAGAUCAGGGCUUGUGAGGGAGGUCAGGGUCAUGCUAAAAAUAGGAUGUUGGUGAAAAACAGCUUUUCAUCACAGAAAGCCCAUUUUGAGAAAAAGUGUUUAAAACAGCCAAAAAAUCAGUUAUCUGUUAAAAAACAUGUUCCUGACUCCAAUUUAUGUUAUGCAUGUUUUGCAUCAAAGCAUGCAGCCCAAAAUACAGAUGAGAAGUAAAGCAAAAAUCGACAUAAGCAGCAAUUGAUGAAAUAAUAAUCAGUCCAAUCCCUCUCUUCAACUAUGACCUACUUCUUAAUGUAGUUACACAUGCAGAGUUUGCUUUGAGGGGUUGUUUAGGACACACUUCCUUGGGAUUUAAAGACCAAAUCAGUUCUUUAUGUUUUUUUAAUGCCUGAUUGAUUCUGUAUCAUGUUAAAUCUUAGUGUAACAUCACUGCCAUUUGCUGGUGUAUUCAUUCCAUUUGUGUUGGUUUGCUAACCAGAACAACACAAAGUCAAACUCAGGGUUUUGAUUGGUUUCUUAAGUUCUCUGAAAUCUGACUGCCCAUCUCGACUGUGGUACAACUACACACCAACAAAAACGAUACGUUAAGAUUACUACACUAACAUAAACAAUAAUGUGCCAAACUUUAUCUUUAGUUACAUUACACAGGAAAGUGCAUCCUGGUAAACUCCUUUCCAAAUUGUGAGACUGCGUACAUUGCAAAUGUUACUUAUCAAUAAAUGAGGUUUUGCAACGAUUGAGUCAAACAAAAUAAAACUUUGAACCUACCAAACUUUGUAUAAAAUGAUUUUAAAAAUGGGUCCCAUCAUACAACCAUCAAGCAACCUUAUAAGAGUGGAAACAUACAAUGGCCAAUGCUACAAAAGUCCCGUGUACAGGGUGAUGAUCCUGAAUGUCUGGUUUUCAGAAGGGGCACAAUGGCGCUUAGAGGUCUUAAAUGAAAUAAUGGACUUGGUCCUGAAGAGCUAUAACUUCAGACUUCAGAUAUUCCUGUUCUCGAUACACUCAGGUGAGAUAUUUCUGAGUUAGUUGGUUUUCCUUUAGACUGUGUGAGAGUGUGUGCAGGCCUUUGUGUGUGUUGCGUCAGACAAAGCCCGUCUCCACUGUACUCUGUCUUAUCCCCUGGCUUUUGUUCAGGAGAAUUGAUUGUCCCUUUUGUUCGCCAUCGAGAUGGAUCGCAGCGCUGGCAGGCAGCAUUUGCUGGAGUUUUAUUCAGCCAUCCAGCUUCCUAAAUGUGCUUUCAUAGCCUCUGUUACACCAAUCAUUAGUUACUCAACCCUGGUACAGUGUAGGGCUUGCUGGUUCCCAUGACAACCAGGCCUGGCUGCAUGGAGCAGCGUGGUUUCAUGCUGUUGUGACCGGGGUUGUGUUUCCCUUUUAUGGCUGAUCUAUUCAGAUGUCUGUAAGUCAGUAACAUCUGAUGGCAGGACAGUAGGACCUGUUGUUGUAGAGGGUUGAAUGUCACUGUUUCAGGUUCUGUUUCUUCUGUUUCCAAAACUUGAAGAAAAAAGAGUAAAUCAACUUUGCUCUGUUGGAGUUUUUGCAGCCGUAUUCAUUUUGUAUCGGUCAGACUAUAGGCUGUGUAAAACUUGGAUGUCAUCUUCGUAUCUUCACAUUCAGGUUUGCCAAAAAUUUUAACUGUGGUAGGGGUGUCCCUAUACAACUUUUUUACUUCCGAUACAAUACUAAUUUUGUAGCCUUCAAUAUUGGCCGAUACCGAUAUUGAUCCGAUAUUGGCAGAAAAUUGUGCAUGACAAGUUUUUCACUCAGCUGCAAUAUCUUUUUCAGACUUGAACAAAAAAUACUGCCACAAGGCCAACAUCACUCCUACUCCUUGCUACUUUGUUAGUACCUUAGUACACACUGUUGUUGUGAUUAUGUGGGCCCUGAAUGCUGGACCUGGGUGCUGGAACAGAGUCUGGAAUAGACUGCUUGUAUCGUAGUGCUGAUAUUGGAGAUUUUCGAUGCAGGCCGAUAUAAUCAGAUAUUAAUUUUUUUUGCUGAUAUCGGACCGAUACCCGAUAUCAAUAUCUUAUCGGGACACCCCUAAACUGAAGUAUAUCUUUUGCAGUCAGCAUAUCGAUGCCACUUAACAGGCCUGUUAUAAUAAAUAAUUCUUAGUCUUUAUGCUAGCUAAAGCUGCCAUAUAAAUACUCUUCUUGCCUUUAAUUUCAACUUUAAUCGCCACUUUUUUCAUCAAAUUUAUUUCAAACUUUCAUUGACUUUUCUGUCAUUUCUGAGCUGAACUAAAAUGGCACCGUUACAGUUUGCAGAAAGUGAUGAGAAGUCGUGAAGAGGACUGAAGUGUGUUCAGAUGUUCAUGAGCUUCUCCCUAAAAGACCAUUUUUUGAUUUUCAUUUACAGUUUCCACAAUAAGCGGUUCUGUCUGAGAGCAAACAGAUGCUCUUCAUCAGCGAUGCACCACCACCUAACAGAAACACUCUUUGUUUUGACAGGUUUUCUUUUACAGGCAGAGCAUUUACAUGUCACGUCCAAUCUUAACUCGAUCCCUUUUCUUUUUUGAUAAUCUUCCAUCAGGCCAGUCAGCUGGGAGUUUACCGGGCAUUUGUGGACAACUACGAGCUGGCUGUGGAGACGGCGGAGAAGUGCUGCCAAGCGAACACGCAGUUUGCUGAAAUCUCUGAGGUAAGAAGGACAAGAGGAGAUCAGUGACAAAAAAACAUCAAAUUUACUUAAGAUGGGGAAAACUUACACUUGUACUAAAAAGAAACCCUGAUAGUAACAGGUUUAGAUUGAAGAUGUCUCAGUCUGGGCUGUAGCUGUGAUCUCUCUGAGUUAUGGGAUCAUUUUACCACCGUGUAAAAUCAGUCAGUCAGACACUUAACCCCCUGCAUACCAACAAAUUAUCCAAUUUGGUUUCACGGGCCCUUCUCUUUUCCCUGUUCUAUUUUCUUAAGAUAAGAGUAAGUACACGUUCAGUUUAACAUCUAACACCAGAGUGAUUUUUAAGUUUUACACCUCACUGCUGAGUGUCCGGUCAGCUUUUUUUCCCUCCCACAUAUUCUUUUGUUUUUGUGAGAACUGAUGAAGUAUCCGGUUAUUUCUGACUGUUUAUUAUUCCAAGGUAACACGCUGGUCUCAGUUUUUUUAGAGUGUCCCUCCUGCUUGUACUGGAGCUGAACAGUUUGUUACAGAGAGGUGGCAUCACCCACUCAAACAGAUGAUAAGUGACUUUCAACAGAGAGAUAAAUUAUGUGUUCACAGAGAAAGGGACAGUUUCUAAGAUUUCUGAUUAUGCAGCUGCAUUACAGAUUUGUUCUCAGUGCACUCUACAUGCAAAACACUCUCCCAUUAUUCACCCACGCAGCUUUCACCAUUGACUACAUUUAAAUCUGAGUGCACUGUACCAGCGGAUAUUUCUGGGCAGCGCAGCCAGAGGCGAAUAUUUGUGUGUGUCUGCACCCAGUUUUUGGAGUUUGUUGUCAGUUGCAUGUUUGUGCAAACGGAACAAAGCAGACAGGAAAGACUCCAGGGUGGUUUUAAUACUUUCUGUAUGUGUAGCUCAGUUGUUUUCACCAUGAAAGUAUAAAGAUUGUAGACAGUGAUUGUUGAUUUAUCUUUUCCUCGUACACGUUUUUGUUCUUUUUUUAGGCAACACAGAUAUAUAGAAAUGAUCUCAAACAGCAUGCAAACUCACUUUUCACAUUUUUGGAUAAUAAGUUUGUCGAUCAGUCACGAAAAUAAAGAAUUCAUAACAUCUGUAGGUUUGCAGAGCAAGAUGAAGUCAAGUGUAGAAGAGUAAAUUCAGCAGUCUGAUGCUUUUGUCAAAGCAUUUGGCGGUUUCUUUACAUCAUCAGUCUUGGUCCAUAUUUUAUGAGAUCUCCCUGUUAGUGUUGAAGCUGGUGUCUACACACAGGAUGGGGAAUUCAUCAUCCAGGGUUGUUAAUGGUCUAAGUAAUGAUGCAUGACUCUCAGCCAUCUGAGGAAGCUGGUGGGGGGAAAAGCUGCUGAGGUUGGCAUAAUUAAUUUGGGAGUGGAUGACCUCAGUGCUGGUGCAAGGAUAAUAACCUCACCACGAUUUGAUAUGAUUUACAGGUGUGAAGGGGUUUAGCGCCUUUUUUAAAAAGGGGGUCUUCUUUCUUUUUGUGUCCUGAUAGAACCUGAAGGUGAGGAGCCCCAAGGACUCGAAGGACCAGACGGCCAAGAACUCUCUAGAGGGUCAGUCACAGCUGCUGGUCUUUACUUAUUAAUAUGAAAAUAAUGAGAGAAAAAAAAACAUAAAUUGUAAUGUGUUUCCCCAUCAUACAAAUCUAAUUUUUUUGUGGCGUCUCUGCUUUUUCUCAUGCAGCUCUGCUUUACAAACCUGUGGACAGAGUGACUCGCAGCACGUUGGUACUUCAUGUAAGUAAAAGUGAGAAGUAAAGGAGCAAGACAUGUAAAAGCUUAAUAACUGGAGAUGAAAUAGGCUAAAACCGAUAGUGAUGCCUUUUAAUGAGCUACACAAAAGCACAAACAAACCAUUUUUAAUGCCUACAACCGCUGUGGAGGGGUAGAUGUCAGAGGAAGUGAUGAACACCUCCUGCAGAAACAUUCCUGUUUACAUUGUAAAUGGAAAGAUCUGAUCUUCAAAGAAAGCAAGUUGACUUUUUUCUGAAAGUACUACUGGCACACGUACAGAACAAAAUUACAAUAGUGCCCACAGGGGACGCCAGAAUCAACACAAGCUAAAGGUUCUUCACAUGAGCUUUGAUAUUGUCACAUAAAGACGAUUGUGGUUAAGGGUAACUUAUGUAUGAAACUGCAUUUUCAAAAUCUCUCUGAAAUGUCUGUAAAAUAAACUGUGACUCUCAAAAAAUAAAAUAAACUGUACGUAUAAUUGAUACAUCUAGAAAAGUUUUGAGUUAAAAGGUGGCAUAAAAUAUAAAAUACAAAAAAGGCAUAGUUGAAUAGCAAAAAUUAACCGUUAUUUCGCAGACAACUUUUUGUUAGUACAUAAUCUUUCAGAUGCACAUUUUUGUAUCAGUCCCCUAAUAAUGUUUGUCAAUAUAUCACUGUAUCCCAGGAUUUACUCAAACACACACCAACCAGCCACCCGGACCACCCGCUUCUGCAGGAUGCUUUGCGGAUCUCACAGAACUUCCUGUCCAGCAUCAAUGAGGAGUCGACACCGAGGCGACAGUCUAUGACCGUCAAGAAGGGAGAGGUGAGCGUCUAGAGAUUUGGUAAUAGUUAACUUCUGAAAUGAGAGGUCAGGUUUUUGAUGCUUUUUUACCAGGAGGAAAACAGUAAAAUAAAAUAAAUUAUAAUACAAAUAUACAAAGAUAAAUUUUACUUCAAAAAUCUUAUCAAACAUUUGUUUCUUAGCUUCUUCUUUGAAUUUGUGACUUUCAACCUCACUUAAAAAAGAUCAAUUAUUACAUUCGGUUUUCAAUCAUCUUCUGAGCUGAUAGUAAUGUCGUCUUUGUCCCUCAGUUUAACUCUUUCUACCUCUGAUGUUGAGCAUUAUGAUGCCGUGACCCCACCCUUUCUAAAUGCUUUUGAAGUCAGUGCCAAAUGAGUGUACGGGGGGCGUCAGUCUGCAGCCUAAAGCAGAGCCUCAUGCCCAUAUAUGGUCAUACCAGGGCUGCCUCACUGAGGGUGAUUCUCUGUUUGUUCUGUAUCCCUCCUUCUCCCCUGACGCAAACACACACACACACACACACACACACACACACACACAUUCACACACUACCCCCCACUGUCUCUCCGUCCCCUGGAGAUGACUUGACGCACAUGAAUGGCUGCCUCUUGAUUGAUAGCUUGCGUGACACUGCCGUACAUAAUGCCUUGUAAUGAGCCACCGGUCCACUCUGACUGGCAGAUUCCAAGUUAAUUAUUCAUAAACGCAGGGUGGGAGUGAAGGAGUGAAAAGGCCGAACCGGCUCCUCCCUCUGCUCACAGGGGGGUCAUUACUGCACCCUUUCUAUACGCACACACAUACACACACAAAACACACACUUUCCACUCUCUGCUUUAUUCUCGCUUCUCUUUCUCUCCCUCUCGUUUGCCUUUCAACAUAAACACAGUCCAAGAAAGGCACACACACACACACGUAUACACAUGCACAUUUGUCCUCCUCUAUCCCCACAGGCCCAGCUUCACUCCAGUCAGUCCAGACCUCCACACCAGCCAUCAAAUAUUUAUCGUAGAUACAUGAAAGCAGCACAUGGAAAUCAAUGGGGCUCAUUAUGUCGUACCUUGGAGUGUAUUAUAUACCCAAGGUUUUUGUUUGUAAUUCAAUAACUGUGCAGCAACGAAUUUAAUGAUUCAGUCAUCCAAAGGCUGUAGUUACUCACAAAGUUCAGAGGCAGAUGUGUUUUUAUUUAGUGAAAAGCUAAAGUGCACAGCUAAACUUGAUAAAACGUAUAUUACGUCUAUUAGCCGUUCAUUUAUAUAUGUGCUUAUAUUGCAUUGUAAAAGAUGGGUUUCCUGCUUUCCCUCCAAUAGUGCAUGUUUUAAGAUGAUAUUUGUUCAUUUUGAAGUUGUUUUGUACUUCUUAUUCCAAAUAGAAGACGACAAAGCAAUCAUGUAACAAGUAAGCAAGAAAAACACAGCAGUUGAUGUUUGAUUGUUGAUGUUUUUCCAGUUCUGUAGAAAAUGAAGCGAACACUGAAGCGUCAAUACCGUGUGUACACAGUAGUAAGUAACCUGUGGUUUAUUCAGUGUAGGCAUGCAGGAGCAGAGCAGCACAAGUGGACCCCAGAGGCCCUCACCCAACCAUACGAGGGGAGGGAACAAACAGAAGCUGCUUAAUUAAAAUGCAAAUGAUGGCACUGCCUAAAUCUCAAUUCACCUCCUCGCCCUGCUUUGUUUGCCUGUGGGGAAGAUACGCUCUUGGUGUGACUGCGUGUGUGUGUGUAUUUCGAGGAAGAAAUGCACACAUUGAUUUACGCUACUUUCAUCCGUCUGUAGGUUUUCUUUUCUUUAUCAUCACAUGAAAACAUCCCAGUUCAGUCACAAAUCUGCAGGAAGUUCAGGCACAAGCGCAGACAAGCCCCUUCAAGCGUGUGUUCUAAAUAUAAAUAUGGAUCUUUUGUAAAUUCAUGCCAUUACUCGGGUACACGCUCUCUGUGAGGCUCCUCCAGGAGAUGGUCAAUAUUUAAUCUGUGUUCUGUGCCGUCAGCGUGCUCCUUGCUUCCUCCUAACACAGAGCUGUUUGCUGAUGUUCUGGUCAGCUAUUAUGAGAAAUAGAGAAAGUCACAUUUCUCCUACUGGCAGUGCAAUAUUGAGAAGAUGUCAUCUGAUGCGCUGAGACAGCUGGUUUGUUAAGGAUUUUGUUUCCCCAAUAGCAGCGAAAAAGCCACAGCACAAGCAGAUUUCCGAAAUCAUCAGAUUAGUGAUGUAGGAAUAAGCAUUAACUGGAAUAUGAGUCUGCGUCAUCAUAUAAAACAAUGAGCUUUAAUUAAAAGUAUCUCCAGGCAGGAAACACUUCAUUCAAGAUAUUAAAAAUCAUUAUAACAGCAUUGUUUAGGCCAUAAUUAUCAUUUUUUGUCGAGUUUCUCGCCCCCAAAAAUUCAUUUUGAUUCAAUAGUUUUGUAUUAAGCAGUGUAAAUAAUGGAUCUGACUGUGCGCUGUUUGAGUUUUUUGGUCCACUGUCUUGCUUUGUCUUGUCACAUGAUUCCCUUUUACUCCCACACAGUUAGAGUCCUGUAAAUCCCUAAUCUAGUAUUUAUCCCUUUUCCGAUUUGAUCCCUUUAUCAUGAGAUCAAUGGAGGAGAGGAUUAUGGCUGAAGCCCUAUGGGAUGGGAAGUUUAUCGAAGGUCAUUUUCGGUCAAAUGAGUGGACUUGGUAGCUUCUGAUGAAACCAUUUGAAGGAAGAUUGAGAAGUCCACAUUCGACUUUUUAAAGGAGGAAAAACACAGCUGUCUGUACUGGUCUGUGUGGGUUCAAAGGUCCUCUUAAAGUCUUCUGAAUCCACGACCACACCCAACUUCAUAAUUGGGUGUGGUCUGUCAUAAUAGUCACCACUACCAGCUGCGGUUUAGUGUGGUACUAAAGUGCUACCAUUACAUCACUGCUGCUCAGGGUGAAGAAAAUGAGUGUGGUCACCCCUAUGAGACUGGAUACAGUUACUAUUAUUAAAACUCUUUACAGGAAAAUAACAACAGAGCAGAAACGUCUAAAACUACAGUCCAAAGUGUGACAGUAUUCUGAAAUCAUACCAGCUGUACUGGUAAUAACUUCAGAACUUCUGUUUCUAUUGUUUAGUCAUAUAUCAAUACUAGCAUCUGAUAUACUCCAAGAGGUAGUUUGUUUGGAAGUGUAGUUUGUCAGGAACAAAUGGGCUUUCUGAUAGUAAAGGGCUAAUUCGAGCUAAUGCAAACUCUAGCGCUGAAUGUAAAUGUUUGCAUUAAACAUCAAAAUUUUCAGAUCACAUCCCCAUCAUCUGUUAAUUAUUCUGUGUUUAGUUUAUUAACCUGCUAAUUUAUCAAUAGGAUCCAUGAUUCAACGACUUUUCCAAACACCAACAUUUCAAUGUCAUGAGGAGCUGUUAGCUUAGCUUUGGACCCUUUUGUCUUUCCAUUUUCAGAUGACUGUGAUAUUUGACCAAAUAUCUUCAAAAACCAGCAACAUUUUCUCCAGCUGUGCUGUAUGUGCCGUGCAUCACAGUCAAUGUUAGCAUGCUAUUCUGGAGAGUAUGGCAAAUGUUACUAAUGCUAACAAUGAUUAGCAUUAGCAUUGGGCAGAUUCAGUACAUUCAGGUAGUUGUCUGCCUGGUUGUGGACUGUGAGUCGUUUCUCUUUCUUUAUUGUAACGCGGCUCUCUCUCGUAACAGAGCUGUUAGGAUGGCUUUAGGUUCUUCGUCUUGUUUGCUUUGUUAUUUUAUCCCCAAAUGUUUUACACUAAAACUAGCAAUGGCUAAAAUAGCUUAAACCUUAAAUUUGCAACAUAAAUUUAACCCACUGGAGGCUGAGAUCAGUUUGAUAGUGUGCUAAAUAUUAAUAAUCCGUUGGUAUUUGUAAUUAUCUAUAAUAAACUCGUCUUCCGUUCUCUGUCAGUUGUUUCAGUUGUUUUGUAAUGAGCACCUUUGCCGAUAUCUCUGUCUCACUGCUGUACAUGUCCUAAAUAUAGCCUGACAUGACAGCAUGUAGAUUGACAGGAGUAAGGCAGGAUGGAGGCUUGUUUUGUACUCGUGUGAGAAAAUAUCCUCAGGGGGAUCAUGUUACAUGUGGAAUGACUUCAGAGAUGUGCCUUUCUCGUAACAUCAAAAGUCCAAAAGCAGAUGAUGGAGACUGAAUGGUGAACAUUUACAGAACAAACUCAACAGGGAUCAGUUACAAUGAGUAAAAUUCAACAAAAACCAACACAAAGGAACCAGAACCGCAGGAGAAAGACGGGGAUAUGUUAGUGUCUGUGGGCUGACAGGUGUUGCAUGUCAUCCAGCACAGCAAUAAAAAAAGAUGACAUGAUGGAAAGCUUCCCAUCUGGAAGUUAUCUGUAAUAGGCUGUCAUCUUUGCAGGGCUUCAUUAUCUUACUGAUAAUGAAUAAUUACAUCCACCAGUGGGAAUAAGAAUACAUUUAGGAACUUCAUUUGUUGGUGUUUUUGGUCGUGAGAGGCUUCAAUGAUGCGUCAAGAGUCAGCAAAAACUGCAGCAUGAUCUCAGAUCUUUGGGUGACUGCUAUUUCACUUGUGCCCAUCUCCUUCUCCCCUUCUUGUGCUACUUACUGCCUUUCGUUUUCAUGUAGUGUUUGACCCUGUCUCUCUGCUUCUCUUUCUGUUGGUGUCCUCGACCCUGUCCUUUUCUACCUUGACAUCAUGAGCUAAGUGUAGCAGCACAAUCCUCCUCUUCUUCACCAGCAGAUGUCCGGUCAGGUUUUUUAAAGCACACAUGUAGAGACUUCUCUUCAAUGUGGUCUGUUGGUGACAGCAACUGUGUGGUCAUGAUGGAGAGGGGAGGAGGAGGGGGAGGGCACAAAGAAGAAAAUAGGGAUGUGAUUGGCUCUUAACAGGUGUGAUGUCAUGUUUUAUGGUUUUGCUGCAAGGUUUUUGUAAGGUUAGUGAGGAUAGGAUUGGGAAAAAAUGUAAAACUCUGGGGGUUAACUUUGUGGACUCCAGUGAUUCAUCGAAGUGAGUGUUUAAAAGAGUUUGCAAAUGACCACUUAAAGGAAAAAUACACACAAAUGUGCUGUUGGAUUUGAAAUUCAUAUAAAAUCAACACCCUGUUUAAAGCGUGCCUUUUCUAUUAAUUCCUCCCUGCCUGCUGAACGUCUCAAUUUAUUCUCUUUUUUGACAGUUUUCUGUCUCACACCUCUUACAAAACCAAACUUGAGCGUGUGAAAGUGAAGCGUUUACUACCGAGUUGUGGUUUAUCUGGUUUGUCUGCUCCCUGUUUUAUUCCAAGUCCAUUCUUGUAAAUGUCGGUUCUUGGUUUGGAAAAUGACAUCACUGCCCCCUUUUGUCAAACAAAGGUAUUACACACCUCAUUACAUAGUCUGACAUCAGUGAUAUGUCCCGAGCUCCUUAUCACUCCAUUCACUCUCUCCAUCGUUACGUCAUUGGUUCUUCUGUGUGCUGGAAGUCGAUGAUUAAUGCAGACAAAGGAAUUUAACAGGAACAAUUUGUAAAGAUGAAACUCAGUGAAAACUCCUCCUGCUGUGUGAAAACCCUGUUGAGUCGCAAUGUGGUCAUCUUUCCUGUUUUCUUUGCCCUUUGCCCCGUCUCCUUAUCCAUCCUCAAAUGUAGAAUCCAGUAUGAGACCCUUGUGAUCAUGUCAACAAUGUGAUAUGAAUGGACAAUCUCCUGCUCACUUUGAAAAGCUGCUGAAGUGGUUAAACUAAAAGCAACUGUGUUUGAAAGGUUGGAGGAAGCAUCUGAAGACUAUGAAGAAGCAGUCAUCUCGGCCUGUUUAUUUAGAGACUUACCAGAGAGCCAAGGCUACGAACUGGGAUCACUUUAACUCUUUACUUUAGGGACAAUCAGACGGAGAAACUCACAUGUGUUGUGUCGUUAAAUAGUGCUAAACUACAGUGACUCCUUGACACCUAAAUAGAGCCAAACCAUAUUUGUGUUAAAGUCAAAAUUCCUGUAAUAUCUCAAAACGGACUUCACUGCAGCAGUUAAUUAUGAAGCACAGACUAAUAUUUAUGUCCACCACCAUCUAAAUAGACUCAUCUCUAUUACAGUGUUCCUGAUCUGUCACUGUUGUGUGUUGUUACCACAGAACCGGCAGCUUCUUAAGGACAGUUUCAUGGUGGAGCUGGUGGAGGGAGCGAGAAAGCUGCGGCAUGUCUUCCUCUUCAGCGAUCUGCUGCUCUGCGCCAAGCUGAAGAAGCAGAUUGGAGGGUGAGAAAAGGACUAUUUUUGCAUCUUAUCCUCAGAGAGUUCGAAACAGGGAUUAACUUCAUUUAAUUGUUGCCUUAAUGUUAUAUUGUUUGUUCUCCUUUUAUAUUCUCCUCACUGUGUCCUGUGACCCAUCUUUAUUAUCCUUCUCCUCUGUCUCGUCUACUGCAGCAAAAACCAGCAGUAUGACAGUAAGUGGUACAUCCCCCUGACUGAGCUGACUUUCCAAGGCCCCGAGGAGAGCGAGCCUCUCACCAUCCCCCAGGUCCCUGAUGAAGAGCUUGACGCCAUGAAGGUCAAGAUCUCACACCUCCGCAGUGAGCUCCAGAGAGAGAAGGUAGAUGUCUAUAGUAGAUAGACACAGCUACUUAAAGACGUGGCGCGUUUAUCAGUUAGUCCUCUGGCUUUGGGGAGAAACAAUAACAUUUUCCUGUUUGUGAUUUCAGAGAGCCAACAAGGGUUCAAAGGUCAUUGACCGUCUCAGGAAGAAGCUGUCGGAACAAGAGUCUCUGCUCCUGUUAAUGUCUCCUAGCAUGCCGCUCAGAGUCUACAACAAGAACGGCAAGGUGAUGACAAAACCCAGCUCUUCUUCUCUGUUUUUAUCUUCAUUUCAACCUCCUUUUCUCACAUUCGUCUGCACAAACUCCAUCCCCAUAAUUCAUCUGUUUCUCUCAUUAUCCCCCUCCUCUCUGACAUGAAUCCACCUAAAUCACCCCUGAACUAUGUUCUUGUAAAAUCACUGUCUGACUUUUCUGCACUGACUGAUUCCCCAGUUUGAUUUGUGAUGAUGAGUAACAGCCUGUUCCUGUGUUUUGUAUUCAGAGUUACAGUUUCUUGAUUUCCUCCGACUAUGAGCGUGCAGAGUGGAGGGAGAUAAUAAAGGAGCAGCAGAAGAAAUGUAAGUGUCCCAGAAACACCUGCAGACUUUAUCUGAUCCAGAUCACAACAGUUACACGAGAGCUCUCAAACAGCUCCGUACUGCUAAUUCAAGAAGUUUGUUUUGCCAGAAAUGACUUGACAGUAUAUCUUGUCUUUUUUGUAGGUGUAAAAACUUCUUCGCUGACCUCCAUGGAGCUGCAAAUGUUGACAAGCUCCUGUCUCAAACUACAAACUGUCCACCACAUCCCACUGAGCAUCAACAAAGAAGGUUAGCUUCUCAUUUCUGUGUUCAAAACUUGGUUUUAACCCUCAAACUCUGCUGUUCUAAUCACACUCAUGUUCUUAUAGAGCACAUUUGAAACUGUAUUUAUACACGGCUGGCUACACAUUACAGAUAUGGUAAAUAUUUUUGAUUUAAACAAGGUACACAGAGGUUGAAACUACAUGUUUCAAACUUUACAGGGCUGUUCUGUCCCCUUUUUUCCAUAUCAGGUUCUGCUCCAACACAAACAGAGAUGUUCAUGUUUUUCUAACCCCUCCUCACUGGGUUUUUUUUCUCUUCUCUCUGACUGUUUUUCCAGAGGAUGAAUCCCCCGGUCUCUGCGGGUUCCUGAAUGUAAUCGUCCACUCUGCCUCCGGCCUCAAACAGAGCUUGAGUGAGUCACUCGACUUCAGCCUCCAUGCAGACAACAGAGAAUAGAGAUAAUUAGACCAAAUGAGCUUGAUGCGAGCGUGGAGCAGCGGGAAACAGUGUGGAGUAGUUUUCCACUUUAGUAGGAGGACUUUUGGAUCAGUAAAAAGAAAAUAUCAAGUUUCAAAACUCUGGUUGGAGUGUGUAAUGGUUUACUGACUGAUUUAAACACACCGAGGUGACAAAAUAUUUAUUAGGCACCAUAAACAGAGCUCAUUUCUACCUUUCUUUCUGGUAAUAACAUUUAACAUUCAGUCACAGAGGACUCAAAACAUCUUUGUAUCGUGUCUUGUCUCUGUCAGAUCUCUACUGCACAUUGGAGGUGGAUUCCUUUGGCUUCUUCUCAAAUAAAGCGAAGACGAGAGUCUAUCGAUACACUACUGAACCCAAAUGGAACGAGGUGAGGAAAUUAUUCCUAUUUAUAUGUUUUUAUUAGACCAGGUGAGGGAAACAAAACUGAGAUUUGAAGUAUAAUGUUGUGAAAUAAGAAAUUAGGUGUAAGUUAUUAGAAUAUAGUCUCAGAGUUAUUUAAUAAAUGCAUGACAUUAAAAGAAUGAAGCAAUAAUUUUGGAGGAGUUUGCAUUUUUUGUUCAUCUCACACCUCUUCUAUCAUACCUGAAGUGCAGGUUCAUUUGUGCAGGUUAUUUUGUACUGCAAGAAUGAAACUGUCAAGUUAAAAGAUAAAAUUACAAAAACUAGAUUAAAUAUUACGAGAAUAAAGUUCCUUUUUCGUGAGAAUAAAGUGUUAAUAUUACAAGAAUGGAGCUGCAGUGCGGUUGAGAAGAAGCUGGAGCAGACUGCCGUUAAGACAACGGUUCCUCUGAGUAGAUCUGAUGAUUUAUUCUGCAGAACCUCUCAGAUAUAACUUCACAAGAUGCUUUAAUUUCCUCAUUUUGCAGGCGCCUGGCUUAUUUUUAAUGAACCCCUUAAAAAUUACAUGUUGGCCUUAAAUUAUUACUUCAUUCCCAUAAAGUUUUGACUUUAUUCUUGCAAUUCUAAGAUGUUAUCCUCCUUUUUUACAACUUUAUUCCUGCUAUUUUAAGUUGGUUUUCUUUUAUUGAGGCCCUAAUUCUCAAUCAUAAUAAAGAAAUCAGUUUUGACAUUGCAUUGAGCGACACAUGAACCCAUUUUUAAACUCAUUUAACCUCGAAAUUGUUAACUGCAAGGAUCAAAAACGUUGCAUCUCCAUAUUUCAUUAUUCAACUCUGUAUUCUGUGAAGUUUGAAAGUCAAAGAAUGUCGUGAUUUGAGGGAUAAGAAAUUACCACAGCAGUGAUAUCUAGAAUUUCCAAUAAUAUUUUAUUAAAUACACUGAACACCCCUUAUUUCUCAUUUUAACUGAAAAAGACACAUAAACAUUCUCGGCCUUCUGCUUCUGACAUCUGCUACUGUAGUUAUUAAGCUUUCCAUCUUUGAAUAGCAUAAAGCAUCUGCAGCCCCUGCAAAGAUAAAGAAAUGCACACAUGCAUGCGGUUCACUGAAGCAGCCUUACAUCGCUGUGUAACUAACACAGCUGUACGUUGGAAGAAGAGGAGCUUUAAGACACAAUCAGUGGUUUAUUUCCUUGGACUCAAAGACUCUUUGAGGAUUUUUGUCAAGCUAAGUGGAAAUAAUAUCAGUUAAUGAGGGGCUGCUGGUGAUGACUCACAUCUGUCCAAAUGCGAAGUGAACCAACACAGUGUGGGACUCAGAACGAUGUGCAAACCAUAUGCAGAGUGCUCCGGCACUGCACAUAAUUACAGGGAACGCCGGUCAGCUGUGGAGGGAUUUAUGGAUUUAAAAGUUGGUGGUAGAUGGAUUCUGAUUUUCCUGGAACUCCUACUCUCAGUGUUUUUCUUUACAUUUUACAAUUUCACCGUCCUUAAAGAUGUUGCUGUCCUCAAAUCCUAAAUAUUUCAGCACAGACUACUACAAAAACCUCACCUGCAAACACCUCUUCUUCUGUUCUCUCUCAGGAGUUCGAGAUCGAGCUGGAGGGCUCUCAGACCCUGAGGCUGCUCUGCUAUGAGAAGUGUUACAACAAGACCAAGCAGAACAAAGAGGAUGGAGAGAGCACGGACCGCAUCAUGGGGAAAGGACAGAUCCCGGUAUGACAUGACGUCACCUCCCUCUUUUCUGCAGACCCUCCAUGAGUCAUUACCGAUGGAUGGUUAUGUCACUGCGACUGCUGCAAAGCGUGAAAUGCAAAUUAUUGCUCAAUGAAUGAAUGAAACUGGGCAUGAUGUAACAAAAGAAAAACGGCUGAUUGGAUUAAUUAGCUGAUUAUGAAAUGGAUGGACAAGGAUGAGUUAAUGGAGAGUGUCAGUUCAAUAUUUUAAAGUGGUGAUAUGUCACUUUGUUCAAUUAACAUUUAACUGAGUGAGGAUGAUACAGACCAUUGAAAACAGACUCAAAGCAUCAUUUAAUGUCAUUUUUUCUAUCAUUGUGCAUCGCAGUUAAGCCGAGCACAACAUAAGUCACAGUCACAGCAGUGCCGUACUGCGCACAAGGAAAUUACGUCAACACUGUAAGCAGGAGAAUCUUAGAAAAUGCCAAAAUCUGGUGUUAAUCCAAAAUAAACCAACUCAGACUCUGUCCUGAGCACUCUGUCUGUGACUGACUGAUAAUAAAUAGCAGGUGAUUAGGUUGCCAGGACGACAGCAGCCUGCAGGAUAAUGCCAAGUGUCACUCAAGUGAUGAACAGAGAGAAAGCAAAGAGAUGAAGGCAGAGAGAGAAACAGUUUGUUGUCUCCUCAGUGCACACCAGAGUAGGUCAGAUUUAUCACUGCUGGCUGCCCUAAUAAAAACACCAAAAACGAUCCUCUCUGGUUUCUGAAAUAUGCGCAAAAUAUUUUAAAAAACCUAAAUGACUGUCCCUGUAUUGUUUGGCACAUAUUUAUAUUAGCCAAUCAUGUGCAACAAUGAUGUUAUAUUAGCUUUUACAUGAUCUUCAACAGCAGCGUUCAUCCUCAGCGUCCUAUCUCGUACAAAUUGUUCAAAAAGCACCCAGACUACUCUGAGUAUCCUUACUGCUCUUUCUCUGCCAAACUGUGAUUUACAGUCACAUGCUCCAUCUAGUGGCUCCUCCAGUAAUCCAGCCACAUGAUCAUUUCUAUACAGAUGAUGUCAUUCAAAACAAACCACCCAGAGUGCUGAGAAAGUUGCUGAGCAGGAUUUUCAUAAAUCCAGGGCAAGAAACCGCUCUUCAUUCGAAGCCACAGCGGCUGAUAAAUCCUCCGGAUUACUGUUCAGUCGUUCUGUUUAACUAAUCAGACGAAUCUCUUUGACAGAGUGGCCUACUUGUGUUUCUAACCCGGGUCAAUAUAGCUUCAUCAGUAUCUCUCUGUCUCUUUAUUUCGUCCUGCUUAUUCACACCUUCCUAUGGUGACAUCUUGUGGUGUUCAUUCUUAUCAGAAGCUUCUGAUGUUAAUCAGUUAAAAUAGUUUUCUGUUUAAUUGUGUUAGCAUACUAAAAUUGAAUUGGGUCUUGGUUCAAGGUGAGCAGUUACACUAAAAAUUAAGAGGAUCUAAAAUAUAAAAAGCUAUAAAACUAAACUGUUUCUUAAUCAUCAUCAUAUAAUCCAAAAACACGCUGACCAAUCAGCUAUUUGGUUUUUGGUAUUCAACCACCUUAAUGUGUCUUUUCUUUAUUGGCACUUAAUUGCUGAAAUGUUCUUUUUAAACUCAUAAUCAUCUCACAACUUUGUAUGAUUGUCUCUGCUCAUGUUAUUUAACUGUUAUGUUUAAUAGCCCGUUCAUUUAACAGAACAUUAAAUGCUGUAAAGAAAGCACAGGGAUUUUUUUCCAUUUCACAGGCUGUAGUAGAUAAAUUUAUAUAUGGUGGUCUUUAAACAUUUUUAUCAUGAAGAUAAAGAAGCUCCUGUGGCUUUGCUGCUUUCAGUGGAACAUAAUUCUCCGUAGAUAAACGGUUCAAACUCAAGAGCAUUCCCAGCAGUGAAAGAUUCAGUUAUGAGGAACAUGAUCCAGCUUUGCACGCAACCAGAUGGGCCUUAGCCUAGGUAAACAUACGAGAUACAGUAUACAGAGUGUGUGUUUGUUACAGUGUGUGUGUGUGUGUGUGUGUGUGCCAGGCUUUUAUUGACCCAGAUGGCAUGUCUCUUCAGAUUUGAGUGUUUGCGCAUGUGUGAGUGUGAAUGUUGGCUCUGAAAACAAAGAAGAUUGUUUAUCGAAUACACACAUAAGAUACAGUAGAAGGAUGCAACAACAAAACAAAACCACAUUUUUAAAAUGCCCCCGCAGUGGUGGGAGGAAGUAAUUCAGAUUUAAGGUGGAAUUCGAAAUAUUGUCGGCUCAUCUCUGAAAGAGCUACAGAGAAAGUAAUAAAGGCGGUAAAAGUCAUCUGGAAAUGACAUAAGAAAUAAAAAGUGGUAUUUUUAGUUUUAUUGUUACAUGAUUGCAUAUGCAGCACUUAUGCUUGAUUUGACCUUUUUAUAUAGUGUGUAUUUUAACAUAAAAGUUCAGAGGUCUUUGAAGGAUUUAUACUGUUUUCCAAAUCUUCUCUGUUUUUGUUUUUCUUUCAUAAGUUAUUUAAACAUUUGAUCAAAUUUGAGAAGGGAGAGAAUUUGCCACACUAAGUUUGAGUUUACUGAUGACAAACCUGGACAAUAAUCUGUUCAGAUAUAGUGAAAUGUUAUAUAUGUAUGAAAGACUAUCCUACAGAGUCUUAAAUGUAAUGCUAACGUAUGUUUAUUCUGCUUCCCCCCUACUCAGCUGGACCCUCAGGCUCUCGAAGGCAAAGACUGGCAGAGGACAGUUAUUCCCAUGAAUGGGGUGAGUAAAUCACAAGCAUUCUUCCUCUAUAAGUUUGACAAGUUUCAGAGUUGUUGUUUCCAUUAUGAAGCUCCAGGACAGUCUUAGGUUAUAUACCCCAACUGUUCCUCCAGGAAGUGGUUCUGUCGCUGAUUUCAGCUCUAAAGCCCACAUCUGGCUUAAAAAUGUCAGGAUAUCCUUGAGAUCACAGAGAGCUAUUUCAGAUGGAUUUCAGGGUUGUAGAUUGGCUCCUCGCUCUGUAAACCUGCUUUAACUACAAGCCCUUGUUUCCUGUGUCAGAUUGAGGUGAAACUUUCCAUAAAGUUCACCACCCGGGAGUUCAGUCUGAAGAGGAUGCCCUCACGGAAACCCAUGGGUGUGUUUGGAGUCAAGAUCUCAACAGUGACCAAGUGAGUUGACCUUUUAAAGAAAUUAUAGUCAUCCUUGCAUUCAUCACUCUAUAAGGACACAAUUACUGGUACUGGUGUUCCUCAGGGCUCUAUUCAAGGUCUAGUUUCUUUUAUGCAUAGACCCAUUUUGACACCUCAUCCACAAUUUGGCAUGCUACUCCAACAUUUACGAGGAAAGUAAUGAUUUUUCAGGAAUUUUUAUGGCACAUUUAUUUUCAUACUAAAACUCAUGGUUAAAGGGCUGGACUGAAGCAUUUUUGUGCACCAAAUGACGACAUGAUGAAAACCUUUGAGACCUAUUUCUAAACUUUAGCGGUGCAUGUAUGCCAUAUUCAUUUUAGUCAUGGGAUUAAUCUUCAAAACUCCAACCAUAUUCGAUACUGAAUUUCAUGGCAACACAUUUGUGAAGCAGUUUCACCAAAAUCAGGAGAAAAUGUUACUUUUUGCCUUAGGAUUCAACAACUGAGCUGAGGAAACCUCACUCUUCGAUAUUUGUGAAGUGUGAAGACUUUGUUGUCUUCUCUUCUUUGAGUCAGGAGAGUUAAAACAAAAACGGAGAGACAGUUUUGAGAGAAAGGGAUAAAAAACAUGUAGUAGAAGCUCUGGUGUGCUCUGUCUUUGUUGUUGUGCAUAUUUGAGUGACAUUAAUGAUGAUUACAGAUAACAAGUGGGUUAACCAGAUUUACCAGCAACAAUCAAUCAGCAUUUGUAAUAGAAACACAAGCCAGAGGCAUUAUUAGCUCUUCCAUUAAUUACAACCAGUCAAAACAGCUCUUAUUUUUUUAAAAGGUCUGUGUAAAUAAAAAAACACUUUGUGUCCUGUUUGUUUUGUAUUUCCACUGGCAAGUGUUGACUCAACAUAAACUACUGGUCAAUGUUUUUGUUUGUCCAGGCGAGAGCGCUCCAAGGUGCCCUACAUUGUCCGGCAGUGCCUGGAGGAAAUUGAGAGGAGGGGCAUGGAGGAAGUGGGCAUCUACAGAGUAUCAGGGGUGGCAACAGACAUUCAGGCCUUGAAGACCGCCUUUGACACCAGUGAGUAGAGUGGAUAUAUUCAUGCAUAGAUUUAAUAUGUGCUGCUGUCACUUGUAAAUAUUAGAAAAGAUUAGUUUUUUCAUGAUAUCUGAACUUAUUAGCUCCUUGUGGCUUUAAUUUGUGAAGUGUGUGUGCAUUUUACUGUAACUUUGAUAAGACGCUGAAAAUAAGAUGCACUGACUGUGAUGGCUGAGGUGUUUCCCAGUCGUAUCAUCCUCCUCUAUCUCUGCACAAACCCCGUCUUCAUGCUGUAAUCGUGUCUCUCCUGCAGACCACAAAGACGUGUCAGUGAUGAUGAGUGAGAUGGACGUGAAUGCCAUCGCCGGGACCUUGAAGCUGUACUUCAGAGAGCUGCCAGAACCGCUCUUCACUGAUGAGCUGUACCCUAAUUUUGCAGGCGGCAUCAGUAAGUCACUGUCCAGCACAGCUAAUCCGAUCAGAAGUUGCAGUUAUUAACUGUUUGCAUGUAUAAGAGAAAGCUCUUGAAAUGCACAGUAUGUAAAAUCCCUCCUCUUUUCUUCGAUGCAGCUCUGUCUGAUAGUGUUGCCAAAGAGAGCUGUAUGCUGAACCUACUGCUGUCGCUGCCUGAACCCAACCUGGUCACAUUCCUUUUCCUUUUGGAUCACCUGAAGAGGUAGGAACAAGUAAAAACACACAUGCUCUGUCCCAGAGUUUUUUAAAGUGAAAUAACGGAGAGAAAAGUAAAUUAUAGGACUCAAAAAGCUUGAUAAUGAACAAACAUGUAAAUAUAACAAAUAUAAUUGUAAUACAGUGUCAUAUUGUCAUUAUAUAAUGGAAUAAUAUGGAAUUAAUGCAAUGUCAUCGUAUUCAUUCUAUAGAUACAGCUUAAAAGUCAUGAACCACUGCGGCAGUAAUGGAAAAAGUUCUUUAUAAAGCUGUGAGAUGAGGGAACCGCUGGGAAAAUGUUAUAAAAGAGUUAAUAAAAUAUUCACACCGCUCUGUCAGCUGACUAAAUAAUGAAUCUUUUCACCACAAAUAGAGUCUCAUAAAUGCCAGAAGUCCAUACACGACAUUCAGAUCCGCCACUGCACUUUAACAUCACUUCACAUGAUUGUUUCUUUCCUAACAGACUCGUUUGUCUCUCUUUCCUCAGGGUGGCAGAGAAGGAAAGUGUCAACAAGAUGUCUCUCCACAACCUGGCAACGGUGUUUGGGCCCACACUACUGAGACCGUCUGAGAAGGACAGCAAGAUCCCCGCCAACCCCACCCAACCUAUCAGCAUGGGAGACAGCUGGUCCCUGGAGGUCAUGGCACAGGUAAGAGACUCGUAGACGUCUGGAUUUAAAAGUUUGAGAAUUGUUUUUGAACUCGUUUUUGGAUUUCAUUUGUGGUCUGUUUGUAUUCUGGUCCGAAGUGACCAGUGGGUUAAGUGUAAUGUGCUCUCUCCAAGUAUAAUGAACCAUGAAAUAACAGUGUUAGGUUUGCAGACUUACCUUGGGUUGCUAGUUUCAGCUUGCUCUGGAUCUGAACAUGUCUGCUUCUGUAGUUGCAAAAUGAAGCAUCAACAAUGAAGUGCAUGGAGGAAGGCUAAGCUGGGAGUGUUUGAUGACCACACAUCAGUACAGUGGAGUUACUGGGAAGUUCAGUGAAGCCUUUAUUUUCAGUAUAAAUGAGCAAAACAAGAGCUGCUGGAUUACAUAUUGGAACUUAUUCUGAACUUAUUGCCAUUCUGUGAAGAACAAAAAGUGAGUUAUUAUUCUAUUAUCUAUUUAUCUAUUUUUUAUUUAUUUAUUUUUUAUUUAUUUACUAUUAUUAUUUUCUUUUUUUGCUCUUUUUUCUACUUCUUUGUUUUAUUAUAAUAAUAAUAAUUAUUGUUAUUUUAUUAUUGUAAUUAUUGUUUUGUCAUAAUGCUUACUUUUUCUUCUUUCAUUCUGUCCCCAACAAUUAUUACAAUUUAAAAGGGGGGAGAAAGAGGAACAAUCACACCCACACCCACUAACACAGACACUUCUUAACACCCACCCACCCACACUUAUUUAAACACACCUUUGCAACACCUUCAAACUUCUUUUUUUUCAACACCUUCAAACUUCUUUUUUUGCUCUUUUUUUCUACUUCUUUGUUUUAUUAUAAUAAUAAUAAUUAUUGUUAUUUUAUUAUUGUAAUUAUUGUUUUGUCAUAAUGCUUACUUUUUCUUCUUUCAUUCUGUCCCCAACAAUUAUUACAAUUUAAAAGGGGGGAGAAAGAGGGACAAUCACACCCACACCCACUAACACAGACACUUCUUAACACCCACCCACCCACACUUAUUUAAACACAGCUUUGCAACACCUUCAAACUUUAAAUAUCUAAACUUUAUGUGUUCCUGCUCUCCUUAUCACUUUGUUUUGUCUCUAUUGUCUGUUUGGACUGCAUAUGUUGUCAACCUCUUGUCAUAAUCUGUCUUGCAUCACUUAAAAAAAAGGGGAAUCUUUAUCACAACGUGAACCCCCCGUUAUAUUUAGUAAAUCCAUAUGCUUUCUGUUUUCCUCUUUACUCCAGGUCCAGGUGUUGCUGUAUUUCCUCCAGCUCGAGACGAUCCCCACCCCGGACAGUAAACGACAGAGCAUCCUCUUCUCCACCGAAGUAUAGAGCUAAACGCAGACUCUGCAGACCUGUGACUUUGACCGUGAAGGAGUGAAAAGGAGAUGAAACUGUGGCUCAAAGUGAGCCUGUAUUAGUACGUUUUUGAAUUGACUCGUCAGAUUCGGUUAGGCUCAUGCAGCUGAAAAGGAUCAUCUCUAGAGAUGCCUGCUCACCUUGAACACAGGAGGGCGCCAUUGGACCUCUGAGGCUGAGACAGUGAGGUCUGUGUCACUCAGUCCCUGAUAGCUUUGCUCCUCAGAAAGGGUUUGGAUACAUCUUCCAUCUACAUUUCUCCUUCUUGUUCUUUGUUGGUCUUAACAUUGAACUUCUAACCAAGAAAAUGUUCAAGUCAGUUUGUAAAAGAACGAACUUCUGCCAACAAAUCAAAGCUCCAUCUUCCUUUUUUGGGAUAUUGUUCACUUUUUUUAAUUUGGACAAUCAUCAUGAUCUUCAUGUCCUGCUGAGGAAACUUCUGUGUUUAACAUCAUCUCUUUCGUAGAUGACUAAAGGAGACAUUUUGGACAUUAAUGGGAGUUAAAGAAGAACAUUCAGAGCUGCCAUGACACUGUUUUUUUUCGUUGUGUCAGGAAGCCAACACCUGUAUGUUAAAGUGUUUACAACGUAAACAAACCUGGGUUAGAGUCAGUGACAAAGCUUGAAGAGUAACCGUCGGGAAAAAAAAGGAACCUGACCAUGAAAGUCAAAUUCCCCUUUUUGUGUUGUUUGUGUCUCAAGUUAGUCUUCAGCUUAAAUAUCCAGGAAGCAAUAUAUUUUCUAACAUAGGAGUCGUCUGUGUCCAUAUCUCUGCUGAUGAAAUGUCCUUCGUAUUGUAACAUGGGACAUCUUGCCAAAAUUACGUUAUUUGUUUGUUUCUAGGAGCAAAGGAAGCAGUUGUAUUUACAAACACAGUAUGUACAUAAUCUUAAAGUUGUAUUUUUUUUCUUUAAGUUUAACAGUAUAAUCAUUAAUGCUAUUAUUGUAAUUUAUUUCGGGGGCCUUUGGGGGGAGAAAUCUGUUUGUUUUUCUCUGUGUUUGAUUAAGAAAGUGGUAGGUCUUAGCCUUGACUUCAAGUCUUGCAGUAAAUAAGCAGGAUUUAGCCUUGUUCUUACACAAACUACUCAGCUGUACUGUCCAGCCUCUCAGUCAUACAUUUACUUAUUAUUACGAUGAAUACACAUUGUAGUUACAGACUCUAUGCUGCUGUGGGAAAAGGCACAAGCUCUUUAAUCUGCUGGGUGUUCCUCAGCGGGACAUCUCACAUCCACAGACCACCGCCUGUCUAGUGUAGACAUUAUGCAAUGUCACAAUACAGCAAACAGACACACACACACACACACAUACGUAUAACAUACUGUAGUCUUCUUAUACCAUUUAAUAUCUGGCUGCAGAAUCAUGCAAUGUUAGAACUACUGUAUUAAGAUUAAAGUGACCUGAGCACUCUGCGUUAAUGUCAAAAGCAUAUCUGUUUGACAGGUUUAAUGAAGGAAUCUUAUUUGUGUCAUGUUCUCCUGAUUUCAUGUCUUAGUUGUCUAAUCCCUGUAGAAAUGUCCCAGUAAUUCUGUGUCUCUUAACCUUUUUUAUUUCCCUGUCUAACCUGAAGAUGUCCAACUCAACGGCUAAUUCAAAAAAAGCUCUUAAGGCAAUUUAUCGAAGUUUCUCUGUGUCUUUGGUUUAACAUGCAGGCAUGUUUUCUUGAUUUUUUCUUCUUAUAGUGUUUUACUUUUAUUGCUGUCUUGACUCAUAAAUUCGUCACCUUGAACUUUAGGGUUUUGGUUACACGAGAGACUCUGCUUUACAUCAACAGGAUGUUUGGCAAUUUGAAGGAUAUGUGCACAGCUUGCGAAAUCUGUCCCAUAACAACAAUCAGGUGCUUUUCUUUAAAUUUUCAGUCACUUCACAAAAUUGCAAUUGCAGGAUUUAUGGAGUAGAAACCAGAGAAACAAAUCUACAAAAACCUGUUUAAAGCUCCUGAAAGGAUUUUUUUGUUGUUGUUGGUUUUAAAACAUACUGUAAUUAAUACAGAUGCCUUUUUAUGACCUAAAAACAGACAAGCCCAUUAAGAAAAACAAUAAGCAUUUCAAUUUAGUUAGUGUCAGACCAAAGGAGUGACAGCACACUGCAGAAACAGCCUUAUUCUACACACACUCUCAAUGGGUGAACACUUUUAAAGUUCAAAGAAAGCACAGUUGGACAAUUUAGACAUACCACCUCCUCCACAGGGGGACCUGCAACCUACACAAACCAAAUAUCCUCUCAGGAGCUUGAAGUGAUCUUAUGGGCUUCUUGACUGCUGUUUAAAGAGAGAUUGAAAGAGUGUGUACAUGUCCUCCAAGUGCUAUAUCAUGGCUGGUUCUUCAUUUUACUCUUAGGCAUAAAACUGUACCAAUGACCAGACCGGUUAAGUGGAUCUAAUAAGGGCUUUUGAGUGGUUACAUUCAUGUUUAUCUGCAAGGGGCAUACACAUUAAAGUCAAAUCAUAUCAAAGGUGAACAUUUUCAUCAAAACUGGCAUUAGGCUUCAAAAGCAGGAGCGGGGCCUCUGUUUGGAUACAUAUCAAUGCAGUAAAUGUUCGGACAUCCACGGUAAAUUUAACGGUGAAGGAGAAUAAUUGUGUUGUUGUAUCAACCCUGGAAAUAUCAGUGUCAGUCUUUUCUUGUCAGUGUUUAAGCUUUUUAAUGUUUUCUAUGACUGCGUACUAUUGCUCAUUUUUACCAAUGGUAGCAUGCACAUAUUUUUUUCACCACACAACAAAUAGUUAAUUCAUUUGAACAUCUUAAAUUUGAAAUUCCUGACUGCCUACACUUCUCUACCCUAUUGUGCCUCAACACGAUUUGUUUUUGCGCUUGUGGUACUCUUGACGUUGUUCGGCCUUCUGUUGCCUUUUCUGGGGACAUCCACGCAUUUUUCGUCUCUAAAAGUCUAAGACAGGACCUUAAACUCAAGCAUGGUCUUAGCUCAUCCCUUCAUCUGACUGUGUUGCUGUCUUUCCAACCGUGUUCGAGUCAGUCUUAAAGAGGACGGUUUCUUACUUACUGUAUGUCCUCCAUGAAGCUCUUAAAGUUCCAUCUUCUUUAAUGCCUUUAAUGAUUAUUAUUUAUUUCGAUUUUCCCUGAUUGGUGUAAAACGGCUCACAGCGUUUGUUUAUUACAUUUCAGCUGAAUAUAUGUCCCAAAAACAGUCCCUUUAUGGUGGGAGAUGACACUUUAUCACUUUUUGUUCAUCCAGUCAAACUUACAGUUGUUUCUUUAUAUUUCCACACAACUGCAAAUCUCUUCAGCUUCAUCUCUGUAGUUGUGUCAUAUACAGACUGGCCACUGUGAUUGUUCAGCUAUCAAUAGGUUCAGGAACUGGUCCAUUUUUGGAUUUCACUGACUCAAACGUAUCGUUCUUUUCCAUGGAGUUGUACAAUAUGUAUUAUACUAGAGAGUACAUUAUUUGGUUCCUGUUUUAUUUAUUGUGGCGUUAAGGGUUGAGCCGGUACGCCUUUAGUCUCUUUGAAAAGCCGAGCUGUCAGUAUGUGGUAGAGGAGAACGGAGUCUUGUAUUGGCUCUAAAAUCUGUUUUGGUCUGUUGAUUGUCAGUGUAACUGCAUGUACCCUCCAUAUCACACUUGAACAAGUAACAUCAGUCCUUUCUGUUCUGUAAAGGGAAAGUAAAUACGAAAAAAGGUUUAGUUCUAUCUGGAUAGAUGUGAAACAUAUCUCUCUUUAUGACAGUGUCAGAUCUCAUCAGUUGUGUACAGGAAACUGCUCAGUCACACCACAUUUCCAUACUAUGACUGAUGCUUCUAAAAUGACUCUAUGCUGCCACUUCAGUGACAUCAGGCUGACAACUUUUGGAAAUACACUUGUUUUGUUUUACUUGUAACAUCAAGCUGAGGAUGAGACUUGAUGACCAACCACGAACACUUUCUCUUUAUACCUCCCUCAAAGUUUUGGACUCUAGUUCCUGUUCAAUAUUCAACGUUCUGCCUGUAGAACUGUAAAAAGGAAUACUGAGUACUGAGGGCAAACAUGUUUGGAAGGCAUUUGCAGCCUAUGUUUGUACACAAAAAUGUUAAAUAAAAUCUCCUUGUAUCUACAUAA